GCGAGCCCAGAGCAGCAGCGCGAGUGCGGCGACUGUUUCCUGUCCGAGGUGCACGGUGAGUGAAAAAGGUUCAGUUUCUCUUACAAAGUUUGCCUAGAGGUUAGUGUUUUCUAAAAACGCCGUGCAUAUAAACAUAAUUUACUCUGGUGCUUGUCUGAAAAAUGUUCGCAUGCAUUUAUUUAGUCUCACACAGAGUUAAACGUUAGAGGAUGCUCGAGCGCUUUCUUUAUUUGGCGGAGCUAACCCAUUAGCCGACCGUUGCUACCGCAUCUGCGAAAUUGUUCCGUUCUGUUACCCUGUGCUUUUAUUUAAAGGCGGAAUAAGCCUGCUAAAUCCAUGAAUAUCAGAACUGGUCCAAUUCCGAUGAUAUAGAACCCAAAUUUGACUUACAAAGACUAUACAAGUAAACUAAAUUAUGCUAACCGAUGCCUUUCAUGAUGUCAUCACUGUGCGCCCGUUGGAGGCAUGUUUCUUUCUGUUACCGGUCUGUUUGUGAAACACUCACCAUCGCUGUUUCGAGGGUGAUUAACAUUGUUCCAUAGAAAAUAACUCAUUAUUUUACACCUUAGAUUAUAUUGCCUGUUACGGAUUUUUUUACCGACUUGUCUUUUCUUUCUCUUCUUUCUCUUCCCCAGUGUACAUGAUGUCCCGCUGAGCGCUGUGCAGACUGCUGUCUGCCUGUUUUUCUUACAGCAGCCGACUCUUCUCCAGCUGCCACUAUGGCUUUCGUGCCCGCCCCAAGCCCCACGGUGGUAGAUCAGACCACACUUAUGAAGAAGUACCUGCAGUUUGUGGCAGCACUCACAGAUGCCAACACACGUAAGUUCAUGGACCACACAUGUUGCUUGACACAAGUGCUGGUGAGAGGAGUUGUCUCCCAUCUGCUUACAAUGAUACAGUUUCACAAAGUUACCAGUUUAAAAGCAGUUAUUUAAACAAUCAAACAACUUAACUAUCAGUAAAGCUGAAGAGAUGUUUUAGUAUUUGACCUGAUGAUCAGAAUUUCUGAAGGGUAUCAUGUCAGUAAUUUGUAUCUAAACAACAUCUCUGUAAAGACAUGUAUAGAUCAUAAACAAGAUUGACCUAUUUUACAAAUUUUGACUUCAUAGACUUAAACCACAGGUGUCAAACUCAAGGCCCAGGGACCAAAUUUAGCCCACGAGAUCAUAUCAUAUUUGUAUUCUUAUUGGCCCACCAGUAUGAGGUCGGCGGAUUUCCUCAAGUAUAAUCAUGUAAACUUUAGCACCGUUACAUAAAAUGUCCUUAAUAAGCCACGAAAAUCUGUGAAAUGAAAGAGUAAGGAAGAUUUGAUUGAUAGUCAAGAGCGUGGGGGAAAAAAUAUUUUAUGUUUUAUUUCAUGUUUUCAGUUUUGCAUUUCAACAUUAUGAGUCAAACAUGAUUGGAUUUUUUAUUUCAUGCUUUAAUUUUGUUCAACUCAGUAUUUAGAUUUGUCAUUUUUAUACUUUAGAUUCCAAUUUAAAAUUUUAAGUCCUAUUUUGAGCUUUUAAACCUGAUUUCAACGUUCUCCUCAUGUAUUUGCUCUUUAAAAGCAUUAUUUUUCUAUUUUUAAUAUCAUGCUCUGAUCUUUUGAACCAAUAAAUAAAAUAAAAUAGAAUACAAAAUAAAAAUAAAAUAAAUUUUUCUAUCCUAGAUUGCCUUUAAACUUAUGUUUUUAUCUUUUUUUUAAUUUCCAAAUGAUUUAUAAUCAUUGCUGUUUUUGUUUUGCAUAUUUUUUAAAAGGAAGUUUACAGUUUUGGUGAAAUGUUGACCCUGUUUGGCCCUCAGGUUAGACUUAAAUCCAGAUUAUGGCCCUUGCUGUGGUUGAGUUUGACACCCCUCACUUAAAGUAUUAAGAAAAAAAUGAAGAACAUUUUAACGUGAUAAACUAAUUUCAUUGCAUCACUUUUUUCUAUGUAAUGUAAACACAUUAAAAAGAAAUAUUCUGGUUGAGGCACUUGUGCUCACAACGGGUCAUGUGAUGAGAGCGAUAUGCUUUAGUCCAGUCAAGGGUACGUGUGUGUUUGAGUGAGUGUGUUGAAGUGUGAGUGUGUGUCUUGACGUACCUUUUGAAAAAUCUGGACGCUGAAAGUAAAACUGAUAAGAUCUGAAAGUCCCUGUUGAGCACAUGAAGACUGGCUAUAAAAAAUGAAACUGUGUUAUUACCAGGUUUGAUUAAUGGCAACUUUUUGUCCUUUAACUUCCAGCUGAUGAAACCAAGCUGAAGAUGAUGCAGGAGGUCAGCGAGAACUUUGAGGUAUGUUUAAUGAAUGCUCACUACGUUUGAUUGAUAGAGUUGAUUAACUUCCUCUGUAUCUGAUGAUGGAAUGUAAUAAAUUUUGAGAUGUUUUCUUGAUUCAACAAAAACAUCAGUUAUUUUGAGUUGUAAACAACCCUGUAACUUUUGUAUGUAAUAAAAUUAUGAUAGCUAUAACAUUUGCAAAGCUCUGACACAUGUUAUGAGGUUGUGUCUGGUUGUUAUGCAAUCCAAAAUAUGUUGUACUUGUGCGUUUUCAGAAUGUGACCUCUUCGCCUCAGUACUCUACCUUCUUGGAACACAUCAUCCCUCGCUUCCUCACCUUUCUUCAGGAUGGAGAGGUCCAGUUCCUUCAAGAGAAACCUACACAGGUGCGUAGUCUUCCAUCUCCUAAUAAUCUGAAUGUAUUCUUACAUGUUGGACAAAUACUCAUCUCAUUAAUAAAUUCACAAGUUGUGCUUCACUGAGACUGCAGUCUAAAGGUCUUUUCACACCAGGACCGUUUUUGUCGUGUGAUUAUUUCGGACGUCUUUUUUGUAAUAUUGGAUGCACCCAUGUACUACAGAAAUACCAGUUUGCCAUCACUUGAAGUUGAAGUAGACUCCAUUUUUGUCUUCUUGCCCUCCUUCACCUUUGAUUGGCUAUAAGUGCUGAUUGUUUGGCUUGAGCGUGUGAUGACGUUUCCAGCUUUUCUAGCCAAUCAGAGGCGAAGGAGGCGGGACUUUCCCCCGGAAAAGUCUUCCCCGGGAUGCGUCUUUUCCCCCCGGAAAGUCGCAAAAAUCGCAUCGGGCUUGAUGUGUUUAGUCAGGCGUGUCAAAAUUUGCCUCUGAAUAUUUCGUAAUUUUGCGUUCUAUAUUCGCGUCGGCCACGGUGUGUAAGGACCUUAAGACAUAGUCCCAACAACUUUUAUCAGUCAGGGUUUAUCAGUCAGUUUCAUCACAAUAUACUCUCUGCAAAGAGUAUUACAGGAUUUACUCAAAUAGUGCAAUUGUACUCAAAACUGAAUCUUUUGCUUUUAAAUAUCAUCUAUUCUUUUAGCAACUGAGGAAGCUCGUGUUGGAAAUCAUCCAUCGGAUUCCAACUAAUGAACACCUUCGCCCACACACCAAGAACAUCCUGUCUGUUAUGUUCCGCUUCCUCGAGGUAUGCCAUUUUUUUGGUCGAACAGCACAUUUGAGAGUGACACAAUUUUGAUAAAUUACAUCUUCUUUGAUAUCAAAACUGUGUUAGCCUUGUUUGUAUUGCUAUUUUUUAUUUAUUGGCCCCAAAUCUAGCUUGCCAUUCAUCCAAAGCUUUACAGCCAAGAAAUUGUUGGAAAAUGAAUACUAACCUUUGAAAUGCUUUUAUUUGUUGCUGCAACAGAUGAUAAAAAAAGUUGCAUCUGCUGUUCUGUGGAACAAAUACAUUAGAGAAGAGAAUCUUAAGAAUCGUCACUAUUUGUCUUUUAAAAUCCCUCUGGGGACUUAACAAAUUAUAUUUGGUUAUGAAGGCACAAAUAACUCCCUGAAUCUAUUUUGAAUCCAUUUCACAUGUCUGUUUUUUUCUGUUGUUUUUCACAGAUUGAAAGUGAGGAAAAUGUCCUGAUAUGCCUUCGCAUCAUCAUAGAGCUGCACAAGCAGUUUCGGCCUCCAAUCUCUCAGGAGGUGAGACACAGUUUUUUGUUAUGUGAAGCAAUAUUUUGUUGUGAAGAGUUUUGAAUGUGAUGAACUGAGCUGCCCUAAAAAUCCAGACUGCUCUUACUGUGAACCUGCAGCUUUUUUUAUGGUGUAGUUCUUAAUGAAAUCAAAAGUACAUUCAAUAAGCUGCCAUUAUUUAAAAGAUAUGACUAAUAUCAUAACUUGUAUUAACCUUAUGAAAUAAGUGUUACUGUGUCAGAUCCUAAAUAAAAUAGCAGAGGUGAAGCACUGCAUUAUGAGGAUACAGACUGUUCGUUGACAUUAGCAGACUAAGUACAACCAAAAAUGAAGAACAAUCUUUUUCCUAUUUUUUUGGCCAUAUAAAGGCAGAAACAUAAAACUAUUUUAAGGAUAUUCUUUGUUCUUCUCUUUCCCAGAUUCAUCACUUUCUGGAUUUUGUGAAGCAGAUUUACAAGGACCUGCCAAAAGUUGUUGUAAGUAUACCCUCCAAAUGGUAUGGCUUUGCUUCCUGAUACGAUAAGGGAAAACACAGAGUAACCUGACAUUGUUCUUUUUACCCUUCUCCCUUUCUAAAAAAAAGUCUGUUUCUUCUUGCCCCCACCAGGCUCGGUACUUUGAGAAUCCGCAGGUGAUAGCAGAGAACACGGUCCCCUCCCCAGAGAUGGUUGGAAUGAUCACAUCAGUGUUGGUCAAGACUGCACCAGAAAGAGAAGAUAGUGAAACAAGAACAGUAAGCAGAAUUCCAUCAGUUGGGAUUAGAAUUCACAGAGUAUUUUAUGCCACUUUCUGCACCACAUGCUUUAUGGUGAUAUAAUCCUCAUUAUAUUUUAAUUUGAUCAUGUCAGAAAAGACUAGAACUUCUGGGUGAAAGACAGAACAUCAGUGACUGAAAAGCACAUGAGCGUUGCUAAAUCUGUAUGCUGUAUAUUGUAACACUUUUGUUCAGAGCCACCAGAGAGCGGUAGUGCACCACGCCACCACACUUCCAAAAGAGUCCACGAAAAAAACAGAAACUUUUACUUCCCCUCAAGUAGGAAAGACAAAGGAAUUACAUAAUGGUCUCUUUACGAUGCAUUUUCAUACAAAGCAUUUUUACCAUCUGUUUAAACUUGUCUUUUGAAACACUUUUGCCCAUUUCUUUUAGAUUCUCUCUAUAUUAUGCGGUUUCAUCCAUAGAUAAGCGAGGCAGGUGUCCAAUAUUUGCAUCCUUCACUGCAGUCGUUUUCAUUAUGUUUCAAUCUUUUUUCUGCCUCCAGCACACCAUCAUCCCACGGGGCUCCUUGUCUCUGAAGGUGCUGGCAGAGCUGCCAAUCAUAGUGGUCCUGAUGUACCAGGUUAGUGACUUAAUUCUGAACCUCUUUAAAUAAACCCAUCACUCGGUAACCUUUGGUAAUGUGGUUCAAUUUCAGGAAACAGGAUUAGGUGAAAUGAGUCGUUGGAAAUGAUGUUUUCCACUUUUUGCUGUAUAAAAAUGUAAUUUAAACGCAACAGAAAUGACUGUAAAUAGCAAAGUUUUGAGUAAAAUGUACUUUCUGUGCAGGGGUGCAGAUUAAGCUGCCAUGUAUUUCAAACUUAACUCUGCAUUGAGAUAAUUGGAUUUGCAGAAGUUUCAGUGUAUUUUUACCUUUAAAUCCAUAUUAAGUAAAAUUUAAACGGAAAAAUAAUCACUUCUGCUGUAAGAAAAUGCUCAUCAGAAUUUAAGUCAGGUUUCCAUUAACUGUGAUUGUGUUUAUUCUGUUUUCACAGCUCUAUAAGCUGAACAUUCAUAACGUGGUGUCAGAGUUUGUGCCCCUCAUCAUGAACACUAUCAUGCUGCAGGUGUCUCCUCAGGCCAGGUGAGUUGUGUUUGUGUAUUUAUGUGUGUUCCUGUGCACCACUGUGGGGCCUAUUUAAAUGCGUAUCAGACAGGACUGGGCCUUAACCAAAUUGUUUUAAGAGAAUCAACUUAAGUUCAUUGAUGGUUCUGCCUUGUGCUUUGCCUGCCAAAGCUGGAGUUAAGAAUCAUUUGGAGAACUUUAAAUGAAAGAAAUUGGCUAAGCAAGAGGUGAAGCCUUCGGGUAGGAAGAAGCUUUUCUGAAGCAUUUUGAACAGGAAGGAAAUGGAGCAGAGUUAAUUUAGACAAAGUACCUCAGCAGCCUCUGGAAGGUAAAGACAAAUAUUUCUUUCUGACAUGCUGUAACAGCCGUGAUGCAAAAGGAAAAAACAAGAAGUCAUUCAUGUAGAACCAAACCUGCAUUUAGACUCCCCAUUUCAACUUGUGGCAAUUGUCAGCUACUGCAGGUGUACAACACCAUUAAUGUCUUUGACGGCACUGAAUGGCUUUGUAUGUUAAUUGUGUUGUUUCCUCUGCAGGCAACACAAGCUGUAUAACAAGGAGCUGUAUGCAGACUUCAUCGCCGCUCAGAUUAAGACUCUUUCAUUUCUGGCUUACAUCAUCCGAAUCUAUCAGGUACAGCGCUCUGUUGGCUGUGUGUGUCAUCAGUUUUCUCAGCUAAUGAACCAAGUUAUCCCACUUUAUAGGGAAACCGUUGCCAUAUCUGUUUUAGCCUUCACUUACAUCAUUUGAGAGAUUUUCCUUGACAGUGCUUUACUAAAAUCUCAGAAUUAACAUUUUUAUGAAGUUUUUUUUCCCCUUCAUUACUUGCCAAACACGCAGUACAUUUUACUUUUACCGAUGCUCCUGUGAUUAAGGGGUGUCAGUUAAGCGUAAUGGGGUGAAGCUUACACCAAUAUUCAGAUGCAAAGUCCUGUCUCCAUUAAGCUUUCCCAUCAAUAAAGGCAGAGGUCAAACAAUCUAUACAACCUCAAUUCCAAAACAGUUGGGGCACUGUAUCAAAUGUUAAUUAAAACAGAUUUGGAUGGUUUGCAAAAAAUUUAAACCUGGUACUCAAUUUAGAGAUACAAAAACAAAUUCUCCUUUUAAAUUUGAUAAAAAGUGGGAUAAGGACAACAAAACAGUAAAAAAACGUUGUGUUGUGCUGAAGGAACACCUGGAGAAACAUCUCCCAGCUGAUUUAACAAAUGUACGACAGAUCAGUAAUUCUAGUGAAACAAAGUCUCCCAGAAACAAAGAGGGGAAAAGAUUUACCUCUGUGUGAGCAAGUAGUUCAACAAUUUCAGCGUAAUGUUCCUCAGCCUAAAAUUGUUGAGAGUUAAAGGAUUUCAUCAUCUAGCCUUUUUUAUAUAUGAUCCAGAAAUGCUGGUGACUUCUCUGACCCUAUCCCAUUUAAGAUGGACUUUGGUAAAGUAGUAAACGGUACUGUAGUCUGAUGAAUCAAACAUGGACACCCUUUUUGGAAACCAUGGAGUAACCUUGGCUUUAAAAAAGAGUAGAAAUCACCUUUUUAGCUAUAAAAUAUUUUCUGCAACCAUAAUAAUUUUUUUUGCAAAACAAGUUUUUAGUUUCAACAUCUGACACGUUGUCUUUGCACCAUUUUCAAUUAAGUAUAGGUUUUAUAUAAUUUACAGAUCAAGCAAUGUAGUCUUAAUCAAAAUUUACAGCAAAUCUGUGAAUAAGAAUGAUUUGGUGGAUCAGCAGGACACGUUUUUGGAUCUAAUUCCUUCUUGCAAGUGUUGGGUGAUUGACAGGAAGCAGUGGGCUCCAUAAUGUCCUUACUGGUACAAAACCACAGAAGCUGGGGAGUUUGGAGAUGAGGCAGUCACAAAAUUGAAUCCAUAAUUUGUAUUAAACUCACUUUUUAUUCUGUUCUAACAUGAAUGGCUUGAAUAUCUCCCUCUGACACUAUCUUCUGCUACACUGACUGUGUCAUUAUCAAACAAAUUAGAAACUAUAAAAAACAAUGACAACUCAGACAGUUGGUAUAAAACAUCAUAAAAUACUGAUAAUACCUGUGAAGUACCUUCAAACCCACCUCGGAAGAAUCCUAUUAGUGGGGGUUUGGUUGAAUGUUUUUGCGCCGUUACAGACACCCUGCUGGUCCAAAUUAAUUGAAAAGAUAUGAAAUGAAGCAAUACCGAAUACAGGCCCAUCAUUUUGCUUCUAUUGGCAGGGUUUUCCUAUAUAAACUGAUUCUUUAUAAUGAAACUAACCAGUAAAUUUGAAUCGUAGUUAAUGCUUUUAAUCAUAUCUUGUGCCCUUGUGUGUGUGUGCGCCCAAUCAGGACCAAGUCGGAAAAUACUCUCAGCAGAUGGUAAAGGGAAUGCUGCAGCUGCUGUCCAACUGCCCCUCAGAGACCGCUCACCUCCGCAAAGAGCUCCUCAUUGCAGCCAAGCACAUCCUCACAACUGACCUACGGAGCCGUAUGUCAACACUUCAUGCACACACUCACUUAUGCAUAAGAAUUUAGGGGAAGCAUCCACCAGUUAAUGAAGUUUCUUUUUACCUGUUCAAAGUUGGAGACCCUAUAAGGCUUUUGUGUGUUUACUCAGUCUUAUAAGAUGUCAGAUUUGGUUUGGCGAUAGAGCAGUAAAUAUUCUGACAUAUAUUAAAAUGGAAUGAAACAUACCCAUUGGUGGAAUUUUGUGGCAUGAAUCACUGGUAUGGCUAAAACUGUUGAGAGGAUUAACGGCAAAAAUUGGGAAGCAUUUGGCCCAACUAUUUGCCCUGUCAAGUUCUAAUUCACAAAGCAUAUUGUGUUAAAGACAUUCAAGGACCAAAAGGCCCACAAAAUCCUGCAGCUCCUUGCAGUUAGCAUUUGUGUCGCUUCUAUUUGUGGAGAUGUGCUGUCAGCAUCUGUAUUGUCUGCUGCACAGAACUGUGCUGUGCACUCUCUUCCUGAUUUGGAUCUUAAAGGGAUAGUUGGGUAUUUCUGCAAGGUUAAGUACGGUCUUUGUGUGAUAAGUUCACACACACAUAUUAUAUUACGAUUGACUGUUGAUCCUCCUUUCACCAGUAUCUGAGUCAUCUCUUUUAUGUCUUUCCUGUGCAGUGGUUGAACUUUGGUUAUGUUUAAUGUAUCUUCAUAUUAUACAUGGCAUCUUGCAGAUAUUUGGCAGCCUGACAGAGUUCAUGUCCUACUGUUUCCCCUGUGCUGCUACCAAUUACUGAAAAUGUUGUGUGGCAUUUAAGUGAAAACAAAAAUGUAUCCCAGCACAAAAAAGACAAGACUAAUAUGAGACAAUAUGAGACAAUCCCACUUUUUUGCAUGAAUUUCAUGUAUUUUUUUCUGCUGGACAACUGAACUUGAAACUGUCCAGGAGAUUGCAAAUACUAGCUAACAUAGACCCUUGCUGUACCUGAGAUAUUUUUUUGCACUUCUGAAAGCUGUUUAGUUUUCGCGGUGCUUGUGCAUGCAACACAUGCACAGGUUCUUCUGCCUGCAGUGCACUGAUCAGCUGUUUGUGUCUGUGGGCUUCGAAGAGGCUAAAUUGGCUCAUUUGCACAGGUGCAAGAGCGCUGCAAUCCUUUUGUGAAUCAGACCCUAAACUCUUUAUUGCUUCUGCCUCCGUGGCUAAAACCAUUUUAUUUUCUGCAAAACACUUGACAAAUAGGAACAGUCAAACCACAAAUGAUCAGUCAGCUGCCAAAGCGGGGCUAGACAGAGUGCUGAAAUAUUUUCUUUUAGAGAGACUUCAGCUUUCAUUUUAUGUACAUUAAGUUUCCUCAUACUAUUUUGCAGGGUGUGAAGCAACACAUCUUCCUCCAUUGUUUUCUUUUUUACCUUUUACUUUAUUUCCUUGGAAAUACCUUGACUUCUUCUUCAAUAAUGCUAUGAAACGUUGUCUUUAUGUCUUUCAGAGUUCAUACCUUGUAUGGACAAACUUUUUGAUGAAUCCAUCCUGAUCGGUUCUGGUUACACUGCUAGAGAGACUCUUCGGUGAGUUACUUGAGCCCCCCCCCCCCUCUCUUUCUCUCUCUCUCUCUCUCUCUCUCUCUCUCUCUCUCUCUCUCUCUCUGUCUCUCUUUUCCUUGGUUGAUUGCACAGCCAGCUGCAUGGUAAAAGUCCUAUCAUAUUAAUCUGGUAGUUUCUGUUGCUGAAGAAAUUCUCAGGGCAGCUGACUCCCAACACUGCAGCACAGAUCGCACUGUCAAGUUGUCAUGUUUACCCCGCAUCACCAGAGGGCAAGCUGCCAGCGCAUCCUCCCUCCGGUCAAUUUUAAACCUUGUUGACCCUCCUUAGAAACUAAACUCGCUUGUGCCCUCUACAAAGUAGUUGUCAAUUCACAUUAGUACCACACAAAAACCAGGUAGUUGUCAGACAGCCAACAGGGAUGUCAGCGUCACUCACUACCUCUCUCUCUCUCUCUCUGUCUGUCUUUCUUUCUUCGUCUCACACAGCUCAGCCACUUUUUGUACCCGUCUGACUUUCUCUACUCCUACUUUUUAGAGAGUUGCAGUUUAAAAAAAGCAGUCUUUUUUUUUUUAUCUUCACAACCUUUAGGACGUUAUUAUGAUUGUAAAUCUAUCUUGGAUAUCAGAGGUAUAUUUGUCUUUUUCUUUCCAGACCCUUGGCCUACAGCACGCUAGCAGAUCUGGUGCACCACGUCCGUCAGAAUCUGCCCCUUACAGAUUUGUCUUUAGCAGUGCAGCUCUUUGCCAAGAACAUUGAUGAUGAGUCUCUCCCAAGUAACAUUCAGACAAUGUCCUGCAAGCUGCUGCUCAACCUGGUAGACUGUAUUCGCUCCAAGUCCGAGCAGGAGAAUGGAAAUGGACGUGACAUCCUGAUGAGGAUGUUGGAGGUAGAGCCUCAAUCAAUAUAAAGAUCCUCAUACCUAUUUUUAUAGAAUCCUCAGAGAAAUCUCAAGUUACUUUAUCUCUUUCUUUUCUCUAAAUCAGGUGUUUGUCCUUAAGUUUCACACCAUUGCACGCUACCAGCUUGUUUCCAUCUUCAAGAAGUGCAAACCCCAAUCAGAGAUGGGUGUGGUCGAUCCUGGGGUGUUACCUGCAGUGCCAGCCACACCCACUCCUUCUACCACCCCUGCUCUUCCUCCUCCUGCCCCUCCCACUCCUGUUCCUCCUACAGCACCUGCACCUCCAGGUGCGUCCUUCGACCGACCCGGUGAGAAGGAGGACAAGCAGACGUUUCAGGUGUCAGACUGCCGCAGCUUGGUGAAGACUCUGGUGUGUGGAGUGAAGACGAUUACAUGGGGCAUUACAUCUUGCAAAGCCCCAGGGGGUAAGACGACACAGAUACAUGCGCAAAAAACUACAGUGCCUUUAGUACCGUGUUUAUUACCUAUCUGAUCUGGGGUCCAAAGUUUAGAAGAAUGUCCAACUUCAGGGUUUUUUCCUAUUUUUACUUUUCCAGAGGCUCAAUUCAUUCCCAACAAGCAGCUCCAGCCUAAGGAAACACAAAUCUACAUCAAGCUGGUUAAAUAUGCCAUGCAGGCCUUGGACAUCUACCAGGUGCAGGAGAAGUCCAAACUCCAUCAGCAGUAUUUCUAUUCGCAUGUGUAAAUAAAUGUGUUUGAGUGCUGAUAGACAGAAAGAUUCAAUUAGGAUGUUUCCUCUGAUCAGGUACAGGUCGCCAAUAACCAGCAGACUUACAUACGGGUGGCCAACUGUCAGACGGUUCGCAUGAAGGAAGAGAAAGAGGUACUGGAGCACUUCGCUGGUGUUUUCACCAUGAUGAACCCCCUCACGUUCAAAGAGAUUUUCCAGACAACUGUGCCAUACAUGGUGGAGAGGAUCUCUAAAAACUAUGCACUGCAGGUAAAUGAUGACUGGCAUAUAACCACGGUAUAAUUUGUUUCAUAUCAGGCAUGAGAAAUUGACUCAUGUAGAAAAUUUUCUUUUUUUUUUACUUUCUACUUUUCUCAGAUUGUUGCGAAUUCUUUCCUGGCCAACCUCUCAACCUCAGCUCUGUUUGCCACCAUCCUUGUUGAGUAUCUUCUCGAGAGACUGCCAGAGAUGGGCUCUAAUGUCGAGCUCUCAAACCUUUACCUCAAGCUCUUCAAACUUGUCUUUGGGUCUGUUUCACUGUUUGCUGCAGAAAAUGAACAGAUGCUGAAGGUGAGUAUUGCUUUUUGUGUGAAGGAGUGCUUGUUUCUUUUUAUCAUUGAUACUCUUCUUUGACAUGGCUCUCCUUGCUCCUUCAGCCACACCUCCACAAGAUAGUGAACAGCUCCAUGGAGCUGGCUCAGUCAGCCAAGGAACCCUACAACUACUUCCUACUUCUGCGGGCGCUAUUUCGUUCCAUUGGUGGAGGCAGCCAUGAUCUGUUGUACCAGGAGUUCCUCCCACUUCUACCUAACCUGCUGCAAGGUAAAGCCUCUUAUGACAUUACUUAUAGUUGAAAUUUGCUGGUGUUACUUUUCCAGAAAAAAAUAACAGCCCCUUAGUUUGUUGCUAAGAUUGUCAUGCAGAAUCAUUGCCUUUGGUCGACAAAAUGAGAAACACAGGAGUAAAAGAGUCAGAUAUUUUGUAAGAUGGAAGGACCUCAACUGCUCUGACAUUAAAAAAAACAAAGACACUGUGGUCUGUGGACAUUGAUGUGUGGCCAGACACUUUUUCCUGGCAUAAACUGGGUUUCAAAGCUGGAGAAGUAGACAAAGCAAUGCAUGAAGACUUUGAAAGUCUUGACCAGUAGUCAGACAACAUAGUGGGAUUUGUUGGCCAAAUUUAAAAUAACAAGGACACCACUUCAGGACAUUGUUAAAAUUUUGAAAAUCAAUCUGGAUAACAGUAUGUUUGCUUUGUGGAUUGCUCUAUUACAAGGAAACUAAGUUUGUCUCAGAUGGCUGAUAGGCCCAAACUUCUCGUCUAACUUCUCGUUAGUUUGUAACACAAAAUGCAACAUCAGGUGGAUAUAAAUAAAAGAAGCUGGGAAAAAAAACUCUACAGUUCAGUGCUAAGUAUGAAGGAUGUAGGUUAUUUUAAAGAUUGUUAGUCAGUGGAGUGCCAUAGUUUCAAUUGUUUCUCUGAAUUGCAGUUAUCUAUUAGCUUCUUUUUAGCUUUUGUAAAUUCAUGAAAAGAUAACCCAGAAUUCUUGGUGACUCUCUAUGCACAGUCAAUUAUACACGUUUUUCCUGUUUCUGAGUCUUACUCUAGUUAUACCAGCUAAUAGAUGCUUUUCGCCAGUGUGUGUGAAUCCUUACUGACUCCAGCCGACAUUAUGUUCGUUUUUCCUCUUGAGUGUUACUUUACCCAAGACAUCAGAAUAAGGGGACCCUCUGUGAUAUUUCCAUCUCUUCUCAUUUGAUACCCUCUCUUUUGCUUGCUGUCAGGUCUGAACAUGCUGCAGAGCGGACUUCAUAAACAGCACAUGAAGGAUUUGUUCGUGGAGCUGUGUUUGACAGUGCCAGUGCGUCUUAGCUCUUUGCUGCCCUACCUGCCCAUGCUGAUGGACCCACUGGUGUCGGCUCUCAAUGGCUCACAGACUCUAGUCAGUCAGGGCCUUCGCACCCUGGAACUAUGUGUGGACAACCUGCAGCCUGACUUCCUCUACGACCACAUUCAGCCUGUCAGGGCAGAGCUUAUGCAGGUGGGUAGUUUUUAUCUCAUCAUUUUCACAAAUAGACCAAGGACACGUGCCCUCUUGUGGUCAACAAUAGAGAUGGCAAUAUCUUCAGAUCAUACCUGGAACCAGUAGCACUCACACAACUCUUUUCUACAUUGCCAGGUUAUGUAUUUGUCAUUCUCUUCCAAAAAACUAGCUGGAAUUGGAUUCAAAUUAAAGCAUAAUGUUCUUAAAUGAAUCAUUUGUAUUGAUUUUUUGUGUGAUCGUGUUUUCUGAGUUUUCUCAUGCUCCCUCUCUGGUAGUGUGGGUUGUGUGGGGGCUAGAGAAGGAUGUUUUUCUCAUUGUGUGUACACUGUAAUGAGAGAAAGAUUUUGAAAGAAAAAUUUGUGUUUCUUGUUAUGUUUAAUAUUUUCCCAAUGAAAAUAAAUGGAAUAAAACACCAAAAUCUAUGAAACAUAGUGACUGAAAUCCCAUUAAGACACUGUACCUAGUCUUCUGCAGGGAUAACAAGCCUUUUCAGGGUUUUGUUUAGCUCUAGUAGCAUCAAUGCUAGUGAUCUUUUAUGACAGUUUGAAUACUAAAUAGCCUUUUUUAAAUCUGUCAACACUGAACUUCUAAUUCCCUUGUUUCUUGUGUACUGCAGGCCUUGUGGCGUACUCUGCGAAAUCCAGCUGAGAGCAUCUCUCAUGUAGCCUACCGGGUGUUGGGAAAGUUUGGUGGCAGCAACAGAAAGAUGCUGAAGGAGUCUCAGAGGCUGCAUUAUGUGGUGACUGAAGUCCAGGGACCAAGCAUCAAGGCUGAAUUCACUGACUGCAAGGCAUCAAUACAGCUACCUAUGGAAAAGGUAAGAGCACUCUGCUGUAAUUGGUGGUGUGUUUGAAAGGCUUUCUCUAGUUUCUCUGACUAGGAAAGUUUUUGAUUUUUCUUAACUCUGUUUUUCCCUCUUUGUUGAAACUACUCUGAAAACCCCUUUACCUCUUUGUAUUUUAGUUUUAGAAAGAAAGAAAGAAAGAAAUGUAGGAGAACUUGAUAUUCCUCAUUAUUGUCCCCAACUGAGAGCUAUAUAUCCUUGUCAGGGGUUUGUGUGUAACAGCGAGUGAGUUGGGGAGAUGUGUGUGUCCUCCAGGUAAUUAAAUUCAUCUCCUGUUUCUCCUCCUGAUCCCCAGUCAGUAAUCAUCAAUCUAGUGUGGGCCACCAUGACGGCAUUAUUUACUCUCACUAAUGGCUGCUCCUUCUUCUUUCUGGCUAUCUGUCUCGUGUUUGCCAUCAUCAGAGAGCACACACACGCGCGCACACUCUGACUCAUGUAUACUCACUGAAGUUAUGAGUCUCUUUUAUAAUACAGCCAUGAAGUUAUUGAUGGUUAACAUACGCUUCAUACAUCUUUGUUCUCACUUUUUAACUUUGUGGUUACAGAUAUUUUGUCAGUCUUGAAAUGUUAGAGUCUAAAAAGCUAUUACCUCUUAUUUGUCUUCUCAAUUUCAUAGCUAUGUACAAAUAAUGAAGCACUUAUGUCUCCAUCAGCACAGAAAAAUAUCCUUCAGCAUUGACCGGUCCUCAUCUAUUUCUUCUGUCAUUUUUUGUCUCUCCCUGCUCUUCCUCUCCCCUCUCCUCUGAGUGGCAUUAAUUAGUUCAUUUUCCACCUUUUUAAAUGCCUCACUGCUGUUACUUGUCAGCCCAUAAUGUUAAAAUCAUAAUGACCUUUGCUUGGCCAGAUGGUGCCCUGUUUUACUUCCCGCACAUUAAUCACGUAUACACUCAUACCUUGCACUUUAAUUCCCAUACCGAUAAUAUAUGAAUAUUGGCAUUUUUUAACAUAGAGGCUCUUAGAUAAUAAAAUAGUGAGGAAUUUUAAGUAAGCUUUUGCCUGGUUUAUUUCUCCCCUAGGCAAUAGAGACGGCUCUGGACUGUCUGAAGAGUGCCAACACAGAGCCGUACUACAGACGACAAGCCUGGGAGGUCAUCAAGUGUUUCCUGGUGGCCAUGACAAGUCUGGACGACAACAAGCAUGCUCUCUACCAGCUUCUGUCUCACCCCAAGUAAGUCAGCAUUCUGGGUUUGAUUAUUACUCAGGCUCCAGACACACUUAAAAUCUUACCCAAAGUUUCUGGCUGGGCUGAAUGUGGAAACAUGGUCAGCUAAAAUUUUCUUCUGAGCUGUUAUAUGUUUAUGUCAUACAACUGCUUAAUCACUGAGAGUGAUACAGGAUGGAUAGAAUGAAGCUCCCAAAAGGAUUAGGGCUGUCAAAAUUGCUCCAAAGUGACGUUCAAAUAUUGGUUUUAAAAAUAACACAUUGGUUUGAACAUAUUUUAGUAUCUAGCUGCUUACACAGCUUGCUUAUAACUUUGUCUUGCUCAACAUUUUUUCUGUCUAUUACGUCUGCCCAAAAUCCGAAGAAUUCUAAAGUUUGUUGGGUUCUAGACUACUCUCUCCAAGUUUGGCUCUGAACAUCCCGCCAUCUCUCUGCAUGUGCCACUGGCGGUUUUGGUCGAGUCUCACUGCAGGUGCAGCUCCUGUGACCUGUCCCUGACCCUUUGUUACCAUGCGCUCACUUGCAAAGCAGCCGUUCUUUUUUGUUGUUGUUUGUUUGUAUUUUUUUCCCACUCAUUUUUUACCUGCUGUUUACUUAGUAUUCGAAUAUUAAUUUUCACAUUUGAAUCUUGUAUUUUUAUUUAGAUAUUUUCGAAUGUAUUUUCGAGCUUGGAAUAUUCAUUGACAGCCCCAACAAGGAUCUUUGGUAAUGGUAUUAGUAUGAAAACAGUUCUCAAUACUUAGGUAUAAAAGUUAGAGGCUAACAGUCAUCGUUAAUUUUUGCUUUCCAAACUAGCCUGUCUAUAAUUUCAGUUCAGCAAAUGUGACUGAACACAUACUAGAAUAUAUUGUGCAUAUUGAGAAAUGAUUGAAGACGUCAUGAGUUGUUGAGUUCUUGCAAAGACAUUUAGUGAAAUAAUCCCCAUCAUUUCCCUUCAUCAUCAUUGAACAAAGGUCUGUACCUCUCAGACAACAGUGUGCUGCCAUGUUUCAAUGCUUCCAGUUUCUCUCCUCUGCGUUAUUUUUGUUCCAUUGUGUGAUAUUUCUGUACAGAUCGCAGAUUGCCCAAACUAGUAGCCUGAAAUGAUCAAGUGACAUUUUACAUGUUGGACUUCGAGUCCAAACAAAGCCAAGUGUCCAAUCAAUCCUCACCAUCUCCAACCUAGAUUAGACUCGACUACACCUUCACAUUAUACAUGACUCAUACAUCCAGUAAUCUUGUCUGCCCUCUCUGAACCCCAGCCGCACAAGCAGUGAAGGAAUCAUAACCCCCCCUGAAACGUGCCCCCUCCACCUGCUGACACGGCCCCCUUUCAGUCCAUCGUUUCACAUCUUCACCCCUUCUCUACACCACUCAAGUCUCAUCAAGUCUGUCUCAAGUGCAAGAGAUGCUAAUUACACACGCACAGUGAAACCCUUUUCUCCCCCCCGAGUUUAAGAUGCAUACAUGAACAGACGCACUGGAAGGGAGGGGGGAGGUGUCAUGAGGGUUAGUCGCAUUACCAUCAUUGAUCCUUGGGCCAGGGGCUAAUUGACUUUCCCCUGUCUGUUUACACUGCAACAUGCCCCUUGCACCAUCCUGUCUUUCUGCUCUGACGCAUACACAUACCCAGUAAUACGUCUGUGUGCACAGAUCUGUGGGGAUAAUGGAGUGUAUCAGUUAUGAUCAGGGGGCCUGCAACCUGCAGCUCUCGUCCUGUCAGAUGUCUGGAUUUGCAGCAUCCUCUUAGAGAUUUUCGUCACCUUUUUCUCCCUCUCUCUCUUGGCCCAGCUUCAUCCUCCUCACACCAUUUCUGUUAGUCUCAGUGUUUGUUCGCUUUAAGUAUAGCCCUUCGGUUUUAAAAGGAAAAAGACAGGACAAAUCAUGGAAUGCCGAGUGGGGCAAACAGAGCUGUGCUGAAGUGGCAGGUGCUUGAAUGAGUGGAAGGCAACUGAUCAGACAUUCACCCCUUACUUUCUCCACAUGCUCCACUACUCACUCCUCCUCUACUUUUCCCUGAGCCUCCUCUCCCCUCUACUCCUCCGACAAAGAGUAGUCUUUUAAAUGGCAAUAAUGAAAUAAAGUGAUCCAUCAGCUCUGCCCCUGGCGUGUGGCAUUAUAAAACACAAGCUCAAGCAUGGAGAAAACAGCUGCUCAAUCACACCAUGGCCCUGCUGCCCUCAGCUGCAGUAAAUAACAAAAAUACCAACAGGGGAAAAGUGGAAGACAGAGGUAAGAGAGAGGCAUGAAGAGCGCGAAUAAGAGGGUAUUUCAAGGACAAAGACGAAAAGAGUCACAGGUUUGGGGACUGUGUUUGAAGUUAAAUUUACAAAAAUGAAAGACAGAUUAACAAACAUUAAAUGAUUAUUUUCAUCCUUGUGCUUCUACCACAAUAGCUUUACUGAGAAGUGGAUCCCCAAUGUCAUCAUCUCCCACCGCUACAAAGCUCAGGACACGCCUGCACGCAGAACGUUUGAACAGGCCCUGACUGGAGCGUUCAUGUCUGCUGUGAUAAAAGACCUGAGGCCCAGUGCGCUGCCUUUUGUAGCCAGCCUGAUUCGCCACUACACCAUGGUCGCUGUGGCUCAGCAAUGUGGUGAGAAACUUGAGUUUGUUAUACCCACUACAUCUAUUAUUAGCUCUCUUUGGCUUUGGCUUUUAUCCCCAUCUGUACUUGAAAUCAACCACAUUCCUCUUUAGCCCUUUUUUCGACAAAUCUGUUCUUUCUUGAUUUUGCAUUGAAAAGAUAUAAAAAGUAUUGAUGACCAAGUUUUAAUUCUCUUCACAAGUGUAGUUGCUGCAUCAUUUGAACUGUAUUAAAAUUCAUCCAAGUUCAUAUUAUGCACAGUUUCAUUCCUCUAAUCCUCCCUUUUGAUCUUAGGUCCCUUCCUGCUGCCCUGCUACCAGCUGGGCAGCCAGCCGAGCACAUCCAUGUUCCACAGCGAGGAGAAUGGCUCAAAGGGCAUGGAUCCACUGGUUCUGAUCGAUGCCAUCGCCAUCUGCAUGGCCUAUGAAGAGAAGGAGCUGUGUAAGAUUGGAGAGGUGGCCCUGGCUGUCAUCUUUGAUGUUGCCAGCAUCAUCCUUGGCUCCAAGGAGAGGGUGAGUCACUGGCAAGAGGGCGUUGGAUGGUGCUGAUAUUUAUGAAUGUACUGGAGGUGCUGGCAAUAGAGCUAAAUUGCGCUAACUGGGUCUGGCUAUAAAUGUGACAUAGAAAUGAAUUCUCUUGCUGGGCUGUGCCAAAUAUUCUGACAAAUUGAUUAGUUGCAUUUCCAUAUGAAAAUUUGAAGUGAAUACACAUUUUUAAUCAGAUAAGCUUUUUGUCAUUUUAAAAUUAAUUUAUUAUUCAUUUGAUUAAUGUUUUCAUUUGUGAUUUACUGUUUUAAUUUGACACAAUUAAUCAUCCCAGCCUCUUGUCUACAUUUUCAGGCGUGCCAGCUGCCCUUAUUCUCCUACAUUGUGGAACGUCUGUGCGCCUGCUGUUAUGAGCAGGCCUGGUACGCCAAGCUUGGUGGUGUGGUGUCCAUCAAGUUUUUGAUGGAGCGAUUGCCUCUGAUCUGGGUGUUGCAGAACCAGCUUACCUUUCUCAAGGCCCUGCUCUUUGUCAUGAUGGAUCUCACAGGAGAGGUGAGAGGAGAUUUCUCGAGAACCAAAAAUGAUUUCGAAGGAAAAGCAGAUAUACCUGAUGUCAUUUGUAGUAGACUUCAGUCUCCACAUGAAGUUUCACAAAGCUUGCGGCUCGUGAAAUGUAACAGCUUGUAACUCCGUAUUGAUUUUUUUACCAUAAGGUAUCAAAUGGAGCGGUAGCCAUGGCAAAGACAACCCUGGAGCAGCUGCUUGUGCGCUGUGCAACACCUUUGAAAGAUGAAGAAAAAACGGAGGAGCUGCUGGCCGCCCAGGACAAGUCUUUCCACAUGGUCACGCAUGACCUGGUCCGCGAGGUUACCUCCCCGAACUCAACUGUCAGGAAGCAGGCCAUGCACUCCCUGCAGGUGCUUGCGCAGGUCACUGGCAAGAGUGUCACUGUCAUCAUGGAACCACACAAAGAGGUAAAACUGAUGACAAGAAUGAUUUAAGGCUUUGAAAGACAUGUCUUUAAAUUCACCUUACUUGAACUUCAAUUGAAAAUCUGUUACUGUCAACCAGUGUGUCUGAUUGCAGUGGAGUAAUAGUGCACCUUUUUGUUGUCUUUUUAUUUGACCAAAAAACAGACCUGCAUAGAGAUUUUGUUUCUGAACUGCAUAAAUGAUUUCUCUCUUGUGUGUGCGUGUUUUUUUUAUUUUACAGGUGUUGCAAGAUAUGGUUCCACCCAAGAAACAUUUGCUCCGCCACCAGCCGGCCAAUGCCCAGAUCGGCCUGAUGGAAGGCAACACCUUCUGCACCACACUGCAGCCCCGCCUCUUCACAAUGGACCUUAAUGUCAUGGAGCACAAGGUCUUCUACACAGAGGUAUGCCAGAUUCCGGAGGCUCUGAAUUCUAUCAAAUCUACUGUUUCCAAGUGUAAUUUUACAAUUUGAUUUCAAAUUUAUGACAUAGUUCGUGUUACUGUGGCUUUUUUUAGUUCAGAAAAAAACAUAUUGUGAACUCUUUCUUCCAAAAAUAUGCUCCAAAAGUGAUUUCAUAUUAAUAAAUAGGCGUUGUUUACUCACAUCUUGUAUAUGUUUGUAAAAAUGAAAACACUCGGCAAACGUAUGCAACUCUGAAAACCACCAGAUCCACCCAUCCCAUCACUGUUGUUAGAGUAUUCGUGUAAUUUCACCACUGUUUUUUUUUUUUUUUUUUAGCUAUUAAACCUGUGUGAGGCAGAGGACGCUGCUCUGAUGAAGCUGCCUUGUUACAAAAGCCUCCCCUCCCUUGUCCCCCUCCGCAUCGCUGCUCUAAGUAAGUAAAGCCUGCUGAACUGGAUACAUUGGUGUCUUGUAUUGAUUAUUGUAUUGAUUAUACAUAUCAUGCUUACCUGUGUCCUCAUUCGGAGAUGUGGUGGAUUAAGCCAAAUACCUGCAAUUUGCUUUGAGUACUACUUUUGUCAUAUUCUGUAUUUUUAUUUGAAACACAUCUCAAUGAUCAGAUUUCUGGUGGUGGGUUUAUCUUAUCUCAUUUCUGUCAGCGAAGUUGUGUUGAAUGCAACUGAUAGUCUUUUGUCUUCUGCGUAGAUGCGCUGGCAGCCUGUAAUUACCUUCCACAGUCCAGAGAGAAGAUCAUUGCUGCCUUGUUCAAAGCCCUCAACUCCACCAACAAUGAGCUGCAGGAGGCAGGCGAGGCGUGUAUGAGGAAGGUUAGUGCAACAUCUUUCUACAUAUUUCAAACUGAUUAUGUUAAAACACCCUUACAUCACGGCUGACCUGAAGAAUAAUACCUCAAAUAUAUAUCCUCAUUUAAUCUUUUAUUCUCACCAAAUACAAUCAGUUCAUUUCAGAUGAGUUCAGUUUUUUAGUUUGUUUGUCAAGGAGAAGUGCUGAGCCAAAAAUUAGCUAGAGGCUAAUUAACAUUGUGGCUCUUAGUUGGGGGCUAUUGUAAAUUGUUAAAUGUAAGCUUGUAUUUUUUAAAAUAGUUUUUUAAACUGGGCACACACACACACACACACACACACACACAAUUUUUUAUGACCAUAGACUGUAUAGAAAUGACCAAAGACUGUGUAAAACAUAAACAUAAUCUCUGUGACAUCCCCUACUAGAAUGGAAGAACGUAGAAUGCAAACAUGUAAAGUUUUUUACCUGGGACCUAAUGGGGCCUCCUUGGGUUAUAUCAGGAACUUCUGUUUUUCUUUUUGCACUUGUUUUUUAUCACAAGGUCUUAUUGGAAAAAUGAUCAUUUGGCUUUCAAAUUUUGUUCACCAAAACUCUCUUCUAAAACCAGAAAUGUCAAGGAUUUUUAAAGAGGCUGUAUUUUUUAGUUUUUUUAGAUUUCAGCCUUCCAAAAUCUCCAGCAGCUAUUGUCAGAUAUUUUUAAAUUGGACACAUUGCCACGAUUUUACACCUUCCCUUGCGCUUUAACUUGGACUAGUUAUUACCUUUAAUAUCAAUAUAAAAUUCCAAGAAAAAGGAACCAUUUUUGAAUCAUGGAUCUGUUAUAUCACUCGCUACAACUGAAAUCCCUGUAGGGAAAAAUCCCAGCUACAGACCCUGAGACAUGACCUUUCCAAAUCGAGAUUAAAGACCGUGCCCUUAAGCUAUGAAGCUAAAGAUCAGACUUCAGAAUUUGUUGGCACCCUUCUAAUCAUUUUAAAAACACAUUUUCUACACCUUUUGAAAAUGCUUUCUACUUAAUCACUCUGAUGCUUUCCUGUUUUUAUUUAACUGCUUGUAUCAUUUACUUUUUUUUUCGUUUUACCUGUAUAAUUUCAAGUCUUUCUUUAUCUUCAUUUCUAUUCUUCUUUUCCUCUUUGCUUCAUCAGUCUUUGAUCUUUGUCAUUCAUGACAUUUGCCUUAGAAGUCUUUUCAAUAAGCCACCCCUCAAACCAUUUGCCUUCACAGUUAUCUUCAUAUAGACCUUCUCGUUCUUUAUCACAGUCUCCUCGAUCCAUUCAGCCUCUAUUCAUCAAAGUAUCCAUACCAUCUCAAAAUCCAUCCAUCUGCCCUUUGUCCCCUUUUCCUUCCAAUCCUGUGUCCUUCAUUUUCUUUCUUCACCACUGUCACUCCUUUUCACUAUCUUGUGAUAUUUUUUUUUCCCCCAAAGCCAUUCCCUGCUCUCUCCUUUCUUUCAUCUCUGGCCUGCUAGCACUAAUGAGCGUUGCCAUGGGCCGAUCGAUACAGGAUGGAGUGUUUGUUCUCAGCUCUGAGAGGAAAAUGAAUGUGGCUGCCAUGCAUCAUUCCCUCCCUUCUGUGUGAGAGUUGUGCGUCAUCAGUGUGUGCUGUUGGCAUGUGUGCUUGUUUAUGGCCGGUCUUGCCCUCAUUUGAGCAGCCAUUUUUACUUAAUGAAGACACAAUGCAGCAACAGAUGCUGAUAUUUUAAGCACUUUGCCCAUGGGCCACAUAGCCUGCAACGUUGGUGGCCAAAGUGUUGUUUUUGUAGGUCAGAGACAUAAACAACUGUGUAUGGUUAAUGCGGCUAAAAUAUAUGACACAUCAAUGAUUAAGUUAUUUUGUAAGUGAUGUGAUGUUGCUCUCUACUUUUGAAUCAGUUCUUGGAAGGUGCAACCAUCGAGGUGGACCAGAUCCACACUCACAUGCGACCCCUACUGAUGAUGCUUGGUGACUACCGAAGCCUAACUCUCAAUGUUGUGAACCGCCUGACCUCUGUGACCCGUCUUUUCCCCAACUCCUUCAACGACAAGUUCUGUGAUCAGAUGAUGGUGAGAAAUCUUUUCUUGUUGCCGGGUUAUGUAUUCAAACUUAAUCAAGACUGUGCACAGUUAUUUUUUAAUAUUCUGCUAAAGAUUCUCUUCAUUUGAAGAUCAAAUAAGAUAGACCAAAUUGAUCCCCAAUUUAGAGACGGUACCAUAUUAGAAAGGACUCAAAGUAAAUGACAGUUAGUUUCAAAUUACUACAUGAUUGCUAGAUAAUUUGGUAAAUUUAGACUAAUAAUUUGGGCGUCUGAUGUCUUUCAAACUCUGCUGUGUAAUACUUCUGAAAUUGUUGUUCGUGUUUUUUCUGCUGUUGGAUUGUUGAGUCAAAUAUUAUGUUCUUUGAUAAAUAUUCUGUAUUGGUGCCAUAUUCUACCUGCUGAUCCGCACAGACAUGCCCACACAAACACUGAAAAAUAACUAGCUUACAGUCUCAGCCCAUCUCUCUCUGUCUCUCUCAGCAACACCUGAGGAAGUGGAUGGAGGUGGUUGUAAUAACACACAAGGGGGGACAGCGCAGUGAUGGCAGUGUAAGUACACACAGCUCAGACAGACCAGACACUUGUAUACACACACCUUUCUGCUUUAUGAAAUUCAAUAUAAAUGUGCAACUUUUAUUACUCAAUAUGUAUAGAUGUUCCUUUUUUUCCCCUUAAAUCUGCUUUUCUCAUAAUCUUAUUUGAAUGUGAUGCAGUAGCUGUCACAGCCUGUGGGAGCAGGUCAAUACAGCUGUCUACUGGCACCUUUUAUUGUUCGCAUCAUCUGUCCUGCUGAGCCCCACAGCACUCGCUGGAGAAGCAGGAAAAAUUGCCCCUUAAACACACAAAAAGCCACGGUCACAUGUAGCCAACACCUCCUCAAUGUGGCCUCCUCCCUGAUGAGUUGUGAGUGGCCAUAUUACAAUCAAUGAUUAAUUAGGCGCCAGGCAGGCGGUGGUGGGCCCUGCGCUGCGUCUCCUCAUUAUCUCCCCGAUAGAUAACCUUGUAAAGGCAGAGAAAAGGUGAGAGGGAGAGAAGGGGGUGGGGGGGGGGGGGUAAACCGUUGCCUCUCCUAUAUUGGAAUAAUGCCCAUUUUUCCUCGUGUCUCUUUAUGUGAACAGUUUGCUGUAUCUCAAAUUGAUGUGCUUAAUUAGAUGCAAAUUGGCCCUCUGUCUUUCCUUUAGUCCAACCCUUGGUCUUUGUGGCUGUUGACAGCAAGGCUGGCGGUGGCAAUAAAAGCCAGGAUUGGGGGGGUCAAUCAACCAAGCCUGAUAAAGACAAAACGUGGAUAAAGAGGGAUGGUGCAGGGCUGAGGAGGACAGUGAAGACCAUAGAAAAAUAGUGACUGUCCCCUAAAAGUAAGACCAAACGUUUGUCAAUCACCCUGCUCACUAGUUUCAACAAGGAUCAUGAAGCCCUGAUCCUCUUUGUUGACAGAUGAGAUGUUGAUUAAAGUUAGAAAUUAAAGUACCUGUUGAAAACAUUGAACAUGGUUUCUGUUUUAAGAGUCAUUAUCAUGUUGACUUAGGUCCUUGUGAUUACUUUUCUGAGAAAUUAAGUUUUAAAUUAUUUGAUGUUUAAAAUGAAGUAUAACCCAUGAUCAACAGCUCUUUUAACAAGGUCAGCAGCUGCUGUAGCACUGUGUUCAGUGAAUUACUAGAAUAAAGGAGGUAUUGUAGCCACGAGAGUCAUUGAACCUGUUCACAUUGUAAGGUUUUGCUUGGUACUGAUGAAAGAAUUCUUUCUUUCGAAGGAGAUUUGAUGUCAGUACCACAGUGCCAUCAGACAGUCUUUUGUGCACAGACUAUAGUUCCAAAGAUUUUGCCAGCGUCAUAUAUGUCAACUGUUGCUUUUGUUUGACUUUUGUAUGGCAGAUGGAGGUGGAGACACAUCCAUCUAUAUACAGUCAAUGAAGAUGUGGGUGGUUGGGAAGGAUGGAGGUUUUAGCAACAAUGUGUCAGAAUGAAAAAAAAUAAUUAUGAUUUGGAUGAAAAGGUUCACUAAAAACAAAAUGUCAGUUCCUGUAUUUCUGACCUGAUUUCUGUCAGUGACUGACUCUGCCACUGACUCUGGGUGACUUUACCUGUGUGGCCUCUGCUGUGUUAUUCCUUCUGUGCUGCGGAAAAAAAAGGUAUCCAUGAGGUCACCUGUAAAGGUUGCUGCUGUCGUUCCAUUUCAUUAUCACCCUGUCUUAUCUGCUCACCUUCCAUAUGGAACAAAGACAGACAACACACAGACACACAACAAAAUGCACACAUACUGCUCUGCUGACUCUGAUCAUUGUCUCCCCGUUCCGGCACAGCCUGCGUUGGAGGGCGUCGAGGUGAGAUGUGACCUGGUGUUGCGCCCUCUGUUGGUGACUCUCUGUCAGUGAUUAAAAUAUAGCUGAACCAAUGUCGUGCUGGUGAAUUUAACCAACGUUGUUGUAGUGGUGCUGGUUGAGUCGCCCUGUUUUUCUGUGUCUGUGUGUCAGUGGUCAUCUUCAGAAAUGUAACUGUCAUCUCAGUGCCGCUCUUACCUCAUAUUUGUCUGUUUUAGACCUUUACAACUCAACCCUGUCUUCUUUACCUUCACAUCUCUUCAGAUAUGAAUAAUUCAAGGUUUAUGUCUGUCAUUUAUUUGUUUGUACCCUGUGAGAAUGUUAACCAGUGAAAAUCCAAGCAAGUGUGGGAUUUAACUUAAGAAUAAGCACUAAUUGCAUUUUCAGUCCUAUGACUAAGAUUCAUCCUUGUCUUUCUACAGUGGCUGUCCAUCAAGACUGUCUGUCAGGAAUGAUGUCCAUGUCUUGUUUCAGUCUUCUUUCCUCGAACCACAUUCACUCCCUUCUGUCUUUUGCUGUUUUUUUUUUUUUUUUCUUUGACCCCUCUUUAGGAAAUGAAGAUCUGCUCUGCCAUCAUCAACCUUUUCCACUUGAUCCCAGCAGCACCGCAGACUCUGGUCAAGCCUCUGCUAGAGGUGGUCAUGAAGACAGAGAGGGCCAUGCUCAUAGAGGUGAGACCCAAACUCCACUUUUAAGAAGUACUUAGAGAUCCUGUCCAGUCCUUCUAGGUAAGUACAAAUAUGUCAUAGACAAAGACACAAUCAUUGAAGCUGCUGUAACAAGGUGGUUUGUCUUUGUACAAUUGUCGGUAAUAUUUAAAAAAAAGAAACACAAAUUUGCUCAGACAAGCAAAGACCAUUGUUGCCCUCUGAAGGAUAGUCCAGCUUCAAAAAGUGUCAUGGCUGUUACUUUAAACACAUUAUUCAAACUUGCUUGAUAAUCUCCCUGAGUUAAUUCAAAAUCCUGGGAUAAGAUUUCUAAUCCUGUUUGAUCUAUCUUAGUGUAUGAACUAAUAGCAGAUAAACCCCGCAAUUUAGUCUUCAAAGAUCUGAACAAAAAAGGGAUAAAACUGCAUUUGCUAUUCUUAACUAAUGCCUGUCCCUUUUUUUCCUGCCUCUUUCCUUUGCUUUUUCUCUUCUCAUCAUUUCUACAUCAGGCCGGCAGUCCAUUCAGGGAGCCUUUGAUCAAGUUCUUGACGCGUCACCCAUCUCAGACAGUGGAGCUGUUCAUGAUGGAGGCUACGCUGAACGACCCCCAGUGGAGCCGCAUGUUCAUGGUCAGAAACCACAAGCUUUCAGAAGCAGUCCCUGAAGUCUUGUCUGUGACAUAUGUGAUACUAAAAAGAACUAAACUGCCUAAGCAAGGGGCUUUAAUCAGGGGAGAAAUUGUUGAUUUACCGCACAGUUGUCUUUUUAAAACCAAAGAUCAGUCACUCCCAGAUAAAAAUUCAGUAAAGCAUAUUUCUUCAAAUGCCAAGGAACAGCUAUUUACCCGUUUAGGUUGACAGAACUCACCUAAUUGACUGAAUAUGUGCUCAUUGAUAUGCAGAGUUUCCUGAAACACAAAGACGCCAAGCCUCUAAGAGAUGUACUGGCCUCUAACCCCAACCGCUUCGUACCCUUGCUGGUUCCUGCUGGCACUGCAGCCACUGUUCGACCUGGAUCUCCUUCUACCACUACAGCCAGACUCGACUUACAGUUCCAAGCCAUCAAGGUAUACAUAAGUGUAAUCUUUAUACUCCACAUCUUGCCAGGUUGUAUGUGUUUAUGUGUAAAGCUUAUCCCCAGUUUUCUGUGUAACCUUUUUUUUUUUUCUCACUUCAUCUCCUCAGAUUAUCAGCAUCAUAGUGAAGAAUGAUGAGGGCUGGCUGGCAGGCCAGCACUCCCUGGUCAGCCAGCUGAGACGUGUGUGGGUCAGUGAAACCUUCCAGGAGAGGCACCGCAAAGACAACAUGGCUGCCACCAACUGGAAGGAGCCCAAGCUGCUGGCCUUCUGCCUGCUCAGCUAUUGCAAGUAUGUACCGCUGUUCAGACUGCAUGGGGGAGCUGCUAUUGUAAAAUCAGGGAAUGAGAAUUUGAUGGAAAAAAUAAUUCUCAGUGGGUUGCAGGCCAGUCUGUGGGCUCAUAGUUACUCUAUAAUUAACAGUGCUUAUUGUUAUUGAUAUCAUUUCUGCACACUGAACAUGCCUUUCUCUUCUACAGGCGUAACUACUCCGAGAUCGAGCUGCUGUUCCAGCUGCUGAGGGCCUUCACAGGCCGCUUCUUAUGCAACAUGACUUUCCUGAAGGAAUACAUGGAGGAGGAAAUUCCCAGGAACUACUCCAUUGCCCAGAAACGGUCCCUGUUCUUCCGCUUUGUUGAAUUCAAUGACCCACACUUCAACGAUGAGCUAAAAGCUAAAGUAAGUCCACAGGCAACCAGAACAGGAUUGCUUUUAUUUAAGCCACAAGCACCAGAAAAGGUUUCCAGUAAUGUUGUUUUAGAUCUUUUUUGCCACAAUAACAACAGGAUAAAAAUCUGAAAUCAUGACAUAAACACAAAAUGCCACAAAAUGUCUUUUUCUUGUGUGAUAAUUAUUUUGUUCACUGAAGGCAGCAACUUCUUCCCUCAAGAAAACAAUUGAGCGAAAAAGUGAAUAACUUGUUCUCACCAGAUAUUUAUCUUGUAUUCUUUUUGUGAGAUGAUUAUCUUGUGCAUCCAAGAUUACAACUUGUUACCACAAAAUAAUGAUCCUGUGUGCACUAGAUAAAAAAAACACUUGUUUAGAAAUAAAGUAAGCUUCAUUUUUUUUCUCAGUAAAGCUACAGAGGAAGGAUUAAAGGCUGUGUUGCUUUGCUCGUCUCUCCCUCAUUUGUUUGAAACAGCAGUUAUCCUGAUGGUUAAAAGCUUAUUUCUAACUCUAGAGCAUUUUUGGUGUUUACGUACAUUGUGUUGAAAAGAGAGAAAUGUUCAGAUCUCUACAGCAUUGCAAAAGGUAUGAAAAUGCAUUUCUGCAGAGUCCUAGACUGGUGAAUCAUCCUGUGAAAUCCUUUGACUUUUUCUUCAUCUUGUGUACUUUUUCUCCUUGGUGUGGGUGACUUUUGUGGCUGGUGUGAUGUGUUGCAGAAGUUCUUUGACAGAGGCAGGAAGGUCAUUUUGUCUGACUCGAGACCCUCAGAGAAUCACACAUGACUGCUCCUGUCCUCGCUACCUGACCUGCUGUUGCAAGCCUUACAGUCACUCCGGCUCUUUUUAAUUAAGCUUACUCUCCCACAUUCAUGCCCUAAUGCUUAAACACAAAUACACAUGCAUGCACACGCACAUACCGCACAGCUGUAACAGAGUUUCAACUUGGCACAGCGGAGCAGCUGCUCUGCCGUUAAGUACAAACGGGUCAGUGGGGAAGCCCUGCCCUGGCACAUGUUAGUACAUAGCUUCAUGGCUGUGCCGCAAGGACAUACAAUUGAUUCAAAAACAGACUCACACGGAAAACUAGAAUGAGCACACAAACUCUAAAAUCCAAGGGCAUGAGCUGGUGUUUAUGAUGCAGCUUCCUGAAUUCAGCUCUUUUUGAUCCUGUUCAGUUGUCUUUGCUUUAACUGAAAAGUGUUUGGCUAAAAAGGAAAGGACAAAUUAGAGUUAAGUUUUUGUAGUUGUCUUCUUUGGCUAAAAUGCUGCUUUAAGUUUUUUUUUUUUUUACAGAGCAGACUUAAGUUUCUUGGCUUGCAGAACUGCAUCACCCCCACCCUACAUUAGAAGUUUGCUCAUGUUGUUGUUUUUCCCUUAAUUGUCCUCCUUGGGUGCACAGCAGAUGCUAGCAGUGUGUGAGGUGGAGAGAGAUAGACAGACAGAAAGAAAGAGGCUGUGUUUCUGUGGGAAUAUGUUUGUGUUGAUUGGUGUAUGAGUCGUGAGUGUGGGUGUUACCUCCACUGACAUUUAAAUAAUUGCCUUUAGCAUUUCACUGGAAGUGUAAUAUCACUGUGUGUGUGUGUGUGUGUGUGUGUGUGUGUGUGCGUGCGUGCGUGUGCAUGCGUGUAUGUGUAGCACUCACUAGCUAGGGACUAGGGGAGGAUAUCUCUCUAUGAGACUCUAGAGGAGUGUGUGAGAGGAGGAUAGUAACAGUGUGGGGCAGCAGCAGCAGCAGCAAUGAAUCAUCUCUUAUGGCACAGACUGACCUCAUGCUGCUCCCGUACUUCUUCUCUUAAGCCCAAACAAAUCUCAAAGAGAUUCAAUUUCUGCUGCUUUUCUUGUUUAGAAGCUUUGACUAUUCAUGGGUAACAUUUCAAACAGACAAGCAAACAAAGAAGGGUACAAAAUUAAUAAAGCAAAGCACAUCUGUUUCACAUUCUGCUACUUUACAGAAGCCAAGACAUGAUGUAUUGCAUCCUUUUGCUUAACGCCAGAAUGUGUCUGCAUCCUGCACCAAUUAAUUUGUAGCGUACAAUUAAGCUUGAAUGUUUAAGGUGCAGUGUGUAGGAUUCAGCAGCAUUCAGCAAAACAGACUCUUUAGUAUUUUGAAUGAUUACGCAAAUAAAUGUAUAAAAAAGUGUUUUAAUACAACUGAGAAUGAGCAUUUUAUAUUUGCAUAAGGAGCAGAUCCACUGAUGCUGCCAUCUUGCAUGGCUAUGUUUGUACAAUAGUGCAGAAUGGAACAACUAGUAACAUAGGUGUCUUUGUAUUAGGUGGAUGUAGGAAUGGGCGAUAUGGGCGAAAAAUUAUCACAAUAAGAUUCGCCACACUGGCCAAAAUGAUAAAAGUCCUGAUAAAAAAAUAUUAUAAUUCCCAUCUAUAUUUUUGACUCUUAAUAAGAUACUUAACCACAAGUUUGAGUGGUAAUUUAUGGGGAAAACUGAUGACAUCAAACAAGUCCCAAACGUGAAAACACUUUCAUCAUUUAUUUAAAACUCUUACUGCACGGAGUGAACAGCUGUAGCAGAUUCACUGUCGAUUAUCAAUGUAUGUUUUUGUGAGUCCCUGUUUCUGUCAUGCUUAUUGGAAUAGAUAGGAGUAAUCAGAUUGAUACCGCUUUACUGGCACAUUACUGGUGUGCAAGGAGCAACACUUCACAGCAGUAUUAUGGGGGAACAGCUGCACACAUCCACAUAUGCACACAUUUAUUAGCAUUGUUGUGAUCAUGCAGUGAUUAAUGUGAGGGAGGCGCCGAACCAGUAGGAACAGAUGAGACUGAAGGACAGGCGUAUAUGUGUGUAGAAGCCUACAAAGCAUGCAUGUACAAUUUGUAGAGCCCAUGUGAAAAAUGUGCUUACAGAGGAGCCCAAACAUAUGCUGCCGCAGCUCAUCCUCCUCGAUGAUGGAUUGAAUAGAGGGGGUUCAUUAACAGAUAGCAGCCACUUUAAUAAAUGCAGUCGUUAGCUUUAUUAUGUUGUUUUUUUUUUUAUUCCGCUUUUUAACAGCUAAUCGAGCUUUUGUCUCUGUUCCAACAGAGAUAAUUGCCACAAGUUUCAUGGUGUAAGCGAUAGAUUUAGUGUACUUUUUUCUUUUGUCGCUUAUUGAUUAACUAAACAAACAUUAUGUUUUUUACAAGAAGAGUCUUUAUUCUGUUUUGGACAUCUUAGCUAACUUUGCCUCUACUCUGUCUUUUUGCUCCGGCUUUUUGUCUUCUGAUGAUUCAAAGUUUAAUCCCUUGUUAUUAUCAACUUGAAAGAAGGACCUGUCUCCCUCUGAUUAAGAGUCGAUUAUUAUUAUUAUUCCAAUGAGAGCUGAGAUUGUGCUGAUCACAGUGGGUGAUUUCACUGAUUAGUUUCUCCUCUAUUGUUGGUGCAGUAUCAUUGAAGCUUUUGUAGUCUUUGAAAACUCUGAAGGAGUCAAGGUUGCUUUAUUUUUCCCAGAAAAGGUUGUUUUUUUUAACAACAGCAAACAGUUUGAAAGCAUUUUCUCCCUGUUUUAUAGGUUCUGCAGCACAUCCUGAACCCAGCUUUCCUGUACAGCUUUGAGAAAGGAGAAGGGGAGCAGCUGCUUGGACCACCAAACCCCGAGGGAGACAACCCAGAAAGCAUCACCAGUGUUUUCAUCACAAAGGUACACAUGCACACAUAUCCUCAAAGGGGGCCUUUCCUGCCCUUUUAACAUCCUUUUCCUCACUCGGCUUGUUCAGUCUUCUCCUCUGUGUUGUUUUGCCACUGGCUUUGUCUCCCCACCUAUCUCUUUGAUUCCAUCACCUGCUGCAUUUCUAUAUAUGUACAUCUCUAUAUACAGUCAUGGUCUACUACAUCCCACUUUGACUUAUUCUUCUUCACUUGUCUCUUGAUUGUUUAUCUCUCUCCUCUUCUUUUUCUUUCUUUCUUUCUUUCUUUCUUUCUUUCUUUCUUUCUUUCUUUCUUUCUUUCUUUCUUUCUUUCCCUGUUCUCUUUCCCUGCUUUGCUCCCAUAGUUCUCUCCCUCUCCAUCACCUUUUAUUCAUCAGGCUUGGCUAUAAUUCCCGUAGUAAAUGUCAUGGUGUGACCAAGCUAAAGGUCAGCAUGUUUGUUUGUGCGGGAACAGAUCUCAUCACUGACUAACACCGGUCCUAAUGGCUGCUAAUGGCUGCCUUUCCUGGCUGGUUAAAAUACGCUCCCUCACUCAUCUCACUCCCUCUCUGUGCUCUCCUCCUAUCUCUGCCUCUUCAGGGUAUUCACAUUUUGAUGGUUAUUUUGAAAUCUGUUUUCAGUCAAAUUUGUUAAAAAAGUAACUUGCUGCUGCUGCAAUGUCAUUAAGAUUGAGGUAGGCCCAAGUCAAGAAGUCAGAAUGUAUUUAAAGAAAAAUGAAUUAAAAGAAAAAACAGACUAGAUCCUAACGCUGGAUCGGCUUCAUUCAUCCGAUAUCCAAUCCAGUUAAUUUGUCAAUAUCAGAGCUGAUAUCUGAUCCACAUACAGGAUUGGUGCAUCCCUAGAAUUUAAGACCUCUAUUGAUCUCUGUUACACCAACAGAACUUAGGCAUUUUUGUGUUACCCACCUAAUCAAAAGUUGUACAUAAGAAACAUCUAACCCCCUUAAAUAACUGUGGUCUCAUUGAAAAGUCUACAAGAGUACAACUCUUCUUCACUUUCCAUAUCAAAGGUUCUGGAUCCAGAGAAGCAGGCUGACCUUCUGGACUCCCUGCGAAUCUGUCUGCUGCAGUUCUCCACCCUGCUGGUGGAGCAUGCACCCCACCAUAUCCACGACAACAACAAGUCACGCAACAGCAAGCUGCGGCGCCUCAUGACCUUCGCCUGGCCGUGCCUGCUGCCCAAAGCCUGCGUGGACCCUGCUUGUAAAUAUAGUGGUCACCUGCUGCUGGCCCACAUCAUCGCAAAGUUCGCCAUUCAUAAGAAGAUCGUCCUGCAGGUAAGAUGUAGGAAAGGAUAGCUGGAAAAAAGAAUAGAAAAACAACUUCCAGAACGUUCUAUUAAUUUGUGAGUCUGGAAGUGCUGUUGGAUAAGAAUCAAACACAUCAGACAAACCAAGUUGAACCUUUGUCUACAUUUAUUCAGGCUACGUUUGAGUAAGGAGUAUAUUAGCUAGCUAAUAAUGAUAUAUGACAGAAUCAGCAAAAGGAGAGGACAUACAGCUUUACCCAGGGAGCUACCAAGUUUGUAGAUGAAAGAUUUUUUUUUCUGAUAGAAACAUUGAACAAGGUUAACAAAAUAAAAGACAAGAAGGCUGAUGGUAAAUUUACAUAAAAAACUGUUGCAUUUUUGCUCUGUUUAGGUCUUCCACAGCCUGCUGAAGGCCCACACUAUGGAGGCCCGGGCCAUUGUGCGACAGGCUAUGGCCAUCCUUACUCCUGCUGUACCUGCCCGAAUGGAAGACGGCCAUCAGAUGUUGACCCACUGGACUCGCAAAAUUAUUGUGGAGGAAGGCCACACCGUACCGCAGCUGGUCCACAUUCUGCAUCUCAUUGUGCAGCACUUCAGGGUGAGCAGAUAUCAGACAAACACACACUCACACGAAGAAAAGCGCUCUUCAGUCGGCUGCUGUUGAAUGAAAUGAUCUGAAGUGUUUUUAUUGACGCUGGCUGUGGCUAAGGUGAAUAGAUUUAACAAAUAAGAGUUGUGUCUUGAGGAUAUUUGUCAGAAACCAAUCAGUAAUUUGGAUUUUUCAUUCAUAUAUGAACCACACUAUGAAGUCCUUCUUAGGAAUUGGUCGUUUUUUUAAUUAACUGAAUUGCAUGAGGUGCUUGUCAGUAUUGUGUUUUAUAUGUGGAUGCAACACAAGUCAGUUUGAAAGUGAGAUAUUUCAGUGUCUCCUUCUCACAAAGCUAUGAAUUUUACUUAUUACAAAUAUGCGACAUGAUGCUGUUAUUUGGCAAACCUGAAAACUGUAGCUUGCCAGAAUUACUUUAUUUUUCAAACUCGUGCUGCUAAAGUAAGCCAGAGUGAAGCCUGUGUGAAACUUGAUAUUAUAUUCAAACUGAGACUCUCCAUAAAAAGAUAAACAGGUGCUGCUCCUGCCUCUGUGUAACUUUUACAGGGAAACUGAGACUUCACAGAAGUAGACGCUUCUAGAUUUUUAAUGAAUUAAAAAAAAUGGGAGUGUUAAUUUCCCUGUCAUAUCUGGAGGGGCAAGUCUUGCUCUGCAUUUGAUCUGAACACACAAUUGGACUAUAAACAACUGCCACACAUAGAGAAGAAAGUUAGCUGGAGGUCCUCUCCUGCUAAUCAUCGGCCCUGGAAAUACAGAUGAGUUUGCAAUGCUUUUCAGAGGAUUAUGUUGUUGUCUAACGAUAGCCCCUGGGAUCCAAGAUCGCUGACUAUAACAUUUCAACAAUGUAUAUUUUGAGAUUUGAUGGUAAACUAACACUGCUGUUAACAACCACAACCAUUUGUUCCUGCUGCCAGCUUCCUGCUCAGUGUGACUUUAGUAGCUGCAGGGAACCACAUGGGCGCAAAAACCGUUUAGAAGCUAUUUUUACUGAUUAUUUGAGUGCCCUGAAUUACAUGACGCCUCUCAAUCAGUCCUUAUGUGAAUAAACCACCAGCAUCCAAAGAGCAAGUCUGGUAAAAGUUUUUCUGACACAAGUAAGUUGUAUUUGAGUUUCAUAUUCACAGUAUCCAAGACAGAACUGUUGUGCCCAGUUGCCUCAUGUUGUAAAAGCUGUUAUCAUUCACUGGGCAGCAGAGCUAAUGGUAACUGCCUGCUGCCUGUAAUCGCCUUAAUGCCAUCUCAGUGAUGAUCACCAGAGUCAAAGAGCACCCAGUCUCUUCACAAAUCCGUACCAGUGAAGGAUCAUUGGCCUUUAUGUCGGUUAUCCUCCCUAAACUUCCUCGAUACUUUGUGCCCUCUUGCUUCUUCAGCCGAUGUUCUCCGCCUGGCCGGUCAGAAAGACGGUCUUUAAGCAGAAGACUGACAUUUUCCUCAGCUCCCCUCUCUAUCUCACUGACAGGCUGCUCUCACUGGGCCAGAUGACUAAUCUAAUGUAAUCACAUCAGCAUAAUUACACUGGGGAGAAGAUAAUGACAGACAGAUGAGAGACUUGGUGUGUGUGUGUGUGUGUGUGUGUGUGUGCAUGUGUGUUUGAUGAAGAAAUAGAGAGAUUGCGUGCGUGUUUGUCUGUGUGCACACGUGAUGGACAGGGCUUAGCCACUCUGUCAUUAAGGAGCUGUGAAGCCCCGCUCUAUCGGCUAUAAUUACCCUCAAAGUGAGAAGCUCUAAUAUUCUUUGACACAGGCAACAGCCCUCAGAUAGACAUCUCAUCUCUGGCUCUUUUGUCAGCAUGCGCCUGUGUGUUUGAGAGUCCCAGUUCAGUUCGGAGUGAGGCUAAGUGACUCCCAAGUGUGACGCUGGAGAGUGCGAACUCUCAGGGCUAAGUGUGUGUCAUCAUGUCCUUGAGAGUAAGUGGGAAUACGACUUCAGAGUUUGCCUCUUCUGACACUUGGUCCCAAAGUGAUUGAGCACCCGCAUCUAUCUUUACAUGUGGUAUCUCUCCAAAAUCAAGUGCAGAAGUAACAAGCUUGUUUAAUUUUUAUCAGCAUAAAAUGAUAAUGAUGUUUUCUGCGAAGUUACUGCGUAUCUUCACUUCUUAAACUGAGUCAUGCAAACUCCCUUUCCUCAUAACUUCCUGCAACAGGUCCAGGGUCUUUUUAGAUAACUGGUAGAAAUUGAUAUACACCACUGAGGAUCCGUAAGCUCUGUUUACACAUGAACUCCUCUCAUAUUCUAACUGGUUUUCAGGAUGUCAAGGUUGGAUAUUUAAAAGCGGUUUCCUUCCACACAUGCUUCAAUGUAAGACGUUAUUUGUGUUUGAUGGACUUGCUUGAAAUACUUGGGUUUUGGUGAGGGGGUUGGCUGUUGAGUGCGUGCAGGGCAAGGUGGAGGAGUCUCCUUUUGUGAAGUCUUGUGUUGUCAUAUCUCGACAUGUACAAGGACAUUUUUGCAAGAGAUUUACAACUGUGGGAAAUAGUCAAGUCGCCACUGAGGCAAGCAGAAAAAAAAUUGCGUAGCAAAACUCUAUCUAACUUAAAUGGCAUCAUUUACGUACCCACUUACAUCUAAAUUUUCCUGACUAUGACCUGCCACUGACUGUCUAAAAAAAGUCUGCACAAAGUCAUCGUGAACAGAUUUGUCCAUUUGCAUUCACACAUGCACCUUGUCUUGAUAAUGUCAGGGAACUGUUAGGAGACUGGCAACAGCUCUUUUACCUUAUUCAUGGAGCUUUGCUCCUCAAGUCUCUGUAUUUUGGUUCAGUGCUUUAUGGAUGGUUUGAAGGACAAAAUCUUUCCUGUGUUUGGGAAAUUUUUGAUGGACAAACAAAGUUGGGUGCUCCCUCCAAUACAAAUAAGAUUGCAGGGUUGUAGUCCUACAAAAUGUAUCUUAUUUUCCCUGCACUACAUACUUCAAUUCUGCUUCAAGUUUCUGCAAAAAGUAGAGACUGAAGUUGUGUAAAUUCUGUUUAUUGAAAGUGCAAAAGAAGCAAGCAAAUGCAGAGUGGCUAAUUUGUUCAUGCUCAAUGCUGUGAUUUGUUUUACAUCAUCUGUACACAUUUUUUACGAGUUUGUUCGUCUCUCUAGGUGUAUUAUCCUGUGCGCCAUCACCUAGUACAGCACAUGAUCAGUGCAAUGCAGCGUCUGGGCUUCACCCCCAGUGUGACCAUAGAGCAGAGAAAACUGGCUGUGGACUUAGCCGAGGUGGUGAUCAAAUGGGAGCUGCAAAGGAUCAAAGACCAGCAGGUGUGUUGGAAGACCACCACAAAUAUGCGCACACACAUUGCAAUAAAAAAAAAAACCCAGACAAAGAAGCUGCCUGAGUAAAGCAUAACUUUGACUGACAUAAACAUUUUCAGAGCUAUUUAUUAUUACCGUGUAAUUAUUGCUCAGACUCCUUCACAAGUUACAGGCUUGUUUUUCUGACAUCUUCUUCACCCCAUCCUCAUCUCCCUGUUUUUCCUAUUGCAGCCGGAGUCAGAGGCAGAAGUAGGUACUGGUGGCGAGGGGACGAGUGCAGGUGCUGUGAAAAGAGGUCUGUCUCUGGAAGCCGCUGCUGCAGCUGCUGGACAAGAUGUCAAGAGGUUCCGCACAGCAACUGGAGCUGCUUCAGCUGUGAGUAACACUUGGUUUUCACUGAAAUAAAUGUAAAGCCAAGACUUGUUACAGUAGUUCAUUGCUGUGUUUACUAUAAAACCCACAAAAUUUCACAACUCAUAUUUUCUUUCAAAGUUCUCACUAGUUGUUUUUUUUUGUGUUUCUCUCUUAUCUGAACAAUUGCAAAACAGUUUGAGAGAUACUUUGAUCAAACAGUCAUUUUUACAUCUGUCUGAGACCAAAAUUGCAGACAGGAGAAAACAGCACGGUUGUUGUUGCCGUAAUCCAUUUUUCUUACAAAAGAAUUGCAGCUGCCCAUCUGUUUCAUCUCCAGUCCCACUGUGAUCUGUUGUUUUUUGCAGUUACAAAACAAGAUGAGAUGCUUUGGUUUCAGGGGGUGCCUGUUCAAAAUCUAAAUCAAAGUGUCUGGAUUAAACAAAGAUCAAUCUUUGAUACAAGCAAAAAUUCGACUUGAAAAGGUCUGUUUUUAUUUACAUUCUAAAGACUUUGUCCUUAAUUGCAUUAGCUUGUUAUCACAGGCUUCAAGGUUUUGUCGGGUCCCCUAUUGUUUCUAAAAAAAAACUGCUUCUGCAGUCCCAGCGUAGCAAGAUGUUUUUGUGGUUCUGCAUUUAAAACCCAUCAGCCAUCAUCAGUUAUCAUCAAAGUACAGUCCUGGUUCAAGUUAUAUAUUAAUGUGCUCAAUCAACUGCCUCAGCACAAGUGUCGGCACUAUUAUGUUCACAAAAUUUACAUGCAACCGUACCUUGUUUACUGACCGGACACAACAGUAAUAUUACAAUUAGGGAUGUCCCGAUCUGAUAUUGAUAUUGGAUAUUGGUCAGAUUUCAGCCAAAAAACAAAUUGCAGCUGAGUGCAAAACCUGUCAUGCACAAGUUUGUGCCAAUAUCAGAUCAAUAUCAGUAUGGGCUGAUACUGAAGGCUACAAUAUCAGUAUUGUAUUGAAAGUAACAAAGUUGUAUCGGGACACCCCUUAUUACAGUACUUUGAAAAUUAAAAGUUUAGAAAUCUAUGUUUGUGCGUGCUCUAUUAUAUUCCUACGCAGUCAGUUCUUUUGCUGUUAAAACUGCUUUCCAAGUGUAAUGGAGUCUGAUAACUUUCUUAACUACUGAAGAAACAUCUUCUUUGUUCACAGAAUCCAAUAAUUUCCCCCUGUUUUCAUACAGAAUAAGUCUUACUUGUAAUCAUUUAACAAUGUUUGUGUGUAUUGUAGGUGUUUGGCCGCAGCCAGUCCAUGCCAGGAACAGAGACCAUGCUCACUAAGCCAGUUGAGAAACAGCAUACGGACACAGUGGUCAACUUCCUCAUCAGGAUUGCAUGCCAGGUAACACCUCCACCGUAACUUCCGCUCACACACAGCAGUCCAUCUCUCCAACACACAUACACACACUAACACACUCACACCAAGUAGAGAUCUGCCAUCCAUAGCGCCUGCCAGGUAGCACACAAGUAUCCCAACCCCCUCAGAUGUGAAGGUAGGACAUGUCUGGUGGCUGUCACACACAUACACACCCAUGCACAGUUCUUUCUGUGUGUCCUUCACAUACAGCUGUCCCUCGCUCUACUGCAGUGAUGACCUUGGUUACAAGCCUUGACUUUCCCUAACUUCUUUUCAAGCCAGACUUCAUUCUCACUUCUCAUCCUACCAUCUCUGUUAAAUUAAACCUCCUGAGAUCACUCACUGCUCACAGAACAGACUAAUAACAAAAGUAUUAUUGUUGUUUCUGUGGGACAACUAUGGAUUUUGAUACUUAAUUGAUUCACAACUUCUUUGAUUAACGUUAACCCAUAGCCAUCACACCUACAGAUGAUAGGCUCUUCCAUUGCCUAUGAUUUUUAUGAUGAUGAUACCAUCUUCCUGAAUAUCUCUUUUUCAGGUGAAUGACAGCACCAACGUGGCUGGGUCUCCAGGGGAGCUACUGUCCCGUCGCUGCGUUAGCCUGAUGAAGUCUGCCCUCCGACCUGAAAUGUGGCCUCGUGCUGAGCUAAAGCUGCAGUGGUUUGACAAGCUGCUUAUGACCGUGGUAAGGUGACAUGAACAUACUGCGGAGCAAAUCAGUCAUUACGCACCUCAAUCUAUUUACAGUUUCUACAAAAGUAAGAAAAAAUAACAGGGGUCCAGAUUUUAUCACAAAAAAUGGAACAGUUUACAUUCCCUGAACUUCCAUGGUUGAGGCAGUUAUGACCAGUUUUGUAUCAGCAGGCCUCCUCAGGCAAAACAAACUGUAUGAAUAGCAGAUAUGGGCAAAACACAAUUCAUUGUGCAUUUAUUCCUGUGAAUAACCUAAAAUUCUUUCCAGAUUAAACAUUUAAAACUGACAGCUUUGGCUGUCUUGACUGAGUGUCAAGCAGAUUGAGCAGUUUUUUUCUUCCUCUCUAGGACAGGCCUGACAAAGUGCCUUGCUGUGGUGAAGGCUGUUUCUUUUAUGUCCUCCCUCCAUUUUAUAGCAGGUGGCAACUGGCAUAAGGAACCACUACCACUCCGAUAAAAGCAGUUAGCUACUUGGUUUUACUGCAUGCUUAUGUUAAGCCUUAUAUCCCUAUUGCAUUUUCAGAUUUCAGAUGGUUAUCACUUACACUGGUAUAUUGCAAAAGCCCUGCUAUACACCUUAACACACUGUCUUAGUGCUUCAUGAAGCCCCACCCAGACUCAUGUUAAGGAUACACUUGGUGCUUAGCAGCCAUUUAUACAGUUUCCUCAUUGCAUUUCCCAGAAGGAAUGGUCAGUUACUAUGUCGACAUUGGCUUGGAUCUUUCUGAAGGUGUCUGAAUUAUCUUUUUUGUAUGUAAAUUUUACAUCAAUAGGUAGGUAAAAGGUAAAAUGUAAAUGCCUUUUUAGUAAGACCAAAAUGGUAUUUUGUAUGAGAAAGUAGUUGGCUCAGAAAAGUCCGUGGUGAAGUGUAUGUCAACGCUAUUAUGGGCAAACAAGUUUUGAUCAAAUUAAAAAACAAAACAGCAAACAGUGAAGAAAAACGAGCUCGUCUUUAUGACAUUUACUUCCUCAGAGGCAGCAGAAGUUUCCCUGUCCCUGCUUAAGCUUCAUCUCAGUGUUUGCUCUGACGUCUCUGAAUCCUUUGUCUCUUAUCAGUAAAUACAUGAAGUGAGUCACCAACUACCAUAAUGACAAAAUAAUGACAGCGGUGAGAUAACGGGAGGCUAUCCGGGCUGGCCUGUGCCUUCUUGCUCAACCCCCCCCACCCCUCUUCAUCCUAGAUUCCCCAUCCUUGCCUUCUGUAUCGCCCCACUAUGCCUCUCUGAAUCUGUCCUCGCUUUUCCCUCUGUGUCUUGCCACCACUUCCUCCUCUCAUCUCCUCUUUUCUUUUCAGCCUCUUAUCGCAGUCUCUCUUCUGUCUCUCUCUUUUUAUCUGUUGCCCCCUUCCUUCCCUUGUCAUCUCUCUGGUCCGAUUCAGUCACUUCAGACAAGGUUAUCGCCAUGCACCCACAAUUGUCACGUACUUCCCUUUUUCUCUUUGGGGAUCGCUGCAAUUGGCCGCGCCUUUGCUGCUCUCUGCCGACACACACACACACACACACACACACACACACACACACACACACACACACACACACACACACACACACACACACACACACACACACACACACACACUCACACUCACACAACCAAUCAGCCCUUCCAGACCCCAUGGGAGUAGUCUGAUAAACAAGGCUUUGUUUAGGUCUUAUGCAGAUGCACAUACACGAAUCCGGACCCCUCGGGACCAUGCUCUACCUGCCCUGCCAUCUUCCUCAGACUAAUGAACAAUGGUCUAAAUCCGAUUACUUUUUAUCAUCUCUUUGUACUGGCAUGGCAGUGAUUAAGAGUCAAGGGGAGUGGCAUGAGAGGGCACACGGGGAGGGGCGGAAGAAGCAGACUAUCAACCAGACAUACACACAAAUACCCAAUCUACAUGGCUCCAGAUACAAGAUCCCAUUCUGUUAAUACAGUGCCGAAUCAAUAAUACCCUAAUAUCUACCAGCAGCCUUAUCACAGGAGUGACCUUGUUCAUUAGCCAAGAUUAGUGCUGUGGAUCUGUCCCAUAUUAUCCUCUUGGCCCUGCCAUCUUGUAAACCUUGAUUGCAAUUUAGACAAAAUUAGGGACCCGAUGUUAGCCAUUGAUCUUUAGUUUAGCAGCAAUCACAUUGCCUUGGUUCUUUUGUGCAAGAAAUACCUCUGUGUGUGGAAUAUUGAUUUCUCAGUUGUCUUUAGUUUGUAUGGGGGAAAAAAAGUUCAGUGAUUAAUGCAUCUGUCAAGGAUUUUGUUCUGUAUUUAUUUAUUUAUUUUUUUUGCUUAGUUUUGGGUUUGGGCUUUUUAUAAAGAAGCAUAAUAGCAGCCACUAGCUUUUGUCUUUUGUCCAACAAAAACAAAUGCCUUUGUAUUUUAUGUCUCCUUAUUUAUUUCAUUUAUUUAUUUCAUUAUUUCAUUUCUCUGAGCCCUCUUUUUAUUGUGUUUCGCAGGAGCAGCCAGCACAGGCCAACAUCUCUAACAUCUGCACUGGACUGGAGAUUCUCUGCUUCCUACUUCAAGUGCUGCAGUCUCCAGCCAUCCUGGCCCAUUUUAAGCCCCUCCAGCGGGGCAUUGCUGCAUGCAUGACCUGCGGCAACACCAAAGUGCUAAGGGCUGUCCACUCCCUGCUUUCACGUCUCAUGAGCAUCUUCCCCACUGAGCCCAGUAGGUUCCCUCAGCUGGAUUAGCCAAACUCAUUAACUAAAAAAAGAUGCAUGUCUCGGCUGUGUGAGAAAUCAUCCCUCAUUGCCAAAAUGUGUUUGUUUGCUGAUUCCUACAUUUUUUCGACGGCCAUCUUUCAUCCAGUGUGCUAAAAGAAAGGCGUUGAUUUAGAUCCACAGCUGUUCUUUGUUUGAAACAAACACUGCUCCCUCCCUCUCUGUAGGCACAUCAUCAGUGGCAUCCAAGUACGAGGAAUUGGAGUGUCUUUAUGCUGCUGUGGGCAAAGUCAUCUAUGAAGGACUUACUAACUAUGAAAAAGCUACAAGCAACACUAACCCCACACAGCUAUUCGGUAAGACCUUCAGCUCUCCCUUUUCUUCCUCUCAUUUGCCCCAUUCUGCUCUCUUGUGCUCUGUCACCCUCACUUUAUUGGUCGUAAACCCAUACAUAAAAAAAUAUAUAUAUUUGUCACACUCUCACUCAUUUCCCUACAAAAACCGAGCUAACUCGGUCGCUCUUUGCAAUUAUUCCAGUAAGUGGGUCGUUAAAAUGCAAGCCGAUGGGCCCUGCUGCUUGGCCUAACAUCUGGUCUGUUUAAACUGAGGCCACAGUCCAGCGGUUUGGGAAAGGUUGUCUCGGGAAGAAUUGCUGCUUUCAGGCCACCCUCCCUGUGUGAACAUUACUGUUAUCCUGCCAAAUGUCAGAGAGUAUUUAUGGGGAAAGCUUACAUUCAUUCCAAGGAGAUAGCUAUUUGAUUUUUUCUCCCUUCAUUUGAAAUAUAUAGCAGCUCUUCAAAUAAAAGGCCCUCAAGGUGACAAAUGGCUAUUGGAGAGCUGUCUAAAGGUAGCGCUAUUUGAUACGAUUUUCCCAAAAUGGCAGUUGUGGUCAAUAAAAGGCUUUUGAUAUCCUUCUGUUGCAGAAAGGUAACACUGACAUGACGGGGUGGUAUUUUAACAUUUGUCUCCCCUUCAGGGAGCAGAAAUAGAGAGGGACAUUAGUCUCACAUAUCCUUGUCUAUGUGACACUGUGAGCUUUAUGACAUUCCCUCUUAAAAAAAAAAAAAAAAAGAAAAAAGUCAAGUCUUUGUCCCACUGGCUACAGGUGUGUGUCUCGUUUUCUGUGCACAGAGGUAAAGCUUCCUGUCUGAUAAUUGUAUUUCCUAAUUCUUUCAUCAAUUCACCUUUCAACUUUCCCCUUCAUUGCUCCACUAGGAACACUGAUGAUCCUGAAGUCAGCCUGCAGUUACAACGCCAGUUACAUCGACCGCCUCAUCUCAGUGUUCAUGCGUUCUCUACAGAAGAUGGUACGGGAACACCUGAGCCCCCAGCAGGCCAACCCCGGGGUUACCGAAACCAGCACAGGUACUGGCUUAAGUGGAAAGAAAUGACAAAAAACAUGGAAAUAGAGAUUAACUGCAGCAAAACACAAGCACAAAACAAUUUCUUUGAAAUGUAAUAGGAGCAGUUCAGCUCUGUGCAGCAUUUUUGUGAAGCAUUAAAACACAUCUUCGCACAGUGCAGGACAGGAAAGGGUCAUCAGGACCUCAAGCUGGCUGUAGAGGUCUUGAACCAACCCCUGCAGUAAACAGUUCAAUGAGCACAGACUGUGAAUAUGGCGCUCUUUGUUUGCGAAUCAUUGCAUUUUUCCUGGAAUACUGUGUAAAGCCACACUAGGACACUGAAAUGAUGAUGCUAUUAUGUUCAGUGGAAAUUCACAAGAGGGGCGAAAUUGCCAAGCUCUGUUAUGGCUCAUGCAGGAGCACAAAUGGAGUUCUUUAACACAUACACAACCUUAUAACCAAAUAGCCCAAACCUCAAAGAUGUAGUAAUUGACCCCCUAAAUAUCAGGGAAGUACUGCACCUCUUACAUCAGACUCUGGACCAGUUUUUUUUUUUGGUCAAAGGUGCACAUGCUUCCUCAAGAUACCAACGCACCAGACCGACACGCCUACUCGCACUAAUGUGAGCACAAAGUCCCUUGCGAUUUACACAGUGUGGGUGGAGGGCUUACAACUGGAAAGUGCAUCAGUUGAAGAAAAACAAUGACACUUGUUUUUUUUGUGCUGGGUGAACAACAUGGACCCAUACUGUCUGAAAUCCACAUGGCAACAUACUGUGUGGUCUUUACUACUUUGCUACACAAACAGGGGAUGAAUCUGUUAGAGUCACACUAUAAAGACUUGAUUCUCACUCUAUGAGUUGACAUUUCACCACAACACUUAAGACAAUCACACAGUGUAUGCCACAGCUUGGUGGUGUCUGUCUAUAAAAGAUUUGUAAUUAGCUGUGAUUUGAACUUGACUCAUCAGGGAUCCCAAAAUGGCAAUCCAUGUAAAAGUUGCACAUAUAAAUGCACACCUAUUUAUGUGUGAUUUGCUCCCCACCCCCCACUCAGACCUCUCCAACUACCCCCCUUCUUUCCCAGUAUCCCUCUGUUCUCCACCGAGUAUUUUGGUUCACAGCACUUGAGACACCAUCAAAGCAGAGAUCCCCCCAGACUUCAACAUCUAUUUCAGCUGAACUUAUCCUGCGAGCUGAAGUUACAGCUGACUCACAUUAUCAGAAAGCCUUGCGUGCGUACUUUCCCCAACCCCUGAUCUAACAAGGGCUUGCCUGUGUGUGAGGUCAGAUGUAGCAAACAGACUCACAUGGCGACCUUCCCCAGACUCAGACUCAGACUCAGACUCAGUCAGAGCUCAGAUAUCCUGUGUAUCUCAGCAGUACCUGGCUCCAUACAAAGGCCGUAUCACAAGUUCUGUAUCAAUGGCGCAGCUGUGUUCUGAGGAGCUGUUGCCGUUGGGAGAGAUCCACAGCACAGAUAGUGCGAUUUCACAGGGAAUGUUCCUCAGCUCCAGUUCCCACUCGGUAUUGUCUCCCAGUUUCUCUUGGGUUAAUACAAACAGAUGGUCGUCCUGUGCUGUUUUGCUUUGUUCGAAAGGGCACACACAGUUUCAUGUGGAUUCAUUUGAAAACUUGGCCUUUAAUCAGUCAGCAGAGGUAGAGAGAAGAGGUUCACAAGCCUGGGUGUAGCUGUGUAAAAGCCUCUUGUGUUCUCAGCUGAGUGUUGACAUUUUUUUUUUCUGUAAGGUUUCUCAUUCACUUUGUUCUUUGAGAUCAGCUUCACUACGUCUGCAGAAGUAAGGCAGCACAUAAUUCCUGCUGCUGCUUCUCAGAUGGGAGGUAAUGGCUAGAAGAUGCUAUCAGUGCUUUAAAUGGGUCCCUAAUGACUGUAUCGGGAAACACACACAUUUACCGUCCAGUAGGCAGUUAUUGUCACUAAAAGCAACGGCUAUCUGCCCAGCGAGUUCUUUGCCUAAAGAUUUUUUAUGUCUCACUAAUCUAACAAGCUUUGCAGAAGUAGUUCAAUCGUUGUUGGAUUGAAAAUGUUUUGCUGUAGAUCUGAUGCGGUGUCCAUGAACCACUCUAAGAGCUGCCACUUUGGUGUUGGAACAGGGAUAUCUUUUAAGACCAGAUCCACUUUGGUUCAUUCAUUUGUUGAUUUGUGUUUCUAGCUGCUCGACUUAAGAGUAAAGAAUUCUGUAUGGUCUGAUAUUUUGACUUUAUGUCCUUGUUGCUUUUUUUGAUUUACUCCUCCGGACAGUUUUUCUUUUUUUUUUUUUUUUUUUUUUAAAUUUCUCACAUCAAUAUUCCAUCAACAAUUUACAUUUAUUGAUCAAAUUUCCAACUGUAUAGAAUGUUUUCAUACUUCUGCCACCGCGGAGCAGAGACAUAUUAAGACAUAUAUUUCUCAAGUAAAGUUAUAAGAGAAUAACUGUAUAGUGAAAUGAAACACUUUUCACUUAUGUCCUUUUUUCACACCUCUCUUGCAUUGUCUCUUUUCUCCUGUGAGAGGGUAAACAUAAUAAACAUAUGAACAAUGAACAAGUUUGUAGCCUGAACCAAGGGGAUCAGUAAUCUAUAAUACACAAUGUCUUUACUGCACAGUCUGCUCUCAAUUGAGACAAAAAAUUCAACAUAGUUUUUCCAGUAGUUCUUAAAAGUAUCUGUUUUUAGUCUAGAUGAAAAUGUCAGCUUUCUGCUGACCCUCUUAUCUCCUGUUUUUCUUUUUCUCAAUAUAAAACUUCAAAUGUAAGUGGAAGUUGCACUUUUAACAUUUUUUCCAUACUCUAUACCAGAGCAUCCCCAAAAUAUAUGAAAAUGAUUAGCCUUAUUCUCCCCACACAGUCUCCAACAUCGUGUAUUUCGAGAUUUUUGUUGCAUGGGUGUAAUAACUCUUUUUUUUUUUUUUUUUUUUUAGUGACUAGUGAGCUGGUAAUGCUGAGCCUUGACCUGGUGAAGACUCGACUGUCCGUCAUGAGCAUGGAGAUGAGAAAGAACUUCAUCCAGGUCAUCCUAACAUCACUGAUUGAGAAGUCGCCUGACCCCAAAAUCCUCCGUGCUGUUGUCAAAAUUGUUGAGGAGUGGGUGAAGAACAACUCUCCGAUGGCCGCCAAUCAGGUAGAGAAAUAGUCCCAGUAUUACAGCUCAGAAAGUUGGGCUAUGAAAUGUAGGGAUAUGAUGGGACCCAAUAAAAAUGAUCAUAAAAAAGGACAAUCAUAUUGCGCUAAAUAAUGAAUACUGAUAACAGCAGAAGGCACUUUCUGCCUCUGGCCAGAUGUCUUUGAUCCGUAGCAGGGGAAAAUACUGCAAUAAAGGAUGCAGCAACUGCUUCCCACACAGUAACAAUAAAAGGUCAGCUUUCCAAGCGGACCUUUUUAGCAUUUGUUUUAUCCUUACUUAAGCGAGGCCUCUCAGGGGUGGUGCUAAUUUAUCUUACAGUUUUAACUUCAUUUAGUCACACACGUGUACAUUCUAGAGGAAGUACCUUUGCUUUCAAUUUAUACCUCACAUCAAAAGCAUGUAUUUUUUUUCCUUAAAAUGGCAAUUGAAGUCACUCAAGUUAAAUUCCGUUGUGGGGCAAAAUAAACGCAUCAUGCAAAACUGUCUUAAUGGGGCGAUCUCUUUACUUAAUCUGGAACAAAAACAGACUUUUACACCCUGAAGAAACCUGAAUAAAACAUACUUCUAGACCUGCUAGUGGACCAGUUUAUAGCCUGAGGGUGUUGUUGCUUCCACACUGUAAUAAUAACAAAAUGCAGUUGUAUUCAUUUGUACAUAUGUAUAAAGGUAAGCUCAAGGUAUAGACAUAAAAUCAAUGCACAACAUGCACAGGACAUACAUAACACCAAGCAAUCAAACAAGAAAAAGCACAAAGGAAAUUCAGUCCAAACCUAUGAAAUCAUACUGCACAUACACACAAGUGAGCACAUAUAUUCACACAGACAGACAGAGUCACUAUUUGUAUCCUCAGGAGAAUAGAAAGGGUUUGAAGUUAAUUUUAGAAGUCGAGCCGGUUUGAUGGACCUCAGGUCAACAGGCAGCAUGUUCCAGAGAAAAAAGACCACAGCAACUAAAAGCCCCCUCUCCAGCCUUUGAUCUAAUUCUGGGCAUGGCUAAAAAAAACUCCGCUUUAAUGGACUGGGUUGGAAAUCUUCUCAGUGCCUGAACCAUCAGGUGCUUUAUGAUGUAAAAAUAGGAUUUAAAAAAAAGAGAUUUUUAGUUGUAUUGAGAGCCAGUGAGAUGUUUUAUAAAAAAAUAUGAAUGAACAUGACAUAUGAUUUCACAAACAUGGUACUUAAAACAAAAUAGAAAUGUGUUUUUCUGUAGAACAUUAUUUCUGUUAUGAUCAGAAAACUUAAUCAGAUAAAUAAAUUUUAAAGAUGUGAAACUUUUAGAUGAACAUCAUAUUGCCUCAGCACAGAAGGGCUUCAAACAUCAGCACUUACAAAGGUGUUUUAUAUUUUCUUUUAAUCUGUAGAAUAAGAGGAAAAGGUAAAGGAGCUUCGGUAGACUGAGAGACAUGACUGCAAGGACAAAUUAAUUUAUUAUCUGCCAUUUAUAUUCCCACUUCUUCCUCCCCCCUGUCCUUCAUUUCUUGAUAUCUCUUUUCCCCAUCCCACUUUCCCUGCUUCAUCCAGAUGCCCAACCUCAGAGAGAAGUCCAUCCUGCUGGUGAAGAUGAUGACCUACAUAGAGAAGCGCUUUCCUGAUGAACUUGAGUUAAACGCCCAGUUCUUGGACCUCGUUAAUUACGUCUACAGGUAAUUACCGCCAUUCAUCACAUGGCCAAAUGGCCAUUCUGCCGCUACCUUGCCGCCCUUGCAUCCAUCUUAACGGGGAGGGGUGAAGGUCAGGGGUUUGAGGCGGGAAAAGUCACAGGAGGUUGGGUCAAGGAGCAGUAGAAAAUGUGGGAUGAAGAGGAUGGGGUUUGAAGAAGGAGCAGUGUACUAUAUAUUUAUGUUUUUAUGAAAAAGCAGACGAAACGGUAUUGUAAAAAUCUAUGGAUGGAGAGGGAGGAGUUCAUAGAUUAACAUUACUAUUAAAUCAGAAAAAAAGGAGGAUUAGACAUGAGGGAUUGUGCAGAAGGAGUCAGAAAGACAGCAGAUUGUGACCGAGAUAGUUAAAGCACCAAGGUUUUCCACAGGCCUACAGUGGUGUCAGGACCCAUGACAGGACACACAGCAGGUGAGGGCCAGAGGGGAAAGACUGUUUCACUGCCCACUAUCCAUCAAACCGCGGCUCUCUUUGUCUUCCUGUCUCCCACACAUACACACAUUUAAUCAGCCAAAUGUUGCCUGUAUCCCUCCACCCCAUCUGCCAGAAGAUUUAAAACGGGCAGUAAAGCCGUGAUAGACAGCAAGUAAUGAGAAUGAAAUGAUAAAGCAGCUGUGCCUGAACAAUGUUUGAUGAGGAGAAUAGCACAAAUAGGGACCAAACGCAGCUGUAGGAGCAUUUCUUUGUUGUUACUUUCAUCCCACCUUCCCUCUCUUCUACUCUCGUGUGAAUCACACCCACGACUCCUGUUCAGUGUGGCAGGAAGAUGUAAAGAAGAGUGUUAUUGUUAUUUAAGUGUUGAACGCUCAACUGUCUCUGCAUAAAAGAUACUUAAUUUCACCUGAUAUUCAGUGUUAACUGCCAUCUCCUUACACUUGAGUGACCUUCAGUGUUUAAAUGACGUUGCUGUUUGAAUGUGCUAGCACCUCUCAUUAGAGUGUUAUUUCUUUUUUUUUUUUUGUGUUGCAUUGUCUGGUGUUACCUGUCUAUUUGUAAAUAACCCCCUAGUAAUGAACUCAAUCCUGCUCAUCAGUGGCAUGCUUAUUAUGUUUACAACUACAGAGAAACAAAUUAACUUGACAGGAUGAAUAUUUCAUUUGCAGUGACAUUGUCCAAAAUUGCCUCAACAACAUAAAGUUCCAUAAUCAGGUAUUAGAGAGAGUAUAUGCAAACUAAACUAUAGUCAAUUUUUAUGCCCAUCGGCUCUACCUUAUGAUCUGCACAAUAGCUGUGUUUGCAACAUGUAAAUUCAAAAUUAACCCAAAAAGCAUUUUUUAUAACCACUAAAUUGUAGCAGAUAUAAGAGUAGUUAAAAACUAGCUCGAGCUUCAUCUGACAACAUUGUAAUGGUGCCAAAGUCUGGUGUUCACUUAUUGAGCUAAGUGAAAAAGCAUUACUUGCAGAAAGUAAUGCGUGUUUAUUGUAGGUCUUCAUGCUGUUAUCAUGUCAUCACAGUGUACUGUGCAGCUCUAAUUUAAUCCUUAACAUAAUCAGGGAUUUAUCUGGUAUGAUUGUUUGAGCAGGUGAUCUGAAUUAUAUACUAAAUCCUUUUUUUGAAUGGAUUUUUUGAAAUUGUGUUCUUAUAAGCAACAUGCACUUUUCUGUCCUCAUAAAUCAUGAAAUCAAACUAUAUAAGAGUCAGUAUGCCAGCCCUGACAAAUCAAUGUUCUGACCAUCAAAUGAUAACUUUAGUAACAGUUUUCCAAGUUAAAGCACGUGCAGAUAAGCGCUUCUAAUAAAUGCAGUCAAAGAAAAUAAAAGACUGGACGGAGAAAGGAAUGAUAGCUUUCAAGUGAAAUACAGAGUUAAGACAAAGAGGGAUUUAAAUGUACAGCUGGGAACCACAACUGAUUAUUCGUUCUUGAUAUUUGUUACUUUAAAGGUUUUAAGUUUUAUUCAAAAUCGAGUAAGGUGGCGGGUUGUUAGUGAGUCUCAUGUUAUUCUUGUCUGUCAUAUUUUUUAGGGAUGAGAGUCUCUCAGGAAGUGACAUCACAUCCAAGUUGGAGCCAGCCUUCCUCUCAGGGCUACGCUGCACCCAGCCAUUGAUCAGAGCAAAGUUCUUUGAGGUGUUUGAUGCCUCCAUGAAGCGGCGUGUCUACGAGAGGCUGCUCUAUAUCUGCUGCUCACAGAACUGGGAGGCCAUGGGCAGCCACUUCUGGAUCAAACAGUGCAUAGAGGUAAACAAAUUCACAAACGAAAUCCUUUCAUACCCUCUAGACGACAGUAAACAAGUAGUGUUGACUCAUACAACAAGCCUUUUUCAGUCACAGUUAGCUUUUUGUCAUGCCUGUCACUUGUCAUGUCAUUUACUGUCGCUGAUCUUUUAUUUGUGUGCGUGUGCAUGUGUUCCUAUGUGUGUGUUAGUUGCUGCUGGCGGUGUGCGAACGGAAUACCAUCAUCAGCACCAGCUGUCAGGGAUCCAUGCUGCCAUCUAUCACCAACGUCAUCAACCUGGCCGACAGCCAUGACCGCGCCGCCUUCGCCAUGGCGACGCAUGUCAAGCAGGAGCCACGUGAGAGGGAGAACAGUGAGACCAAAGAGGAGGUGGGACACAGAGACACAUUCACGUCGCAAUGGAUCAAGAUGAUUUAGCACAUAAUCCUGUUAAGAAUGAGUUACAUAUGCUAGUCUGGAGAAAAGCUUUGUUUCAUCUGUCUUUAGAAUUAGUGUUUCCUGUUUUGUCACCCAUUACAUAAAAACUUGAAACGGCUGAUUUUCAAGCAUGCAAACUAGAUGUCAAAAGUUCUAUUUAUUUAUUUUUUGCUCUCCUGCAGGAUGUGGAAAUUGAUAUAGAGUUAGCACCAGGCGACCAGACCGCCAUUCCCAAGAGUAAGGAGCAGUCUGAGAGAGACACAGGCAACCAGCUGCACAUGCUCACAAACCGACAUGACAAGUUUCUGGACUCAUUACGGGAAGUCAAGGUAAGUUUGAGAACUUUCAGAAUAACCCAGAGGCUAUUAUUGGCAGUUAUAGAGAUGUAGUUUUUAAGUUUAGAGGCUUUCCAUGCAGAAGUUUUUUUAUGAUCAAGUAUCCUGCUGAUUUUUAUUGAUGCUGUAACAUCAGGAAGGGAUUCUGACCUGGGAUACCAGGGACAAACAAUUAGCCACCCAGUGGGAUAGUGAAUCAGCCGUAGUUUUGAGCCCUGAAGACAAGGAUUAAGAACCGUCGCCUUGUCAAGUCAGCAGCUGACACUUUCCUCUUUAUUGUGCUAGACGGGGGCUCUCCUGAACGCUCUGGUCCAGCUUUGUCACAUCUCCACACCGUUGGCUGAGAGGACCUGGGUGCAGCUUUUCCCUCGCCUCUGGAAGAUCCUCUCGGAUAGGCAGCAGCAUGUGAGUAUUACCAACUGGCUUCUGAUUAUAACCAUUGACAGUGACCAUGGAUGAGCCUUCAACCCUUCCCUUCCAACAAAGUGAAGUUAAGAUACCCUCCAUGAUGGCCAAGACAUAUGUGGUAUUGUAUUGACAUCCAGUCCCGUCGGUUGACACUGUUGAAGGUGUAACAGCUUUUUUGUGCAAGUUCAAAGCAAAUACAGUUAUGGGAAGUUCAAGACUCUUGUGUUUAGGGAUCUUCAGAAAUCAAUCAGAACUGAGUAAGCGAGGGUGAUCACAAACGGUCGCCAUUUAGUUGACUAGAGGUGCACAUUCCUACUUGUGUCAGUGUUUGGUUUGUUUUGUGGCCAGUUCCUUGGUAAUCUGCUGCCCUUGUGCUGCAUUAACUAACAAAGCUGUCAAAUAUGGCAUUUAAUUCAACCACCAAAAAAAAAAGAACAUUAUCGCAAUUCCUUAUCAUGAUGAUCUGGACUUAAAUUAACAUGAUUGGGGCUAGUUAUGAUGACAUGCAACAUGUUUAUGAAAAAUUUCUUUGACACAUUUUUAUUAUUAAGUUAGACCCACUUCUCAUUUGAAAAUUUUUAGUUUCUUUUGUGAAGCUGUAAUAUGAUCCUUUCUCUCAAAAAAGAUGCUCAGUCUUUCAGUUAUGGGUUAUUACUACAUUGGCAUAAAGAUUAUGAAGUUCUGAGUAUUAUCAAUGAGUGGAGAGAAAUGUACUGACAUUUUGUUGAGGGUUAUUAAAUGCACCAGCUUUAACGGAAAAAUGAAACAUAAUUUUAUAUGUUGAAUGCCACAAUCAAACCUGUGAGUCAUGGUCAGAAGAGCCUAAGAUCCUGCUGGUGUCCUAAAUAUGAAAAUGUCAGUUAUUUUCAGCAUUCGUCAUUUAACGCUACUCCUUAGCUUUGAUAUUUUCGACUUUCACGGUCGUCCAUUUGUUCUCACAGUUCAAACACACUCACCUUCCGCUCUGCUUCCUGUAACCAUUUCUGUAUCUUAUCAAUGACAUUAGCAAGCCGACAUUCACUCUGACCCUGGCUGCCAUGUUCAUGUCUGAAAAUAUGCAUUUCCACUUAAUGAGGACGGGUUCAUUUAUGCUAAAUAUGGAAUCGCGAAUACCAAGGGAGGAAAUCUGUAAUGAGUGUAAUGAACCAGAUGCAUAUGGAGUAUUUCCAGACUUGUUGAAAGGCCUUGAUUUGAAGUGAUUGAGCUCUUAAACAUCUGAGAGAUUGUCAAUGAAAAAACGGCUUCAAAAUAAUAACAUUCUUGUGAAAGGCUUGAAAUCACUAAUGUGUCACAAGUGCUUCUUUUGACGCCUGCUUCCUGUCGUCAUUUUAUCACACUAUUGAAGCAUAUCAAUAUCUAUUGAAAAUGGACUGAUUACUGCUGCUCAGGGUUUAAAUCUCAGGCCUGAUUUUACACAGGAAUCAUGGGAAAUAUAUUCUUCUUAGGAAGGGAUUAACUUCUUUUCAUAUGUAUUAGCCGUCUCCACCACUGGUCUCAUUUAAGUGACCAUCAAGGCAUUAAUUAUUCUAUGCUGUCGACGGGCAAUGAAAAUUAUAUUCAUUACCACUGCAUCAUUUAUUUCUGAGUGUGUGUCAGUCAUGAUUAUCAGAGCACUAACCCUGCUGUCACGCUCAAAAGCCAUUCUGUGGGUUUUAAGAGGCUGUGAUUACAUAGUGGCCCGGUCAAGUGAAAAAACGCAGUUUUGCUUUUUUGGAUGGUUUUUGUAUCCUUUACCAAAAAUGUUAAAUAGUUGUUUAUUCUUCAAAAUGGGUAAAUGUAAUGGUUUUGACCACCUUCAGGGUUUAAUUUCAUCAUUUUAGUCAUCGUGGUAGGUUCUUUAAAAUCACAUCUUCCAAACUGAUUUGUUAUUUGUCCCUUUCCAGCCACCUUAUGUGUUUUUUUUGUCACUGCUGCCUUUCCUGUAUAACAGCUUUACUUUACUGGAAAAAGGCAUAUUGCAUCACAUACUGUACAUGCAACAAGAUGCCUUUAUCAAUAAAUCAUAUCAGUUCACCGCUGCUUAAGUGAAAAUGGUUUGUACAUGACCUCCCUCUCUUUCCUCUUCAGGCUCUCUCAGGAGAAAUGAGCCCUUUCCUUUGCAGCGGCAGCCACCAGGCCCAGAGAGACUGUCAGCCCAGCGCCCUUAACUGCUUUGUGGAGGCCAUGUCCCAGUGUGUACCUCCUAUUCCCAUCCGACCGUGCGUACUGAAGUACCUGGGGAAGACACACAACCUGUGGCUGCGCUCUACACUCAUGCUGGAGCAGCAGGCCUUUGAGAAGGGCCUCAGCCUUCAUAGCAAACCCAAGCAGAGCACUGAGUUCUACGAGCAGGAGAGCAUCACACCACCUCAACAGGUUACAUUAAAAAUACAUUGAAAUACUUGCCUUAUAAAUAAAUCAGAGACAGCUUUUAGUUUUUAUUGCAUUAUAUUUUCUCACGGAAAAUAUUGUUGCAGCUAUAAAAUGAAAAUAAGUCAAGACAGCCUCUUAUUUUCUUUGAAGCAGACCCAUACUGGGAGCUCUAGUUCAAAUGAAAGCCAAUCACCAACAAUUAACCCAUUUGUACUCCUACCAUUCUCAUUGUGAUCUUUCACUUUAGGAGAUUUUGGACUCCUUAGCAGAGCUUUACUCUUUGCUCCAAGAGGAGGACAUGUGGGCUGGCUUAUGGCAGAAAAGGUGCAAGUUCCCAGAAACUGCCACAGCCAUCGCCUAUGAGCAGCACGGCUUCUUCGAACAGGUGAGAGAGAUGUUGAAAGAAAACAGUCAGCAUCUUUUGAUGGAUUAUCAGGUAGAAUGCAAGCGAAAGGUGUUAGUUAACUGAACUGUUGUUGAAGAAGCUGUUAAUUGUGUUCCUCUGAAGCUGCAUGACACUUUGCUGAGAUGUGUUUAUAAAAAUUUGUUGCAGCAAGUUUGCACUAAGGUAGAUACAUUGUACCAGAAAACCUUUCAUUAGGUUGAAUGAAAAAGUUUGUUAAGAAUCUCAUGUGCUGUUCAGGCCCAAGAAAGCUAUGAAAAAGCAAUGGAGAAGGCUCGAAAGGAGCAUGAGAGGAGCAACGUUUCUGCUGCCAUCUUCCCUGAGUACCAGCUGUGGGAGGACCACUGGAUACGGUAAGAUGCUUUUAUCCCGGAGGGUGGCCUCCUUUACACGGUGAGAGAGCCAGAAGAGCACAAAGUGGCAGCAGAUUUCUACUUCAUUAUCAUUCAGGCCCUAUAUAUGUAUGUCUCUUUGCUGCAGCUCAUUUACAUCCAUCCGGGUUACUACACAUUAUAGAGCAGGAAUCCAGAAACAACAAGCUUUGCUAAAAGAGACUUCUAAAUGAGACUUAAUGUGUCCUUGUCACCAAACAAAACAAAAAUUCUUAACCAGUGGAAAAAUCUUAUUUUCCUAAGAUGAAUCUGAAUAAAAUGACUUUUUAAUAACAACUCACCAGGGUCUUUGAUGACGACUGUGCCUCUCAUCAGAAUCAAAUGACCCUCCUGUUGUUAGUUUACUGGGGUCAGUGGCUACAAACUUAAAAGUCUAUCUUAGCAAACAUUCAUGAAAUCAAAAGGAGACUCACUGCUCUUUGCUUCAAGCAUGUUUCAAGUUAAAAGUGGCUUUAACUUUUCACCUCCCUCGUCCUUCUACCCAGCUGUUCGAAGGAAUUGAACCAGUGGGAACCGCUGACAGAAUAUGGCCAAUCUAAAGGCCACUCAAACCCUUAUCUCAUGCUCGAGUGUGCUUGGAGAGUGUCCAAUUGGGCCGCCAUGAAGGAGGCUCUAGUACAGGUGAGCGGUGCACACUCACCAUGGAAGAAUGCAUCCAUUUAUAGAUGUCUACACGCACAAACACACUUCCUCACACAGGUUCCACUCUCACUGUCUCCCAAAGGUUGCACUAAACCUAAUAUCAGUUUGACAGAAAAUAGAAACUAUGAGCACAAGUUCUCACUAACACAAUCACAGACUCAGUGGAGCCUCCAGGUUUGAACCCAGUGAACUCGACUCCACUUUUUUCAUUUUAUUCCUGGACCCCAUGUCAGUGUGGAGUUCAGUAACUUGAUCUUUGGACAGUCAGCUACCUUCACGGCCACAUGAGAGGAUGGGAAAGCUGCCUGUAAAGCUGUGGAAAUUCUGCUCAGCUGUUUGGCUUGCUAAUUUAUUGGCCUCAUGUUUCCUGAAACAAAGUGUUGACGAGUGGCAAGCAUGUGAUAGCACCUGACAUAUUACAAAUACUCCUGCUUUGCUCUUUCAAGGAGACUUGGAACCAAUCCAUUGAGCCGUUCUGUCCUAAGGUGACACCUAAUUAAAUUGUCUGGACAGCAGCUCCAACUCCGCUUUAUCCCCUCCUCUGUGUUUCAUUCCCUCCUUCCUCAGUGAACCAUUCCUCUUUUCUGACUCUUACUUCUCCAACUCCUCCUCUUUGCUUGCUUUUCUUUUUGCCACAACCCACCCUCUUCUACCAAUUCCUCCACCUUCACUUCUUAUCCCUCGCCAUGCAGCUCUGGUUUUAGCGGCCAAUAUUUACGAUAGCAGUGUGUGAAUUAUUACCCUGGCAUCUGCUGCAGGAUGAUUUGUUUUAUGGUGGCGGAAAGACGCAAGGCUUCCGGUUCCCUGCCUGUCCACCGCUCACCACCUCUGAGGCAAAGUCCAAAUGUCCCCGCUUUCAAUUAAAGCUGGCUCUUGAUAAGGGCGGCACUGUCUCCAGGAUAUUCAUCAAGUGUCACCCUUGAUAGGUGCGCUUUGACCGAUCACUGUAAUUUUCUCCGACGUUGGAGGAGCUCACACAAAUUCACACCUUGGCUUUUUCUUCCACUUUUCCUCUUCUUUGUCUUGCCUCAUCCUGUGUUUCUUUUUCUCAUCUAUAAACAAUCAACAGUAAUCCACAGUUUUGAUGCAGCCCCCCCCUCCUGGGCCAUUGUUUGUUUGGUGUUAAUGCACUCGGCGUUUUAAUCAAUAGCUGGGCCUUUCCACUCCUCUGCCUCUUCAUCAGAUUGGCUAAGAUGAUUAGUUGUUCGAACAGAAGUCCUGCUGAAACCAUUCAGAAAAUGAAAUGGAAACAGUAUUGUUGUGCAUUUGUCCAAGUGCCUAAUUAUGCGGGAGAAGUGUCGUAGGCCUUUUUCUGUUAGAUGUUUACGUUUAAUUGAAACUGCCACAAUUUUAAUGUAGUGGGGAGUGAGUGCCGUUCUGCUUGACAUCACACCGACAAAACAUACAUACUAAAAAACAGCACGCCAAAAACUAUGAAGACAGUUUUUUUUUCACCUUUCUGUUCAGCUUGGAUGAUGGCUAACAACAGAUCACUUAAACCACUUGCUGCUAGGGUGUAGGUCUUUUUUAUUCACAUAUUCUUUGUAGUGUAAACACUAAUGCAUCCUGAUUCCAGGUCUAGAUACAAAAAGAUUCCACGUCAACAGGAUGUCCCCAUUUCAAAGUUAUUUGUGCCCUCUUUUUACCAAGAGUAGUAGCUGUUGACUGUCUGUGAGUCAGCCAGGUGUUGACCAACAUAAGGAAUAAAUACGCAUGAAUAAUGUUAAAUCGAAGUGUUUUUGAAUUAUGAUUUAAAUCUAAGAUUCUGCCUGUAAAGAUAAUCUCAGAAAACAAAGCAACUUUGUUUCACUGCAUGGAUAACAGGACUAAAGGCAUUUUCAACUGUGAAAAGAGUGUCUUUUUCUGGAGAUGACAGAUGCAAAAAAUAGGAGACAGAUUACAACUCAUUUAUGCUUUCCAGAUGAAUGUAAAGCAAAACCAGCAAAACUCGUGUUUCCAACAACAGCUGGGUUCUUGUAAAUCAUCUUGAUAUGUGGCUAAGGAAAACAGAUUUUCAAAACUACAAAUGUGAAUAUCCAACCUAGUUUUUUAGCCACAGACUUCGGCAACUCUGAAUAAAUAUAAAUACUCACAAAUAUGAAUAUUCGUCAGUGCAUAAAUUUAAUUUCUAAUUGCAUGUCCAGGUGGAGCUGAGCUGUCCAAAGGAGAUGGCGUGGAAGGUGAACAUGCACCGCGGCUACCUGGCCAUCUGCCACCCAGAGGAGCAGCAGCUCAACUUCAUUGAGCGGCUGGUGGAGAUGGCCUCCAGUCUGGCCAUCCGCGAGUGGAGGAGGCUGCCUCACAUCGUCUCCCACGUGCACACGCCGCUGCUGCAGGUCAGUAUACAAAACGCAUGAAGACUUUUACUCUGCCUGCCAUUUUAAGACAAAAGUGUCUGUCAGCAAAACUGGGAAGAGUCGCGAAGGGAAGUCAGUUUAUUGUUCAAGCACUUGAAGAGAUUCAUGUCGAGAGAUCAUCAGUAGCCCCGAGACAUUGUGUUGUGGAGCAACGCUGAUAACGGCCUCUAACUCCCUCUCUCACUUCCAUUUUGUAAAAUUGAGAUAGAUGAUUAAAAAGAAAUCAGAAAACCUUUAAGCCUCUUUGAUUUCAGUCUGAGCGAUUACAAUAGAAAGGGGCAAAGAUGGAAAAAAAGAGAAGGAGAAAAGACGGCUGUGAAAAUUGAAAAAGGUAGAGUGAACAGAAUAGGAGAGCGGAAUAGAGAGAGAAAAAGAGGAGCAAAGAAAAGGGAGUGAGUUUAGAAUGGCUGUAAUUACUUCCCUGCCAUCAGAUAGCAUUUGAUUAAAUACCUGCAGCAGAAUUACAUUUACAUGAUGAAUGGGACGGUCUGAAUGAGGGUUAGAAAUGGGCCAUCAGCUGAUAUUAACAGAUAAUUGUGAAAAAUAUUGUAUUGCCUAAUUUAUUUUGUUUUGGGAGAUUUGAUUUUAGGGCAGGGGGGGUUAAGUCUUCAGCACAGCUCUGAUUCGCUACAUUUGUCUUUUCAAAAUGGCUAUUUGAAUCGGGUGACUACGUUCUUUGUUAGUGUGUGUGUGGUCGGGGCUGUGUGUGUGUGCUUGCAUAUAUGCAGUCCAAUUAUUUACCCUAGCCAAGGGAAAACAAGCUAUUUAUUCCUCUGCCCAGCCAAGCGGCCUGUUGUAAAUCUCCAUUCCAAACUCUAUAUCUCAUAUUCACGACUCCAUGAGCCUCGGAGAAUGAGGAGCCCAGACUCUGCAAACACACACACUCACACACACACACACACACACACACACAAUCUGAGCUCAAAUACCAUCUGAAUCAAGUUAUCAUCGAAUCCCAGCUCUUAGCACUGACUGGAGAUCGAUGGAUUAUCACCCACACUAUUGAUUAUGAGGCUUGGCAUUAAUAUUGAUUGAUGAGUAGUUAUAAUGGAAUGAUUGAUUAUGUGUUCACAGAGCAGCUUUGGGCCGAUCGAUGAGGCCUUUUUUUCACAGAAUGAGAUAGAAGCCUUUGCUUAUCAUUUUCGCAUUUUCCCAUCUCUCUCUCUUUUUAUUUUUUUUAUAUCACACCAGUGUAACAUAUCAGGAUCUCAAUAUUUAUCAGGCAUUUUUUUGUUUUGGAAUUUAAAAAAAUACAGCUGAAUUUGUUUGGUUUUUGUGACAUUCCAAUAUUAGAAAAUUAAUCUAAUUUCUACGACUAAUCUUUUAAUCGGUUUUGCCCAAAAUUUGCUUCGAAGGCAUCUUUUUUGUUGUUGUUGUCAUUAGGCCAUAGCUUUUGAGAUGUAGCUGUCCUUACGUCCUCAAAGGUAAAUGUGUUUGGUCACUUUGAUCCAUCUGGUUUGAAGAGGCUUUCAGCCUCCGGGGUUGUUGAGAAAGAGUGUUGAGACAGUGACCUGGAGGAGGAGGAGCAGCAGCAACAUGUCUCUUGUCAUCAUACCUAUGAAAGACCACGACAGCAACAGUCUGUUUUUUUUUUAGAUUCCAGUCUCUUCCUUUUUUUCAUCUUCUGUGUUUCAUACUUUCAUGCUUUUAUCUUCUCAUCUCUCAAUCAUUUUGCUCAUUAUUGCAGUAGCCUUGCAGUCUUGCUGUCUCUGUCUUUGCAUCAUCGGCUUCUCAGUAUCAUUUUUUUUAUUGUGGGUUGAUGUUGGGAACUUCUAUUUUUAAGAAAAUUUGAAAUUAUAAUUUAUUGGAAACACAUGCUAAGAUCGUCUAAUUUGUCAGUACUUUUCAGUGCCAUAUGCUUCAAAAUAUAACUCUAAGGGAGAGCACAGCAUUAGUCAAUCAACAUGGAGUUAAGAGUGCAGAGUGCCAAUAAACAAAGCAGCCAAAGUAAAAAAUAAGAGGUUAUUUUUUGAUUGCCUCACAGUGACUAUGGGCUUAAAAACUUUUCAAUAUAUCUACACCUCUGCAUAAACAUGAAAUAAGGAAGUUGCCAGAUUUGGUUUAUUGCAGCUGAAAUUGCACUUCUUCUGGCCUGCUCUGUGUUUCUCUGCUCUGCCCUCCAUCAUAGUCACAUUGCAGGGUAUGCAAUGUCAGACUCGUGACCUGAAACAUGUCAUCAUGUCAUGCUGUCAUUACUUCUUCAUUGCCAAGAAUUAAUCUACUAUGAACUCCUAUUUAAUAUCGAUGUGCAGCCCCAUACUUCAACAUGGAGAGAGAUGAAUGCCGUGCAUGUAGAGUACAUAACUGUGCGCCACAUGGUUAUAAAAUGUAAGCAUGCAUGAAACUCUGUAGCUGUAUGAUUGUGUUAUGGAUUUUUCUAGUUGUUAAUGAGUACUUUGCACACACUGCAUUUAUCUUGCAUAGUCAUGGAAUUUUUCCAUAUUGCAUUACAUAGUACAGUGCAGAAAGAAAAAUUAUGGCAAUAUUAGUUUUCCUGAUAUAGUGCAGCAUAACCUAGGCUAUGUUUGUGUCUAUUUCACAAAGACAGGGAACAGGGAUACAGAACCACCUAUGUUACAUUGUACCUGAACUGUUUGAAAGGAGGUUCACAACACUACACCGUGACUGAUCUCCAUAAAAUUACUACCUUAGUAACGAAUCUAGCACCACCAAACAUGUCUUCCAGAUUAGAUAUGACACAUCUGUGGAAACUUGUACAUUUAAGUAUACCUCAGUCAAUGAAGAAAUCAAUAUCAUUAUACUUUUACUGGUAUGGUGUCCAAGUUCAAAAUUCUGGUAUAGUGCAUAUACAGUAGUAAUGACAUGACCCCCAAAUAUAAAUAGUAAUAGUUUUAAAAGGCCCUCAGUAACGCUACAAACAGAUGACGUCCGCUUUUGUUGUUAAUCAGGUGAAGUACAGCUGGCUGAAAGCUGUUUGUCUCUUUUCGAAUACAUCAGUGCUGUAGCCUCACAACCUUUUAGUGUCUUCCAUUAUCUUUGUGCUUGUUUCUCUGUAUCUCCCACGCUUCAUCCAUCCCUGAACAUGCUGUCAUGACCCCUUUUUCCUUACUCUUUUCAUUUCAUUUGUUGGGUUGGUUUUGGAUGUUCUGCUUGAUUAUGUGUUUCACAAUGCACCAAAGACAACAAGAAGCAAUGUAGGAGAGAAGAAUCAGUAGAUUUCUUGGUGGCUCUUCGCAUGCAAACAACUCCAAAGCAAGCAUAAUGUGGAAGCUGAAGUCUAAAACGAGAACAUGAAAAGAAAACAAAUGAUAUACAUGAGAUGUUUUUAAAAAGAGACAGUUACUGAUUUACUGCAGCCGGCAACAUGUGUGUGAUGCAGCGUAAACUAAGCAGGAAAAUUGGCUAGUAGUGUACGUUUGUGGAGAUAUAUUAUGUAGACAGAAUAUUAAGAAGAUUAAGUGCAGCUGGUGCUCUGUCUGGACUGAGUCUUUGAAGCAGAUUGCAGAGUGAGCCUGGAAACACAAAAUGUUGACAGUAAACAAAAAAGUAAGCCAUUUCAAGUUGAAGUGUUUGCCAUUUGGCCGGAGCUUUAGAUCUACCAGCAUGUAUGCUUCUUUUAAGAAAUAAUUUUGAACCAGAGAGAAGUGAGUGUGGUCACUGUAGGUAUAAGCCAAGGGGUGAGUGAGGAAAGAACUUGUGGAAAGUGUCCAUGUCUUUGAAGAUGUUUUGAACUUGGUGUUAGCAAUAAAAGUGGACACAUCAAAUAAAAUUUUAAAAAAAGAGAAGACUUUGACCCCUUCUUUUCUGUUUUCAGGCUGCACAGCAGAUCAUAGAGCUGCAAGAAGCGGCUCAAAUUAACGCAGGGCUUCAGCCAGCUAACCUGGGCCGCAACACCAGCCUCCACGACAUGAAGACUGUGGUGAAAACAUGGAGGAACCGGCUGCCAAUCAUUUCUGAUGACCUGUCUCAUUGGAGCAGCAUCUUCAUGUGGCGCCAGCACCAUUACCAAGGUACAGAUCCAGUCCUGGCUGAUAAUGAAGCACACUUAACAUUGUUAGUAUUUCACAGGUGUAGCUCUCCUGCAGAAACACUCUGGCUCUUGCUUAGGUUUCUGCUAGUUCCAGAGCUGGGUCGUCUUAAAAGGCCGUGAUGUGCAAAACCCCCUCAGGGUCUCUGUACAUUUUCAAAUGUCAGCUCGCUAAAGCACCCACUCUCUCACUGCAGGACACAACUCACACUCAUUCUUUGACACACACAUAUUUACCUUGCUCAGUGCUCAGCUCUCUCCCGCGGUGACUUUGAAACCAUUCAGUGGGGCAGCCACUGCAAAAUGUGAUGUCUUAAGCAACUUGAGCUCCAACUCUGACUGUGAGGCACUGAAAUAAUGAUAGCACUGGUUCUCUGCAGCAGUGUGCCAAUAAAAUCCACUUCAUUUAUACGUGACAGCUUUCAAACUUAUGUUAAAGUGAAAUGGAAUUUUCUUGAUGAAAUUCAUCGCCAUGGCCCAUUUACUGUUCAAUAUGUUCAAUGUCCCCAGUGCCCUCCUCUGCAUUAUGACAGCUGAGCUUUCAGAGUGCUAGACGAUCCCUAGUGUUCAUGCUGCUCUAAGCUCUCCUCUUUUUUAUACUUCUUCAAAUAUAACUCCAAAGUGAAGAGCAAAGACAUGUUCACUCCUUUUUUCUCUGUUCACAGCCAUAGUGACAGCGUAUGAGACGAACACGCAGCAUGAUCCAAACAACAAUAAUGCCAUGCUGGGAGUCCAUGCCUCGGCUUCUGCUAUUAUUCAGUACGGCAAGAUUGGACGCAAACAGGUAUGGGUUUAGGUCUACUUUCUCAAGUCCAUUAAACUUUUUUUUUUUAACAUUUUGUAGAAACACAUCACUCUUUUUUUCCCUCAGGGUUUGGUGAAUGUGGCACUGGACAUCCUGAGUCGUAUCCACACCAUCCCCACAGUGCCCAUCGUUGACUGCUUCCAGAAGAUCAGGCAGCAGGUCAAAUGUUACUUGCAGCUGGCUGGUGUCAUGGGCAAAAAUGAGUGCAUGCAGGUUAGUUUGAUAUUCUUUCUUGUACUAUAUUACCAAUUUUAAAUCAAAAUCUCUAAUUUUCAUUUGCGUAACACCAGUUAUCUUUGGGCAACAGAAACAGCAUUUCUUGUCCCAUCUUGCUUGUUUGCUUUGUUCUAAGAUCUAAAACUGUUGUCCCUUUGGUUUAUUGUAUGAAUUCAUGUAUAAUAAAGCAGAUCAAAGUACAUACUAUUGCAGGGCGGUCUCUAGAUAAUUAAAUCACAACCCUUAUUUCCCACUGCAUAGAAAAAUACAGGCCAUGAGUACUGGUCCCAUUUUGCUCUGAGAUGCCAACUAAUAUGAGCCACUUAAGAAAAGGUAAUCUGGAACAUUAACAAGGUCAAAUGCCUCAUUUAUAUGAAAACAGAUAAGCGUAUGUGUUUAGUCAUUUCAAAAAAAAAAAAAAACUAAAAAAUACAGAAGUUUACAUACUUUUCAGCAAGCACAUAAAUGGGAGGGUCCAUCACUGGGCUGCUGAAUAGUGUUGCUGAAAGGCAAAGAAACCUCUACACCUAGCUAGCCACAACACUAGCCUCCAUGACAUAAGAUUAGAUAAGAUAAGAACUUUAUUAAUCCCCGAAGGGAAAUUCAAUUGUCUGUUGUCUCACAUAAUAUGUCUCUGACGACUGUGGUGAAAAUAUGGAGGAACCAGGCCAGCGAGGCACAAGUUGAGGUUUCGGCGAUGAGAGAGAAAUUUUGCCCUGGUUUGACAUACUAAACAAAAAUCUUGUUAGGCCUUUGGGUGAAGGCGGAUGUAAAGUCAGUCUUUUGCCAUUUUGAAGCUAACUGCCCCACUUCCUUUUGGAUUGACUCGAGCAGCCGUUUCUUACCAUUGAUGGCAUGAUUGUGUUCUCACAGCAAACAAACUGCUGCAGGGUUUGAGCCAAGACUACCUCCUCUAAGCAGCCCCUACUUGCUUGUUGUGUUCUGCAGCAGAGUGCGAUUGCUGUGCUCAAGUGUCAAAAUGACUUCAGCCAAGGAGGGAAACACCCUCUGUUUAGAGACAACUUCUCCCAGUGAUCCAGGUGUGAAAGCACUGUAAGGCAAGAGUAGAAAGAGAAAAAAAAGCUCCCUUAAACAGGCAGACACUUGAGCAGAACCAGACCCAUUAGUAAACAGCCAUCUGCCUCAACAGAGAGGCGUAAAGAUGAAUACAGACAAACACAGCAACAACAGAACAGAUGAUACAGACUUAUGUGUCCAACAUCCUAAAAAUGAUAACUAUAUGUCUAAUGUGAGCAUUAGUAGUACAGAAAUGACUGUAGUAUGACUGAUGAUUGUUUACAGUAAAGCUCAAAUGGUCCAGUAUUAAAAUCCAUAUUACCAGUAAUUUAAAUAUGUCAUGUUCUUGGUCCUAUAUCCCCUCACUUCAUCCCAUUGUGUUUUACUGAGCUCUGUUUAUACAGCUGCUCUUCAGGUAGAACUCAGCCCAUGAUUAAUGAUAUAUUAUAAAUGCCGUACUGUGAAUGAAUGUGUUUCUCAUGUUCAGAUUUCUCUCGGAACAACUGCAUACAUUUAAUCACUCAUGAUCAUAAGACACCAAAUAAUUUAUGGCCCAAAUCCCCUCCAAAAAUAGAAAACAUUAUUUAGUAUGUAGAAUCUAAUUAUGCGUGAUUAGGCAUGAAAAAUUUAUUUUCCCAUGUAGCACCUGCACCUUAAUGAGAUAUUUGGACCUCGGUCCUGGAUGUUCCAAUUUGAAGCCAGCCUCUGCUGAAAAAAUGUUUAAUGCACUCAGUGUGAUUUAAGUACUCGAGCUGGUUCCUGUUAGCAGUAGCCGGGGGCAUAGUUAGCGGUACUUCGAUUGGGGGAAAGUAGUAAGAGCAAAAAGUGUUUGGGGUGGCUCUAGGUGACAAGCAAUAGCAGGGAGACUUAUAAGAGAGCGUUACUCUAGAGCUUGCUCUUAAGCCCAUGGAGUACUCUGAUUAAUAGAAGCAGUUCAGCACACCACAAGUCAUUAAAAGUGCCAGCAGACACUUCUCUCUCUCUCUCUCUCUCUUUCUCACUCUCUUCUAUCUCAUCUGCUCUGGUUCUCUCUCUCUCUCUCUCUCUCUCUCUCUCUCUCUCUCUCUCCCCCCCCCCCCGCUACACAUCGUUUGUCACAGCAGCACAUGGGGGACACCUAAUCAGACGCUCACCAUAAUGGAAGUUUAGCUCCCCUAACACCUCUUUUCUCUCUUCUUAAUGAACAGCGAGCAGUUUGUUUGUUUUUCACCUGUGAUUACGGCCCUGUCUAAAACACAAUGUCGAGAUAUCUUCUGGGAGAACUUUCUUCUCCACAGUUGAGCAUGAAGUUAAACCUGUGUUGUUAACUUCUCUUUGUUUUAGGGUUUGGAGGUAAUAGAGUCGACCAACCUGAAGUACUUCACCAAGGAGAUGACUGCUGAGUUCUACGCUCUGAAGGGCAUGUUCCUGGCACAAAUCAACAAGUAUGUCUUCCCAAGCAUCGACCGUUCUGCCUUUUACUAACUGACAACCUUCAGUAUGGGCCUCAUUCACGAAUAUCGUCCUUCUUUUAAAGAAAUUCUACAAAAGAAAGUAUAGGCCAGAUUCUUGAGUUCUUUACCUGCAGAGUGGUUUGCUUCUUUUGUCAUUUAAUUGAAGAAAUGUAUGUCCUCAUUAGAUGGGAGCUCAUUCAACUCCUUCUUGUUUGCUAAGGACAGGGGCACUUCAAUGUCCAUAAAAAACCAUGACAAUUGCAGGGCCAUGUGCACACAGAGACCUCACUGGAUUCAAUACAGACAGAGAUAAGUAGUGGAUGUUUAGAUUGAAAUAGAAACAUAAUUGUACACUGGAAAUUCAUGAAAUUCAGAACUCAUAGGCGGUGGAUUCAUCAUACAAACAAAUACACCUUCUUAGUUUGAGGAAACAAAAGAGGUUAAACCAGAUCAAGUGUAAUGCGGGUUUGUGAUUUUGUGAGUGUUGUCUUUCAGUAUUUAUAAAAAAAGAUAAAGUGGCUACUUUAGAGUCCAGGUUAAACAUUGUCCAGAUGAGACCAAGUCCUACAUUGACAUUAAAGUUUAAAAUAUUGUUACCAUGUCAUUUAAUAAUACUCAGGUGCAAAAGCAAAAGACACAAUAGCCAUUCAUUUUUCUUUGGUUCUCCAGUUCUCAAUCAGGAUGUGUUUUUUUUCUUUUUACCAGAAAACAGAUUACAGCUAAGAAAACUUUGAAAACCUUUUAAUGGUUGGUGAAUGAGGCCUUUUCCUACUCUAUACUCUAACUUUAGAUUUGCUUCCCUCACUUUUUUGUCUGUGUAAGUUCAUUAUUGCAAAGUCCUCAAACUGUGUAAGUGGUCCCCUGUCUGUGUGGGUGUUUUAUCCUGUCAGGACUCAGCAGUCGUAUCUGAUCUGCACUCAUUGCCUCCAGCUGACUCACCUCACCUUUAUUUGGCUUGUGUGUGACUAUAUAUUGAUGUCAUUACUUUUGUAACUCUGUCAGUAUUGUGCUUUUGGCUGCAGGGGUUGCCUGUGGAGCGUACUACUCUACUUGAUACCCACAGCCACACUCUCUCCCAGCCCUUCCCCAUCAGCGCCCCCCUUCCACCCGUCAUCUCUGACAUGACAUGGCGUCCUGAGGGGUGAAAGACAAAUUGCGGGAGGCUUAUUAAAUGUAUAUGCAGCUCAAUAAUUAACUCCAGGCAAUUUGCUGGAAUCUCUGGGAUCAGCAAAAACUUGCCUCCACCUCAGCAGGGUUUAUUGCAAUCAUUAAGUUUCCCCCAUACACAGGGGGGAGAAUUAACAGCAGAGUGGGGGUAAGGGACUGAGGGAGGCGUUGUGUGAGUGUGCAUGUGCAACCAUAUGUGCACCGGAUUUGGGGAUCAUUCAAUUAAAGGGUGUCAAAAGACUUGACAGUCUGCUGGGUGCCCGUGCUCCUGUUGAGCCAGGUAGUAGAAACUGUUAAUGUACUCUUACACUAGCAAAGUGACUGAGGCAACCCCAUUAAGUAUUACUGAAGAGUCUUCAGCUGUGACUCCCAUAGCAAUCAAGCUCCCAUUUCUUAAUCACAUGCCAAAAUGCCUUUUAUAAUAACACAUUUUAAUUGAUUGGCUGGGGAGACAUUUCGCUGUGAGUAAGUGGGAGUGCAGUUUUGGAAGCACUCCCAAAAUGGAGGAGGUCCAUUUCGGAGCUCGAGCUCAGUCAGGCUUUUUCAUUGACAGGCCUGUCUUCUUGUUUUGACUGCAGGGUGGGUGCGUCUCAGGGUGCCUCUCGCAUCUUAUUUAUUAAUCAAAGGCUGAAAGGUGUGUAAAAAAAUUAUUCACAGCGCGUGCCAACGAGUGCUCAGAAGCCACUUGGCGUGGUGAAAACAGCUGAUGAUUCAGAAUAUAUUUCCCUGUCAGCAUAAAUGGUUCAGUCAAAAUGUGGGGGGGUCGCUGCCAGAUUUCACCUGUCUAUUUCUUUGCCUCCUAUUUAACAGCUCUCUAAAUCGAAAACUCACAGUGUGACUGCUAGAUUGCACUUGCCAGGAUAAAAAAAAUCCCAAGGGUGCUUGGGUUUUAUCAGGCUGCAGAUUUCUCUAAGCUGUAGCAAUGCUCUUCACGGUCAAAGUAUUUGUGUACAGAUAAAUAUAGCCAUUACCCGGAGGUUUUUACCUUGCUGCAGCCCUGUCACUUCUGAUGAAAUAGAGAGAUGCUAAGCUCGUAUGUCAGCCUGUAUUUAAUGGAUCGAUCUGUGCAGUAUGAUAGGGCCAGGUUUAACUCAUAUUCCUACAUAGCAAAGUGUCUGCACCCGUGGUGACAUUAAUUCAUUCUGGGUUAAAUGCUUACUCUGUAGUGCUGAGAGGAAGGGCCUUGAAGAUUACAGCAAAUGAAAUAUGGUGCUUAUUGAUGUGUAGUACAUAAUUCACAAUGUGAUCAUCAUAAUCUGUUUCUUGCACACUCCAUCUCUCUUCUUUUCUUUCUCUCCACACACACAAGAAUUGCAUCCAUCUCUUUCAAUCCCACCCCUCUUCUCAGUGUCCUUUUCUAUUUAGUAUGUCUUUUUUCCUUCUGGCUUCCCUUUCAUUCAUAGCUGCUUCCUCUCCAGCUACCCCCAGUUUGCUCCCUCACCCCUGACAGCUUCUCAUCACCCUCACUCUCUGAUGCUCUUCAACCUCUCUCCAAACCCUGUCUUGUUCCAGGUCAGAGGAGGCCAACAAGGCAUUUUCAGCUGCUGUACAGAUGCAUGAUGUCCUGGUGAAGGCCUGGGCCAUGUGGGGAGACUACCUCGAGAACAUCUUCGUCAAAGACCGACAGCUCCACUUGGGAGUCUCUGCCAUCACCUGCUACCUCCACGCCUGCCGCCACCAAAAUGAGAGCAAGUCACGCAAAUACCUCGCAAAGGUGAUAAAGGACCUUGGAGAACACAUCGACACUGUUAUUUUUUCUCUUGUUGGGGGUGGAACAAGCAGUUUAGUGACCACUUCUUCAUCCAACCCCUGCCUCUAUAAAGCCAUAGUCUUGUCUCAUUUUUAGAUAGGGUCGAUGUUAAUUCCCCCAUUUCCUGACCCCAUCCAGGCCAUAUAUUAUUGGUCCUAACGAGUAGAAAGAUGUUAUUUUUUCUCUCCCUCUCACACUCCGCCACGGUUACAAGCAGAGAGCAGUAAUUUGAUCGAUUACAGUCCAGCAGCAGACAGUGGGAAUUGGAACCCACAGCAGAUCGAUGGUGGUGUGAAGGCCAUCCUCUGGCACGGCGGGGUUAACAGACUAAUGGCCUCCCCUGAUACUGCAGUCUCAUGACCCUUUACAUAGACGGAUCUCAUUCCAACAGUCAGACCAAUGCUAUUGUACUGGGCAGUGGAGUAAGACCUGUGUGGGAGGUAAAGAGAUGGGCUUCUAGCUAACAAGCACUCUACUGUUGCACACAUUCAAUACAGCUUCUCCAGCCCCUUUAGAGGUUGGCACAGAAAGGUCUCUAUAUGCCCUGAUAAUCAGCUAAGUGGUCCACCAUUGAAACAGUUCUCCAAACUAGAAAGGUAGCAGCAUGGCAGCUAACGGGGGGGAUUUUACUUACUAACCCAAGGAAGUUUUGGUGCUGAGUAAUAUGUAAACAGAAACAAGAUGUGAUGAUUUGCAAAGCAUUAAAAUCACAUAUUUGGUAGCUAAUAACACAAAUACAACAUCAGAUGUCUAAACUAAAAAUUGAAUCAUUUUAGGAAAAAUUUGGAUCUGAUGCCAACCAAAGGUUAAAAAAAGGGCAACAGUGGCAACCAAAAGACUUUGAAAGCUGUUAAGCACUAUGAGAUAAUUCCCAGUGGAAAUUUUCACACUUAAUUAUGUCAACUUGCAACAGGCUAGUGACAUGAUUGAGAAUAGAACAAGCAUCUGCAGAGAGACUGAGUCAUACUGGAGCAAAGAUGAGAAAGACUUUCAACCCUCAGCCAAAGAGUACACUGGAAUACAGAACAAAUAAUAUUGUUUCAUGAGUAAUAUUAGAACGAAUAAGGGAUUAUAUCAUCUGGAGUAAGUUAUUUUUUACUGUUAUUUUAUUAAAAGGAGAAAUCUGUAUAAAAAAGGGCCUCAAAGGGUGGGCCCUCAUGUCUGCAUUAAAACCACUACAUGGACCCGGAGCACCUCCUCUAAAACCAUCAUCUGUGUAUUCAUAGCUGCUGUGAACAGGAAUAGUAUCUGGUUUUGAAAAAGACAGGGUAUAGAGAAACCUCUUUAGGAGCUUUAUACACAAAUAAGACCUUCAGCCACAAGAAUCUUUUUCUGUUUUGUAAUUUUUGAUUUCUGAGACUACUUUAAGGGGGUAAGUGCCAGAUCAGACAACAGUGCGCUGAAAAAACAGCCUUUUCCUAGAGCAAAUGUUCCUUUUGAACAUAAUACUUCAAGCAGCAGGAAGAGAUUUUUGUCAGAAAAUACAAAGCAACACUUUGUGCACUGGGGGCGCCAAAAACAACACAGAGGAAAACCUUUUGCAGGAGCUUUAAUAUGAAAUGUUGCACCACAACAAGUUAAUUAAAGUAAGGGUCAAACCUGUAGAUGUCUCUCUUCCUCUGUAUGACCCCCAAGACACAAUCAUCACAAGCACACCGGGGGUAGAGAGUGAGAGGAGGCUGUGCACUAGUUUAUUGAUCUUAGAGGGGAACUCGAGUGGAAUGCAAAAAAAAAUUGAAAAAUGAUUGGCCAGUAUACCAGGGUGGAGUGUAUUUUGUUGAUGCUCUGUUAAAUGUCUUACAAACAUGAUAUUUUUGUGUUAUUAUUCAAUAAUGACUCAGAGAGUGUUAGGGGAUUGCAAAAACAUGACUUAACUGCCUGCUGGGGCUCUGUGUAAGAGAACCACAGAUGAGUCAGGUAAAAGAGGCUCAUCCUGGUAGCAAAAGAGCAGCUAGCUCUAUGUGUCACACAAUGAUAAGUAUGACUUAGCACGCUCACUGUUAACAUCAGGGAUUGCUAUCAUUAUGUAUUCUAUUAAUGGCUGCUCUUAGCUUCACAUCCCAAUAGGAUUUUUUUUUCCUCAAGCCCCCCUCUGACAUCGUGCUGCCAAGCUGGGUUGGCACAGCUUAGUCCUGAUGCAGGGAAGUGAGGUGACCGGUCAUUAUCAGUAAUUAUCCACAAUCUGUGUACCCUGGUUGGCUCACUAAAGGGAGCCCAAGGGGACAGAGUGGGGUUAAUGUCUUCAUCAUAAUCUAGGUGCACACCGGGCACACCAGUGAGAGCAGGGAUCAUCUCCACAUUGGCUCGGCUUUGAUCAUGAGAAGGAUUGCCAAGAGGCUGCUUGGCAUUCAAAGCAGGACUGGUCUGAGUAAUGAUAGAGACCUUACAUGGCAUCUUACAGUUGAAGGCAGUGUUGUUUUGUUUCUUGCUUCUUUCCUUACCUGUUUCACUUCCUGUCUUCACCUCUCUGCGUCGGCAUUCUCACAUUCUUUGUUUUUUUCUUUCUCUAGGUGUUGUGGCUUCUCAGCUUUGAUGACAAAAACACCCUGGCAGACGCUGUGGACAAGUACUGCAUUGGAGUCCCGCCCAUCCAGUGGUUGGCAUGGAUACCACAGCUCCUGACCUGCCUGGUUGGAUCAGAAGGCAAACCUCUGUUAAAUCUAAUCAGCCAGGUGAGGCCUUUUUCCCCAAAAUCCUAUCCCAGAAACAGAUCUCAGGCCCCAUUGAGCCUAAGCCAAAAUCCCUUUGGUCUCUGAAAUUAACUUUUUAUCAACACAAACAUCUGUCAGACACCUUUUUGAGGUAAUCUCACCAUUUGGAGUCCCUUAUUUUAUUCCUUUUCCAUGUUUACUUCAGUUUCAUGUUUGGUCCCCACAUCAAUCAUUCCUAUUUUGUUCCCUUGGCUUUCCUCAUCCACUUGGGGCAGCACAUCUGGCUACUGCGUUAGCAUUAGUGCUCACGCACGUCUUUCUAAUCAAGAUAAAUUAACCGCAUUCACACCAAAGUGGCCUCUCGCCUGCUUUCUAUUUACCAAAUUAAGCAUUCAGAUUCCUCCACUGUCCCUUUUACAGCAAUUUAUUGGCUUCCUCCAGUCCCCGGGUGGAUUGGUUUUUAAAUUAUUUGUUCAAGAAAUUAUUAUGAAGUUAAUAUCGUGCGCAUCCACACUGCAGGAAGAGAGCUAGUAAUUAAACCGAGGACUAAUUUGCUUUGCUUAAUGGAGUAUUAUUUCCGCACAAUUUGAAGUGGGUGAUCUUCAAAGAGUAGUCUGCUAUAACAAACAGCCGUCCUCUCUGCAGAGCAAGGGUGCUGUACGGAGGAUAUGUGAGAAAGUGUAGAGAGGGAUGAAAAGUUAAAAGGCGAGAGACUGGAUUUAAAAAUGUCAGUGGGUUGUUUUAAAGAUAAAUGAAUGUGAAUGCAGACAAAUGUGUGAAGUGAUGAAUGUUCUCAGAAACCCUCACUUUUUAGCAAGCUGAUAAAAGGACGCAUCACUGAUGGUUGGUUGUUAAGCUCAUUGACAAACAGACAUAAUGCAAGUUAGCUGUGAAAUAAAUGAACACCGCAGUGAAAGCAUCCUUUGAUUUCAUGCUUUUAUCCUGGUUUUUAUGUAAUGCCGUAAUAUUUUAAUGUCUUCUGUCUGUGUAGAGGACACCGUUUUUACAAGGUUCAAAGAUUUAAACUUCUUGGUAACGGUUGAAUCUCUUGAAUAAUGCCUGCCUUCUGAAUGUUUAUGAAUGAAAGUCAGGGGUGACCGCGGAGAUUUAGCCCUCACUUUGGUCUGCUUUGUCAGCUUGUAAUGACUGAAGACUAAAAGGUUGACACCUUUUCCUUCAUCCCCCUUUUUUAUGUAAAGAGAAAACCACAUUUCAAUGCAUGGAAGGCUUUGUCUCUGCCGCUAACCUGAAUUAUUUAGAGUUUCUCUGCGGCGGCGGGAUGUUUAAAAAACGUAUGUUGAAAUAUUGAUGAAGGUGAGGAGAAGAGCGCCUGGGGGCAGAAGAGAAGAUGAAUCAAAAAGUUAACAGAGAACCCCCCCCUCCCCCUCGCAUAUGCACACACACACUCCCAGCCUCCCUUUCUCCAUCCCUGGCUGGCUGCCUCCUUGUCUACCAUUCAGCCUCUUUCCCUCGGCCCACCUCAUCCUCGCCAAAAUAUGACAUUUCUUAUCUUCCCAUUAGCGGCCUGAUCUGUGGUUCCUCCUCUUCUUCUCUGCCUUCCUUCCUCUUUCAUCUUUAAUGCUGCUGUUAGAAGCCACUUAGAACUCCCCCUUGCCAUUACUCUUAACUCCAGUCCUCAAACUUUACAUCUCAGUGGUGGAUUUUUCACUUUAAAAGCAUCUUUCUACUCUUGUUUUUGAAAGGAGGGUCAUUAAAAUUGCACAUUCACUGUAUUUGCAAUUUAUAAGCUCAAGAAUUUGAGCAAUUAGGUGAGAGUAGAGUGAAAGUAUUUGCAGUAGACUUGAUUUGUAUCUGAUGUGUUAAUGUACCCUCAUUUCACUCAACAAAUCUGCCACUCUGUGUAGACUUCUAGUUUAAUUGAAUAAAUGGUUCAAUGAUCAAAACUAUUUCAUGAAAAAUUUACACAGUAACCUAACUUUUUUGGAGUUGGGGUUGUAGAUGCCAGUAAAUUUGCAGGUGGAGAGCUUCACAGUAACUUAUCCUGAGCUUGUUGCUGAUGCUGCGACUUCUUGUGCCGGGAGCAUUGCACAAUAAGCCACAAGAAAGCAGUUAGAGGCUUUUGGGUUUUGGUUUUGGCUGAAGGUUUCUCCAUAGCUACAUUAUCUCACUGUUGAGCGAAUGGAAAGGGUUUUCCUAGAUGUAGUUCCACUAAAUAACAGUUUCUGAUCGUCUCUGUUAUGUUAUGUUAUCUCCAGGGUUAGCCUCUUUUUCUCAUUCAGUUAAUCCAAUUGGACUCCCAGGCUUUGGUUCUUGCUUUAUAGCACAACCACAGCUGAAUGAAUGACCAUGUAGAGUUGUGGGGAACAUGGAUUGGACAGAGCUUCCAAGUUUCUUGGAAGAUCUAAGCUUGCUGGGAUCUGAAACUGCUCUUUUGCAGUGCAGUCCAAAGAGAAGUAGAGUGUGCUCUGCUUAGUGUCUGGCCUGUCUGUUUGCUUCUCUGGCAGUUUUAAACCUGAGCUAGUUUUGUGUAAUCUUGAUUUGUGCAGUUUGAGAAUCCCUCUAAAGGCCUGGACUAGAUUUCAGAGGAAUAGAGGUAGAGUCGGAGAAGGCAAAGAGGGCCAAAAUCCAUUUAGCCUUAGGCUGCAGUCUGAGAAAAGGUUUCUUCUCUUUCUUUCUUUAUUUCUCCUUUGUAACCCCACUACACCAUCCACCCUCAGCCCACUUUCAGUCAAAUAUUGAGCGCAGUGUGGUUGUUGUAGAUGUGCAGGUAUCCCUUUCUUCCUGCAGGCAUAUGAAGGGUCUAAAAGGGAUCAAGUAGCUGUGUAAUUGCUGCCUAUGAAAUUGUGCUCUGAGACCUGAGAGAACCCUGUGGUUUGGUCUUCCACCAACAUCCAGUGGGCCUAAAGCCAGGCAGGAGUACCUCUUCCUCCAUUAAAUUCAAGAAAAAUUCUUUGUUUUGUUUUACAGUAUGGUACCUGAAGUUAUUACUGUUCUCGGCUUUGAUAAUAUUUCACAUUUAUCAAGAGAAUUACUCAACCAUAUUCUGUUACCUUCUCAUUUGGCAUGGAGAUUAAAAGAAAGCAUUUAAAAAUUUAACUAUAACCCUUAAAAUUUUUAUGCACUGAAAAAGGAACUCCCUUUCAGGAAAGAAAAAAUAAGAGAGAAAUUGAGCAGGGCUCAUUUUCACUCUACCUCUAGUUUUGAAUAAUGCCAGAUCUCUGUUCUUGCCUCUGUAGAUAUUAAAGAUGCUUUGUCACAGCUCAUGUUACACCUCUAGGCGCUCACUUUGUGCAGUCACAGUGAUAGCCAAAUGUCACACUUACAAAUAUAUCCGUGUCGAGUUGAGAUUACCUCUCUCAUUCAGAGAGUGAUUCCUUUAGAAUUUCAGUGUGAUGUGUCACAGUGAGUCCCUUUCUUGCCUAUCAGGAUUUCUGUUGGUGACAAGUGUGGUGUAGUUGCGACAACAUGAAGGGGAAGUUCAGAGCUUUUUCAUAUACUGUAUCACAGAAGUCAACUUAGCUAUGUUGGUUUGGUUUCGUGUAAGACAAUUUUGUUGUUUUAUGCUACUUUUAUGUAGCCAGGAACAACAGUAUUUGGAAAAGCGCAUGGAGCUGGAAUGGAGCUAUGGGAUGGCAGAUGUUUUACAGGUUGUCAGUCCUUGCUUGAGGCUAAGAGGGUAGCAGCAUUUCUUUCACUAACAGCUGAGCAAAUAUCCUGACUUUCAUGUAUCAGCUGCCAAUGAAAAAGUUACAUUGCAGAAUAUAUUAAAGAACAAGCAAGUAAGAUAACUACUGGUAUAACUGUUUGUCAAUGCCGUGAAAGAAAUGGACAUUCACUCACUGAGUAAGUUCAAAACAUUUUUUUUUUUCAUUACUACAUGUUGAAUAAUAUGAAUAGAAUCAUGUUUUUGUAACAGGUUAUUUAGUGUGAAGUUUGACAUUUUAGCAUAAAACUAAAUGGAGACUUGCUCAUCUUUGGAGGGCAGCCCCAAGUGGUCAUUCUAGGAACUGCAAUUUACGGUCACUUUGUGCUAGACAUUUCAGGGUCACUGCUUGUGCACUAUGGAUGUUUUUUUUAGUUGUGAAUGGUGUGUAUAGAGACAGGAUUUGUGUGUGGUUUUAAGACGUACACAAUAGAUUGAGCUGCCUUAAUAAUGUAAACAAAGAAAAAGAACAAAUUACACUUUGUUAGGUUAGGAAUUCCCGCUACAUUUCCUUUGCAUUCAGGUUUUAUGGCAGAUCCAUAACUUUGCUUUGAUUUUGCUAAGUUAUACAACCGUGCUAAACUACAGGCUAACAUACUUACAAAACCUAAUUUACAGAUAAAUUAAGCACAUAAGGUAAGAAGCAAAUGCACCUGCUGCAUUUUUAACAUGGUAAUGCUACCCUUAUCAAGUUGGGUUAUGUUUUAAAACUUGCAUUCUCUUAUGUCCUGAUCUCAACCAUUAAGCCUUCCGAUGUUGUCAGGGACUUUCUAUUGAAAGUCUUGAGGGCAAUUUCAUCAUCAGUCACAUUCAGUUUUGUAAUUCAGCCAUGACGUGUUUUAAACUUUCCUUAACUCCCCUGACUCAAAGCUUCAAACGCUCCCUGUGUUCCAGCAGAGGUCUCUGGCUAUAUCAGUAUGAUAUCUCUCUCUCUCUGGCACACAUACACAAACAGUGUUUCACUAUUCCACUUUCUCUCCAUCACCUCUGCCUGCCUCACCCCUCUUUCCCUAGUUUGCAGUCCUCAGGGGGAGUCUUUGAAAUGUAAUCUGUGACCCUCUUUUAUCUGCUAGGUGGGACGAGUGUACCCCCAGGCUGUCUACUUCCCUAUCCGCACCCUUUACCUGACACUCAAGAUCGAGCAAAGGGAGCGUUACAAAAGUGGUAAGUAAACAUGGCUGUAGUGUGUUGCCUCUUUACUACACUUUGAACUUGAGAAGAGCUCUUUUUGCUUUUCCCAUGCUGAGUUAAUAAAUCUAAAGAUAUGUUUAGGCGAAGAAAAUGUCUUUAAAGCACAUUUUCUAUAAUAAACAACUUCCCACAGUGUUACUGUGUUUUAUUCCUGUACUAGUUUUGCCAGCGAAUGUGCUGACUUUAUGCUCUUCUUACUCUGAGUACUCUACACUUCCUCCUUGCCUCCUCCCGUUUUUUUUCUCCUUUUUCCACCACUUACCUGCUCCUCAUCAUGUUCACUCUUCCACCACAGAUGCUUCUGGACAACAGCAGCCCACCUCCGUUGGGGCCCAGCCUCACUCGGGUGCCUCUGACCCAGGACCUAUCCGGGCCACCGCCCCAAUGUGGCGCUGCAGCAGAAUCAUGCACAUGCAGCGGGAGCUCCACCCGACCCUUCUCUCCUCCCUGGAGGGCAUCGUAGACCAGAUGGUGUGGUUCAGGGAGAACUGGCAUGAAGAGGUGAGAAAGACAAAGACGCUGUUUAGUUCAUGUCGUAUCAAAUCAUCACAGUGUUUACAGUUCAUCAGAUGAUGGUAAAACAAUUCAGCAGGUUGUGAUAUUUUCCACAUUUGUGCAGAUGUGUGAAAUAAAGUUGGCGUGUACAUCUCAUAUAUACAUUUGUCACGCCACCUGGUCAACCAGAUGACUACUGUAGCACACAUCCUGCCUCCCUGGUGUUCUAACACAUCUGUUAAGUUUGAUUUGUCCUGAAUGUACAUUGUAUGAUAAUGGGCAGGUAAUGCGUGCUUUGAUGGGAUUUCUGAAGUGGCAAGCUACAGUGAUGAUAAUAAAGCCAUGGAAGAAGAGCAAAAAGAUGCAGUUCUUCGAUUAUCCACAUUAGACAAACUACAAAAACUGAGGAGUCCCCUGCUAACUCUCAUAGCAAAGUCAAACAUGUUAAUUAGCUUGUAAAAAAAGUUUGGGGUACGUAGCUUCAAGUAUUUAUUGAUACACACUGCACAGUGGAUGAACUUUGAGUCAGACAUCUGCUGAUAAACUGAAAUUAGACACUCGAGAAACUGCAGGUUUUUUUCACUUUUCAAUUUCAAGCUGAGAGUUUGCCACAUUGUUCUUUCUCGUCUGCAAAUGUGUUACUGUUGUCAUUCAUCCCCGGACUGAACUAGAGUCAUGCCAUUAACCUUUCACUAGACAUGUGCAAAUUUGGGAUCUUACGUCUCCCUCGUUAUUUCACUCCAUCUCUGUUGCUCCUUUUUGUCUCUGUUUUCGGCUUUAAUCACCUCUUUAGCCAGCAGCAUCCUUUCUUCCUGUCAGUGCCCGACGCAGGCCUGCCACAGUCAUCCAAACUAAACUCUGUGCUGCUACAAAUUGUUUUCGCCAUGCUAGGCAGCGUCCACCCGCGGUAUCUAGUCUGUGGGUGGAGAGAACACUGGGAGACAGAGGCAGCAGAGCGCGACAGGUGAUGGAUGGGUGCAGCCAGCGUGUAGGAUGGGGUGAGGGAUUUAGAGCUGGAAGUUUGUUGAUGUGUGUGUGCGACUGUGUGAUUAUCUGUGAUGGUUGGGGGAACUCUGUAGCAGCUGCAGGGCCUGAUGUUUUGUUCCAUGGGGCAGGCAGGUGUAGAUGCAUACAAGGCCAUCAUCACCUUCCUCAAGCUCUGCUGCUUUGGUUUUUGAAUGACAUUGCCUCGCUCUACCUUUGUUCUAGUAGAAAUAGGCUUGUCUCUGCCUGUUACUUUUGUCUUAAGCACUUGGAGUUAUAAAAAAAGUGUUUAUUUCUUAUACAGUGACCCAGUGAACACCUUAAAAUGAAAUAAUCCAAGCUCUUGAAAUUGCCCCUAAGUCCUUCCUCCUUUUCUUUCAGGUGUUGAGGCAGCUCCAGCAGGGCCUGGCUAAAUGCUACUCAGUGGCCUUUGAGAAGAGCGGUGCAGUUUCCGAUGCGAAGAUCACACCGCACACGCUAAACUUUGUCAAGAAGCUAGUGAGCACCUUUGGUGUAGGCUUGGAGAAUGUCUCCAACGUUUCAACAAUGUUCUCCAGCGCUGCCUCGGAGUCGCUAGCCCGUCGGGCCCAGGCCACGGCGCAGGACCCUGUUUUCCAGAAGAUGAAAGGACAGUUCACGACAGGUAGGUUUUCUUUUGAAAUAAACUCACAUUUGGCUUUAUAGACACAGAAACAGUAAAAACGUAAACGUCUCUUUUAUAUUAUGGUUGUUCUUGUGUUUACUUUACAGCUUAGUUGUUUGUUCACUUUGGCGUGUUAACCUCUACCAUGGCUGGUUUACCUUUUGUAACUUCAACACACCUCUUCAGAGUUUGAGCAGACAUAAAAUGCGAAGUAUAUGUUUUCAGGCAGCCAAAAAGCCUUUUUUAUUUUCAACUUUUUGACAAGGUGUGACAAUUGGCCACAUAGCAAAACCAGCAACACCUCCUACCUCCUCCCCCCAAAAGCCCCACAUCACACAUCAGCCACCUCUCAGUAAACAAGGCUUGCAUGUGUGCUGCUGUGUGUCCACACUACUUUAAACGGUGAGUCUGGCUUCUGUGGGUAUAAAUUAAACCAGUCACUUUGUAUCCAGCAGGACAUUUGUGUUGUUAAUAUCAGUACUGUUGCUGUCAUAGCUGGAGUGUUGGUGUUUUGCAGCAGGGAGGGGUCACUGGUCUAAAAUACGCAUGUCUUUAUUUUUUCAGCACAUGUCUUCUCUUGUUGUGAAAACAUGAAAGUUGGUUGCAUCAUCACCGUCCUGAGCUGCAUCAUUAACGCUCUGAAACUCUCACCAGCUUUGGUGAAAUACAGCAGAAGACUCUUGAGUGCUCUUGCCUCAGCUGAAACCCGAAUUCUGAACUUUAUUGAAAAUAAUAAGUCUUCAUUCUCAUCAAGUUUUAAAAAACCUAUUAAGUAUUAAUAGUUACAAAAAAUCUCUUUACUGCAGCUUUAAUGAAGUUAUUAAAUUUCUAGGUAGCUUUUUACACCAGGUCAAAAUGUAUUCCCAACUUGGGUUUAAUAGACUUGCAGUGCAUUAGAGUCUGAGUGAAAUAACACCAACCAUAUUGGCAAUGGCUAACUUAGGCCAUUUUAUAUUGAAAUGUAAAUGCAGUGUUUUCCCACUUAAGCUAAGUACCACCAGCCACCAGUCAAGUGCUUUUUUAUUGUGGUCUGAGAUGAAGGCUACACCCACAGUAUUAUCCUCUUUGUCAGGGAGUUGAGCAUUGUUUACACAGUUCUGGCUGUACUAAAAGUGGAUAAAUAUAGCUCAUAAAUACUGUGGAGUAAGAGGGGGGAUUCAAGAUUAUACUGCUAUUUAAGCAAUUGUGGCAGAUGAAACAUUUUCUCCCUUUUCCUCAUUGGAAAAUCGUCAAAACAAUUGUAGGGUAGUUUGGUUUUUAUUGUGGAGAAAAUCACUCAUUAGAGAUGUAGUAGCCCACAUAAACAGCCUUGUUUUGUGUUUGUUAGCUCAAUUCUUCAUGGUAAGAAAAUGCACCUACAACAAAGUUUCCACAUUCAUCCAGCUGGUAACUGUUUUUACUCACAUCCAAGGUUUUGCUUGGUGCCAGUUUUCUCCUCCAAUUAGAGAGAUUUGUGUUGGAUUUCAUGCUGCCAUUGGGAUGUCUACUUCACAGUGUAGAUUUAAAAACAUAAAGCAUGCGUCUUAGAAAUCACUGCCCUUUUAUUCUGAAUCCCCCUGGAACUGCUCUGUUUGUACAAAUUCAUUUUUAGAUAAAACCAUUUCAAAACAUCAAUCCUCAUCAUUUCUUAUGCUCAUUUGUAAGACCAAGAUAAAGCCUAGCAUCCUUUCGGUCUGUGUUCAAAAUCAAAGGUAAGCUGUGCGGUCCAGCUGGACAGGUGCAGGUGUGGUUUAGCCAAGGCCCCCUCUGAGAUUUUUUUUCUCCUCAAAAACAAUCAAGUCCUUGUUUGUGGGAGCUGCGUGUCUGUUUUCUUACAUUGCACAAGAGAGGUAAACCACAGUUUGCUGGACUCCGUUUAAACAAUUUCUGUCUGCAACUUCCAGCUUGAAAAAGAAACUCUUUGUAUACUUGUUUUGCUUUUACAAACUGACUGCACAUACACGUUUACUUAAUUAUCCAGUAUCUGCUUCCCAUUACAUUUCUAUAGAGCAACUACCCCCUACCAACCCUCCUCCCCCUCCCUCCCUCCCCUUUAGGCUCUUCGGUCUCUCCUUUGCCUUUCCCCUUCACUGCUCCUGAGAGUGGCCAAUAGAGCUAAUGUGUCUGGCCCUGGGUUAGAGGAGGACAAGGGCAACCAGUGAAUGAAAGCAAAGAGAUAAAGUGACCACCUGACUCAGAGAGGAAAAAAGCAGUAAAGGUUAAGCUAAGGCUAAGGAUCAUGAAAAGGGACAGAGAGAGGAGCUUUAAAAGUGGAAGAAAGAAAAUCAGCAAAAAGAAAACAAUCAGAAAGAGAGUCUAAGAGGAAAUAUGAGGCAGGUGUGAUGGCAUCAGCGAGCAAAAGCACAAGAACAGCACACAUGCUGACUGAUUGAACAACAUAAACAAAGUCAGCAAGGCUCGGGGCAAACACUGAUGAAUCUUACCAGAUGUUGUAGAGCCAGCUGUGCUCACGCAGCCAGGCAUCACCAGGCUUUUGCCUUUUAGGGUGCCUGUAGACCAUUGCUACCCAGCUGUCCCCACGGCGACGUGGGAGCAGGGCCGUCAGAGACUGAAACCACACAAGGCUUCCAGAGCGGAACAAACAGGGUUUACAGAGCUGCUGAGCAGCCAAGCUCCCAUUCCCCACACCACGUUAGUGGCUCACUCGCUUUCACAGGGUUUGUGGGCCGGAAAAUAUGGGUUUAUGUGUGCACAUAUAACAUUUGGCAGCAGGGAGGCAUUCAAAUCCAAUUACGGCGACUGCUAUUUGCAUGAGUUACUGUUUUAGCAGUGGAUCUGUUCCAGAGACUUUUGUCAGAAGAGCUUUCUGUAAAAUAUGCACAAGUUUCUAGGCUUUUCAGUUUUGUGCUUAUUGAACAGUCAUUUGUCAUGCUAAAAUGACAUUCUGCUCAGUUAGAUGCAACUCAGUAUAAUUCUGCAUAGAAAUUUGGCUUAGUAGUUGACAGUUGCGAGUUUUAUAUGUGAACUUUCACUGACAGCAGGACCUCUAACCCCUAAACACCCUGCUGUGACUUCUGAAGACUGUCUAAAUGUUCAAAAGUUCACAUAAUCAAUCCAAUAGAGUAGAGUUGACUGCCUGCCACCACACACAGUCAUACAAUCCCACACUGAGUUAUGAGGAAGUGAUGGCUCUAUACCCAGAGGUGGCCCUCCUCCUGAGUCUGGAUCCAUAAAUUGGUGCAGCAGGGCUGAUCCUCUGCUGCGGUCUGUCAGGCAGGCCAGGUUGAGCAGAAUACCUGCCGGGGCUCCUCCAUACAGGUCAGGGAGCAGCCUAGCUACUCUCCACACCACACUCUUUCUCUCAGCAUCCUUUACCCCCUAGCUAGUCUACAGAGCAGGGGUCAGCGAUGAGUUCAGGGGGUCUCAAAACAGAUCUUUUCUACUUUCACUCCUGGGUUUGCACUCACCAUGGAGCUUCUCUGUGAAGAAGUUCACAGGUUUGAUUUCCUCUCCCAUUUAAGGAAACCAGUUAAAAUGCUUUCCAACAGUUUGACAGUGUAUGAAAGUUAUAUUGUUAUUUUACUUGAUUACUUUAUACCUUGAUAUUAUGCUCAUGCAAAUGAAACAUUUUUUUUCCCUUUUUGAGAAGUUUCAAGACAAUUAUUAGACUUUUAAAGGCCAACAGAUGGGUUUUAUAUGUAUAUCUGGAUUAUUUAAUUGGUGGGCCCAACCCAACAAGCAUAGAUGAAUCCAAUUUACGAAACAGUAAUUCAACAGCACAUGCAAUGUGCAUGAAAGCAGCCUUCAUGGAAGUAGUGGCCUUCAAAAAGACCACUUUGAAGACACUUUGAAAACACCUGCUUUACCAGACCCACUUCCUGAGGAGGCCAAAGCACAGAGCUUGUCUACAGCUUAUGGAGACAUACACCUCCGAUGUAGUCCUAACAGAGACACACAGCAGCUUUCCUCUCUGUGUCAUGGGUCUUAGCGAAGAGAAGGCAGCCAUUCAAUGACUCCAAAACAGUGAAAGAAUGCAUGCUUGCAGGUGUGGAUGAUGUGAAUCUACUCAAAGGAAGCACUGGUUUAAUGGUGUCCAAGUACUUUAUUGUACAUCCGUCAGAUAUGUGACCAAAAGAACUUCAAUUCCAGUAGUCAAGAAUAGUAAAGGCUCAUCUCUCAGCACCUUCAUUAGCAUUUAUGAAUGACUUUAUCAUUCGUAAUGAUCUGAUCUGAUUUAGUGUUUUGAAGCAUUUGAGUGCCACGUUACAACUUUAGAUAGACCAGCUUGGCUGUUGCUCAUAUUUAUCAGUGUAGCUCUUUAUCUAGGCUUUAUUAUUAUGAGUUGUAGAAAAUGUAUGACCUAUGCUAUAUGUACACCUGUCUGCAGAAACGAGUGCUCCAAAUGUUUUAUAUCCGAUAAAAAGCUGGAAUUAUAUUACUGUAUUGCUUCAUUGCUUCGAAGGAGAGCAGCACGUCUUGCUCUUUCUAUUUGUAAGCAUUAUACACUUUUAUGGCGCUGAAUUGUUGUCGCAUCGCAAUUCCUCAGGACUGUUUCAAUUUUCCCAGCGCUAUCGAGGCAGGUGAAUUGCAGGCAGACGAAUGGUGAAAUGGGGCCACUCCGAAAAGAACAUUGGCUGUUUUAAAGGGCUUAUUUAAAGUAUUAGGAGGUCUCACUCUGGGAGAGAUUGAACGGGCCUGAAAUGGCAAGGCCUUGCAGUUUCAUGGAUUCAUUAUAACAGGGUGUACUGAAAUAGGAGAGGCAGGUGUGCGCGUGUGUGUGUGUUUGUGUGAGUCUUUGCAUUCAGGUUGUCCUGGGGGCUUCAGUCUAAAAUGGAAAAUCUUGCCUGACUCACUUCCCCCCUCUCCCUGUCGUUAUAGCUGCAGCUCAUCACAACAUGUUAUGUGCAAUAUGAGUUGUGACUUGAAACAGGAAUUUAAUACUUUAAGACUCUAAUUUCAGUAGCUCUAAUUUAAUCAGCUUCCAGCCUCCACUAGGGAGUUUUAAGUCGAUAGAGCAAACAGUUCUCCUUGUGCUGCCGGCCUGCCAUGAAUAACUUACCCGUGAAGUUCCCUCCAGCAAGGCACCAUGCUGCAGGAGUAGAGUGGCCAACACAAUAUUUAGUAUGGACUUUUCCCAGAUGGAAGUCUGUGCAACCGCUGCUCUCCCUUAAGCCAUGGCUGUUAGAAACAAGGUGCUCUCAGUUCAUGUUACUGGAUAAACAACGGCAAAGUAAACACCCAGAUCUCGCUUUAAUCAAUCUUAACCAUUUGCGGUUGCUGAAGGCGCUUUGAAAGUUUGCAUUAAAAUGUCAUCUGACCAGAACCCCUUCAGAACUUAAUCCUCUUUGAUUCUAUUUAUUCCUGUUCUAUUUUCUUUAUUUAUAUUUGACUCAAUUUAAAUCCCUUUGUGGCUUUUACAGGCCGUAAACUUAUAGUACAAUUAAAUUGAGUGAGGAAACGCAUUUAUAGCACAGAGGAGGGAGUAUGUUGCUGCAGGAGAGGUUAAAGGUUGCUCACACAAACAAACACUCAUGGGUGUUGUCCACUGUGUUACGGCCUUGAGAGCAGCUCCACUGGCUCAGCACUGGGGUUGAGUGUCUUGCUGAAGGGCAUUUUCAGGAAUGUUGAUCCAGGAGGAGAAAGUGUAGCAUACUGACUCCAUCAUUUAGACCUGACAAUUUCACUCACCCAGUUUUGAAUCAUUUGGGUAUUGUGUACUCAUACAGCCUCAUUAUUUCAGAACAGGCAGUUCCUCCCCUUAAUAUGGAAGGCAGAGGGUUUAACGAAUAACGUAAGAAGACCUGACAGGAUUCUUUACAAGGAGCAUCAGGCCCACUGUACACAUAGCCUACACAACUACAUAAAAUCAAUCAUUUAAUGCCAAAUAUUGAUUGAAAAAUAACAGUUUAUAAUGGUUACAUAGUCAGUAGUACUAACAGUUUGAGCAUCCAUAGUAAGGGUUAACUCAAGCCAUCUGGAAAUGAGUUAAUUUGGCAGCAACUCAGUGAACAUUUCCACUGAUGGUGAAAUAAAAGGUGAAAAGGACAGUGAAUUCAGCAGCUCCACACCCGUUUCUGUUUUUCUUGAUCUCUCUGUUAAAAUUUUCUUUUCCAUUUCUCAGUCCUUCCCUUCACUCCAUACUGUGUGCUGGGAAAGGCACCGUGUGCAGUUUUGAACUGAUUUCAACACAAUAUCACUCUUACGCUGACCUCCCCUCCAUAACCACCACAUAUAAAUGAGGUUACCAGGGAGAAGAGCGCUUAUUUCCUUAUGCUGACUUUUAGUGCCGAUGUUUGGGUUGGAUUUACCACAAAACAGCUGAGUCAGUAUUUUUCACUCACCUGGAGAGUCUGUGAUCAGGGUUGCAUCCCAGCUAUAAUCUGUUCCUAAUAGUAACCACCUGCUGUCGAAAAAUACAGUAUAACACUGUUUCUACAAAAUGUUGAAUGUAAUGAUCAACUAGACAUGACUUAGCCAUGUGAUAAAUAUACUGAAAAUAUGUAAAAAUGACUCUAAACUCUCUUUCCCCACACCAGACUUUGACUUCAGCGUGCCAGGCUCCAUGAAGCUCCACAAUCUGAUCUCCAAGCUGAAGAAGUGGAUCAAGAUUCUGGAAGCCAAGACGAAGCAGCUGCCCAAGUUCUUCCUCAUUGAGGAGAAGUGCCGCUUCCUCAGCAACUUUUCUGCACAGACAGCUGAAGUGGAGAUCCCAGGGGAGUUCCUCAUGCCCAAACCUACGCACUAUUACAUCAAGAUUGCAAGGUAAGAGACCACGUAGAGGAAAACCCUCUUUGUACCAGGGCCAAGUAAACACAAGAAAAUUCAGCACCAGUUAAACUUACUGAAAAUUUUCACAGCCCUCUAAUACAUAUAAAUGAUAUAAAGAAACAGUGUGAAAACACAUGGAUUCACUGAGAGGAGUCUAACUUUACUUCUCUUUCUGCUCCUCUCUCAAGGUUUAUGCCCAGAGUGGAAAUUGUUCAGAAACACAACACAGCAGCACGUCGUCUAUACAUCCGUGGGCACAACGGCAAGAUCUACCCGUACCUGGUGAUGAACGAUGCCUGUCUGACUGAGUCACGAAGAGAGGAGAGGGUCCUCCAGCUCCUCCGCCUUCUUAAUCCGUGCCUGGAAAAGAGAAAAGAAACCACCAAAAGACACCUCUUCUUCACUGGUAAGAAGAGGGAGUAGAUUAGUGUAGUUUUUUUCACUAGAGGAAGAAAAUUAGAGAGCGAAUAUUACUUUUAUUUAUUCAUGAAAAUCAGAAAGCCUCCACUCUUCUUUUCUGUCCUGUCUCUUCUGAUUCUGCUUCACAAUAAGAACAAGUGGCAGUGACCCUCCUCUUUUCUCUUCUCCUCUCUCACUCACUCACUCAUAGACACAAUUUCAAUUCCCUUUCAUGACCUGUUUCCUCCCCUGUCGUCCCCUCGCGGUUUUCCUCCGCCCAGAUGUUUGCCCACUCUCCAUUUAUACACUUGAUUGGUUUGUUUAAGGGGAAAUAUGGACGGGGAAUUCAACAGUCCCUUCCAACCCAUUUCAUCCCAACCGGAAUUGUGUGCAUUGAUUUGAUUUUGGGUGCCUGUGUAUGCAAAUGCUUCGGCUGCUUUCACUUGGUGACCCAUGUGCAGCUUUUUACCUCCUUUGACCCUGAGUAGUGUCGAGACAUGGCCCGCCUUCACUGCAGCUGUUUCUUAACUCUGGAGUAUUUGUAGGUCUACAUUUGUGGUUUACACCGCAGUAAAACGGGGACUGUUUCCUAGCAAGUGCAGCCAGAUGUUUACAGUUUUUAUUUUGUUUACCAAGUUGUUUACCACUUUUCUCUUUUUUUUCUUCUCUGCCUUUCCUUCCCCCUCAUCUCCUCUAUCCCCACCUGUUUUCUCCCACCCACUCUCCUUUACUCUGUAGUGCCCCGGGUGGUGGCAGUGUCGCCUCAGAUGCGGCUGGUGGAGGACAACCCUUCAUCCCUGUCGCUGGUGGAAAUUUACAAACAACGCUGCGCCAAGAAGGGCAUUGAACAUGACAACCCCAUUUCCAGAUAUUACGAUCGUUUGGCCACAGUGCAGGCCAGAGGCACACAGGCCAGCCACCAGGUACAGUGACACUCAUAGAAACAGACAUUUAUUGUGCAUUGUAAACAUUCCUUUACUGCCCCGCAUUAAUCUGGAUUCGUCUGGAUCCUGGUAAUGGAAGUUUAGAUCAGUAGAUUUGUGCAUCUUAUUUAAUUCUUAAUAUCAAAUUAAUCUUUUUCGUUUAGGGCUCAACAGUACAACCGUUUCACUCGCAUUUGCGAAUAAAAAUAAAUGUGUGCGAAUUGUAAAAUGUCUUAAGGGGCACAUCUGUGCAUAAAAAAAUCAGCCAAGACUACAAAAGUUUUUUCAUGUAAAUACCGCAGUGAAGUUAGUUUUAGGUAGGAUAACUGACGGACAUUCACUGCGGAUCUUCAAGUGUCUUUUCACUCUCCAUAACCAACAACAGCAAGAGCAGCGCGGUUAAAUCUAUUCGGCACCCUCACUGUCAACGUUGGGUAUUUAAUAAGGGACCAUCAAUAAAUUACCAUUUGAUGUUCUCCAAAAAAAAAAAAAAGAAAUGUUUUUUUUUUCCAAUAGCUUCUAUGUCAUGUGACCAAUUGACCUAAAAUUGUUAUAGAAUAAUAGUACGAAGGUCAGACAAUAAGACACACCUCUUUAUUUCCCUAGUUUGUCCUCUAAAGGUUUUGUGUUAAAUCUAAAGGCAAAUUUUGAACAUUUUCUUCAAUAGCUUCCAUUACAUGUUACCAAUUGACCUAAAAUUGAUUUGAAACAAUAGUACUUAUGGCAAAUGAGACACACAUUAUUUGAUCAAUUUUCAUUGUGCCCCUAAAGUUCUUUGUGCGCUUCUUACUUUUUCAACUUAGGAGCACAUGUGCUCCCUGGGAAAAAAGUUAGUGUCAAGCCCUGUCCUUUAAUGUGAAAUGUGCUUUUUUCUCUUCUUCGUAGAACUCGUCUUUAAGCUCUGAUACUAACCUGUUCUCCAUCCUCUCAUGUGCAAUCAGGUCCUGCGGGACAUCCUAAAGGAAGUACAGGGCAACAUGGUUCCCCGGAGCAUGCUAAAGGAAUGGGCUCUCCACACCUUCCCCAACGCCACUGAUUACUGGACCUUCAGGAAGAUGUUCACCAUCCAGCUGGCUCUCAUCGGUUUGGCCGAGUUCAUGCUCCACCUCAACAGACUGAACCCUGAGAUGCUGCAGAUCGCUCAGGUAGGAGACGCAGACACACACACACACAUACACAAACAGACACACUCGUAUUAGCAGACAUGUCAGACCGCUGUCAAGGGCGAGUGGGAUCCAUUUGACAGCAGCUAAUUCAAUAGAUAUACACUCUCAUAGAUGCAUUAAGAGAUCACUAUUACCCUCUCCAUAUCUGGCCGUAUGAAUUACCGUUCUCCCCCAUGACAUUCAUGCCUCUCCUAUCAGUCAGCCAGCCACUGUUGAUGCCAGGGAUGUUUUGACAGAACGUUAUAUUCAGUCGCUCCGCUCAACAGCUAUCAAAGAUGUUUCAAUUUGAAGAGGCUGUGUUUUUAUGUGUGUGCACGUCCGCCUCUCAGUCCACAUGCAUCUCGACUUGCCGCUGCUCGGGGUCCACAGACAGCUUUUCUCAAAGUCAUUAUUAAAGAUGAUUGUGUCAGUCGGCCACCCCUCCCCUCUGAUCCUAAUCGGCCUUUGCUGACAGGCGUUCCUCCGGGCAGCUAAGCACUGGUAUUAAGCCCCCUCUCUGCCUGUUCCACUCGGCAGAUCCCAUUAGACACAGAAGGAUUACGGUACGGAGAGCGUACACACACUCACACACACACAGGCAAACACACAUAUAAACACAAGGGGAGAGAAAGAGAAGGAGAGGGUGCAAGGACAGGACAUCACAGCUCUAACAUCAUGAGCUCCACCUCGUCUAAAUGAGACCUUAAGUUGCCCUUAGGCGGGUGUAAAUGAAACUCUGUGAUGCUCUGUGUCACCCAAGAAGUCUUGAUUCUAAUAUUACCGUAUAUAUCCAAAUAUAGGAGGAGCACGCCAUCUUCACCAUCAGACAUUACACUCUGAUACCAUAUGCUUUAGCUGCUUAACUGUCCUUCAUGAACUCUGCUGCGUUCAUAACCAUCACUGUGGUCACUGUGUGUCUCCACCUCUCAUCCUCUUGGUGUUGUGGACGAGUUUGAUGGUUGGCCUCAGUCAUGGGGGUGAACUUGCUUUACAUGUAAGUUUGAAUGUGUAUAGUAGUACAUUUAAUCACUAAAUCCUAAAUAAGUGACAAUCCAACUUUUUCCAGAUGUGUUUGAGGAAAAAUCUUGUCAUAUUCAGGAAACAACAGUAAUUGGAAGAGAACAAUAAACCAACAUCCAAAGACAUUUGUGUUAUGUAUAUUACAUACUUUUCCUGUCUUUUAUAAAUGCAUAUAUUUUUAUACAGUAAACAGAAAGAGGAAUGAAAAUUCAGAGGGUUGUGUCACAAUUCAAACCUGUGAAUACAUUCAUCCAUAAUCUCUAUCAUACAGACUCACCCGUCUGCACUACGUUUACUCUACUCAUAACUGUAGUACAUGCACACCAGCGGUCACUCUCACCUCAGCUAUGAACAUUUCACAGUGUUGUUUUUGUACUCUACUUGCAUAGGGUUUGAAAUCUUCAUUUAUUGACAAAUUUGAUAAGAGUUGAACUUUUGGUGCUCCUCAAAAAGUGAUUCAGAUUUAUCUUUGAAAUAUUUUUCUGAUACAGUCAUCUAACCAAGAUGCUGCUGGAGUAGACCACUUUCUAGUGAUUAAAUUUGUCUAUCUUCUCCAGGGCCUGCUACAGUUUUGAAUCCCCCCCUUUUUUGUCAGGAAAAACAGUGUGGCUUAAACAGGGACUUUCCAAGUUCAGGGGUAUUUCAGUCUUGCUUUGAUGCUUUGGGAUUUCCAUUUUAAAUAGGGCUCAGUUUGGGACGAAUCCAGGGUAUGGGAUAAUGAUAUUCCUCCAAUAAGACUGAUUUGUCUAACAUAAGCAAUCUGUAUUGUUGUAUUCUUCCUAUAUGGUGGGAUUUCAGUGAAAUACCCCCUUUGUGGGGACACAUAUGUGACACUAGAGUGGCAUGAUCUCCUUCACCCCAGCCGCCAAAUGAAGCCAUCGUCGGCCAUUACUGUGCUGAUUUAGCAUUCUGAGCUUUUCCUCCAGAGCCAACUGUCUGCAGGCUUAUCUGGGCCUCCUGGGGGUUUGCUGGUGUUUCAGCCCACUGCCUCGAGGCCCUCCACUGAGGCCCAGAGGAGCUAAUGACAGAAGGGCAGGGAGAGAGAGGGGGAAUUAAAGGAGAAGGAGAGGAAGGAAGGAAAAGAGGCGAGACUGAGGAGGAGGAGAGGGAGCCGGAGCUGGAAUGAAAUGCUCUGCUAUAAAGCUGUCAGAGCCACUCACCUUUUCGUAUAAGGGAGCUUAUCUUCCUGGAAUGGCUGCUUGUGUAGCGGUCCUCUCGCACAUAAAUGCAGGCUUAUGGAUGAAAACUUGGCUGUAUAUAUUUAAGUCAGGCAGCAAGGAGAGGGGAGUGGGAGUGAAUUGAGGAUUAUAGAUGUUCUGCUGCUGAUAGUUUGAAGUGUUAUGGUGUCUGGGGCACGCAGAUCAAUAACUGCUGCUAUUUUGUUGCUGUGUGCUUGCUUUGUUGCGCCCGUAACGUUUGAAAAGAAGACUUUUCUUGUGGGGCUUCUGUGGUCUGAGGACCGCAGAUUGAAGAAAAUUAUCCUUAUUUUUCUUUAUUAGAGCAGGUGUUUGGAAAACCUCAAGUUUAAAAUGACAUCCCUAUGAUUUAAACUUUACAUUAACUUUUGUUCUUGGUUCUCUAUUUAAAGGACACUGGAAAACUGAAUGUCUCCUACUUUCGCUUCGACAUCAACGACGCCACAGGUGACCUCGAUGCCAAUCGCCCCGUUCCUUUCCGCCUGACGCCAAACAUCUCCGAGUUCCUGACCACCAUCGGUGUCUCUGGCCCGCUCACUGCUUCAAUGAUUGCUGUGGCACGCUGCUUCGCACAGCCAAACUUUAAGGUACGAUUUUGCUCUCAGAUGUUUUGUUUUUCAGUUACCUAACACUUGGACCAGGCGUGGCUCAUGAAUUAAAAAUGAAACUUCAGUUACAAAGCUGCUUUUUAUCAAAUUUCUACAGGCGCUGCUUAGGACACACUUUUUGUACUUUUUUCCCACCCCAGAAGUGGGCCUGGGUACGAUCAAGUACGAAAGAGGAUUAGGGCCACAUGAAGAGAAAAAAAUAAUAAUACAGGAAGGAGAUUCAAGUCGAAAUGUUGUGAAUAAUAUUGACAUUUCCAGAUAAAAAGAUUAUAGUCAAAAUUUCAAGAUUAAAGUUGACAUGAAUAAAGUCAAAAUUUUGACUAUUUUCAGUUUCGACUUUAAUGUUGAAAUGCAAAUUUAAAAAAAAUCUCCCUCCUGUUAUUGUUUUUUUUCUCUUUUUCUGUCCCUAAUCCUCUUUGUUAUCAAGAUACCAGUGUGAAUGCAGAUAGAUAUCUUAUUAUAUGACUGUAUUUUACCCAGAACUAAAGAUUAGUUUGUUCGUAACUCAUCCCUGUGUUAUACAAUGCUUUUAAAUGUGUUUUCUGUCAAAUAUGGCCUGUGUUGCACAGAGCUCGGAUGGAUUUGAUAAGAGGAAAAAUAAAUGACGUGGUGUUCAGAGCAGCUGUCAGUGUAAAACACGGCAAACACAACAAAUUUUCUGUGGAUUGUUUCCCACUUAGAGUUACAUAAACCCACAGAGGAAGUCCGCUCAGGCACAGACAAACAAAAACACAGCAGUGCGAGCAGGAGCAGCCCCAGGGCUGUACAGUGAAUCUGCAGCAGGGCAGUAAUGACAGGCGUGUGCUGUCUAUGUAUAGUUAUGACUCAUACUUAAAGUUUGAGUGAUGUGGAGGCAGCAGGAGAGCCUUGGACACAAAUAAACAAAACACCAGACCAUGUGAGCGAGAGAGGGCCAGGGCUUUGAACGGCCACAAAAAUAGACGUUUAGAGGGAAAACAAACAAACAAAAACUAUAAUAUAAACACUUAUGGUAAAAAGGGGGAACAGUGUGUAUCCAGAGAGGUGAUGAUUGCUGGUGUUGCGGUCCCGUCAUGGUUUACAUGGUUAUGUAUUUCAGUUCUGUCACCGUAAUGAGCUGCUAACAACACACAGAGAUUUCCCUGUGGACGAGUGACUCACUCUUAAUUGGCUCUGUUUUCAGUGUAUGUUUGUAAUUGGCAAAGGCUUCAUACAAACAGAUGUUUUAUCAUGUUUGGAUGCUUUCAUAGACUCUUGAGACAACCGUCACAAAAUUUGUCUAAAAACAUGUAAUAAACACCACGAGAUGGAAACAAUGGUUAUCAAAUUAGCAAAGCCGAGUUAUAAAAAUAUGUUCGAGUCAUCAGUGACAUCAUUACACUGUGGUAGUGGGAGAAAUAAUGUUCUAUACACAGGUGAAGGAUCAUUCCCUCUGUCUCCAACAGGUGGAUGGUAUCCUGAAAGCAGUCCUUCGUGAUGAGAUCAUUGCCUGGCACAAGAAGACCCAGGAGGACACGUCCAUGCCUCUGUCCCCGGCAGGCCAGCCAGAAAACAUGGACUCCCAACAGCUGGUCUCAUUGGUGCAAAAGGCUGUCACUGCCAUCAUGACCCGCCUCCAUAACCUGGCUCAGUUCGAGGGAGGAGAGAGUAAAGUGAACACGCUGGUGGCUGCAGCAAACAGCCUGGACAACCUCUGCCGCAUGGACCCUGCGUGGCACCCCUGGCUCUGAGAGGAGACAGCGGAGAGGAGGUUUCAAGGACACAAAUAACGUUUUUUUUUUUUCUUUUCUUUCUUUUCUUGUUUUUUUUUUUUUUAAUCAGAGAACACUGAACUAGUUUGCUAUCGAGCGGGGACAAAGGCCUGACUCUAAUAGCAGUAGUUUAUCAAAAGUGCUCUUUAUAGUUAAUAUCUCGACUGAUCAAAAUCUUUUUUAUGAAAACACAACCUCUUCUUCAACUUGUAUUUAUUUUUGUAUCUAAACAAGGACAUGUCACACUUUCUUCAAUACAAAGAGUAAACAGUCAAAAUAUUUGUGAAGCUGUGUGACUCACUUUUUAUUUUUUUCAUCUAAGAGGGAAAAAGCUGUGAUUAAGCUGUAUUUGUGUUGUAUUUCAUGAAAAACGUACUAUUUUUCAGCUCUCUUUUUUUCUUUUUUGCUGUGGAUCUCCUGCAGUUUGUAUGUAAACUUAAAAAAACGUGUAGUUUUUGUUUUUUUCCCUACUGAAUGAGGAAUUCUGUGAUUCUGUGAAUAGGAAAUGUUGCUCUUUAAUUUUUUUUACCCUCCAAAUGAACUGUAAAAACAUGUCUGACUUUUUCUAAAGCCAUUUUACUCUGCAUUAUUUGGCCUAUCUAUCAGGCCUGUAUUUAUGACACAUUAAAAAAAAACUACGGGGCUGAUAGAUGAUGAAAUAAGAAAUAAACAUCUGUAUUGCAAAUUUGUCAUGACCAAGCCGGAUUUUCCUCCUCUUUUUGUAAAAGUACAGUGCUUUUCCAACACGAGUUUUAGUAUUCCUGCUCUGUAAAUAAGCAUUUUGUUUUAAUAAAAUGCUCUUUUUGUAACACA